GGGCGUGGCCUCGCCUUCCCCUCAGAGUCUCCUCAGAGACUCUUUUCCCUCAGAGCGACUCUGGCUCGGGAGGCGAUGGCGGCGAAGCGGCGGGCGGUGCUUUUCGACCUGGGCGGCGUCCUCUUCGGCAGCGGCCUCCCGGGAGUCUUCCGGCAGCUGGAGCCGUCGCUGGGCCUGCCCGGGUGGGUAGCCGGCCGCGAGGGGAGGACGCGGCGGCGGCGGCGGCGACGAAGGGGGCGGAGGCAAACCCGCCCGCCCGACUGCUGCUCUUGGCUCGGGGGGCGACGCCAACCGCAAAAAACAACCCCGCAGCCGCCGCCGCGUCUCUCGUGUGUGCGUUUGUGUGUUGUUGGGCGCGCCCGGCCGCGCGCGAGUGAGAGAGAGAGAGGCUGCUGCGCUGAAUGCCUUGGGAGUCAGAAAGAGAGAGAGAUCCACUCGUUGGAUAUUCGUGAUAAUUAUCACAAUUUAAUGAUCGCUAUUCUUUAAUUGAUAAUUAAAUGGUAAAUAAUUACAGAAUCGUGUGUACUCAAAAAUAAAUGAACAAUAAUGUUUAUAUAAUAUAAUAAUUAAUAAUAGUUAAUAGUAAUAAUAAUUUAUUUAUUUUUAAAUAAAUUUAAAUUAUUAUUAUUAUUAUUAUUAAUACACUGCCCCUCUGGCUGGGUUUCUCCCUACUGUAUAUAAUCACAUACAGUUAGCUAAUUAUAGUUGGAUACUGUAAUAGUAAUCAAUUAUUAUAUAAUUCCACGUAAUCAUAUAAUCGCGAAUGACUAAUUAAUUAUAACUAAAUAAUUCUUAGCUGUUACAUAAUAUAACCCUGGAACAGAGGGGCCGGGUGGUGCUGCCUCGCGGUUGCCUUUGGGAUUGGUGGUGGUGGCCCUGGGGGAGUUGUUGCGCUCUGCACAUGCUUAGGUGUUGGUUGCUACAUUCGCACAGUGCUUUGCAGAAAUGGUACCUGUGGCCUUUUUGGACCCAGGACCCGCUUUGAACCCAAAAGUGCAUUGUGGGACCCGUUUCUUAAUCCUUUACCACAUGUUUGUUUGGUUGUAAACUACCCUGUGAUCUUCAGGGGAGGAGUGGUAUAUCAUUCAAUCAAUCAAUUUUAAUAGAUAGAUAGAUAGAUACCGUAUUUUUUGCACCAUAACACUCACUUUUUUCCUCCUAGAAAGUAGGGGAAAAUGUUUGUGUGUGUUAUGGAGGGAAUGCCUACGGGUGGCAUGCCUAUGGAUUUUCCUCCUCUAAAAACUACGUGCGUGUUAUGGUCGGGUGCGUGUUAUAGAGCGAAAAAUACGGUAGAUAGAUGUUCUGCUGAAUGUAUUGGGCAUCCCUGAGAGUCAGAUUGAGAGAGAUCAGUUCAUUAAACAUAUUAAAGCCCUAGGCUUAUGUGCCCCCCAGCAGCUGGCAGGACAGUUGCUGCACUCUGUACAUGCUUAGAGGUGUUUCAAGUCUGUUGUCAUGUAGGCACUCUCCUGAGCAUUGGUGUUGGAAGAUGGAAGAUCAGGGCUCUGUGGGGAACACCCCACAUUUAGGACUCUGAGAUAUGUUUGCACCUUGAGGUGUUUACUGGAAUUGUUUGUGUACAGGGGAGGGAGAUGAGGACCGCUAAAGGGGUCCUAUUGCUUUGUGGUUAUUAAUUGUUACGUAUUGCUAAUUUUGUUAUUUAUUUAGAUAUUUAUUUUCCAAUUUCUCUUUACAUUUUUAUGCAAUCUUUCAAGACAAGUUCACAAGCCGUAGAAACAGCAAAGAUUGCACAUCUUAUAACAACCUGAUCCAAUGAAAAUAAGUCAUAAUAAUAAUUAAUAAUAAUUUAUUAUUUAUACCUCACCCAUUUGGCUGGAUUUCCCCAGCCACGCUGGGCAGCUUCCAACAAAGACUGAAAAUACAUUAAAACAUCAGUCAUUAAAAACUUCCCUAAACAGGGCUGCCUUCAGAUGUCUUCUAAGCAUCAGAUAGUUGUUUAUCUAUUUGACAUCUGAUAGGAGGGUGUUCCCCAGAGCGGGCGCCACUACCAAGAAGGCCCUCUGCCUGGUUCCCUGCAACUUGGCUGGUGCUGGAUCUCAGCGUCUGGGCAGAACCUGACUUUAAAAUAAACAACAUGUAUCAAAUAAAGUAACAUGCCACUAUGUCAUUAAACAAAAAAUGGAAGUAGUUUGCAGCAACAAAACAUACCGUAUUUUUCACCCUAUAGGACGCACCAGCCCAUAGGACGCACUUAUUUUGGGGGGGGGGGAUAAAGGGGGGAUUAUUUUCCCCCCCCCCGAGCCCCAAAGAGCAAAGAAGCCAUGACAGCGAGCGGGAUGGAUCCCGCUCGCUGUCCUGGCUUCGUUUUUAGCCUGAGGGCUGGGGGUCCGGGAGCGAAGGCGAGGUUGCGCAACCUCGCCAUCGCUCCCGGAGCUUGCGGGGCUGGGGGCGGGGGAAGCCCGAGCUUCCUCCGACCCCAGCCCCCAGAACGGGUCAAAAGGCACAAAAGGCACCUGCUGAAUCUCUAGUGGCAGAGCAUUCCACAGAACUGGGCCAAUGACACCAAAGGCUUGGUUUCCUGUUGCUGUCAAAUGUGCAUGGUGCCUUGCAGAAUGCAAGAGAGGGCAAGUGUCUGCACCAAGGAGCUCUGCAAGCUUCGUAGUCGUGGCCGAGUGGUUAAGGCGAUGGACUAGAAAUCCAUUGGGGUCUCGCCGCGCAGGUUCGAAUCCUGCCGACUACGCGAUACGUAAUUUUUGUUUCCUGCUUGGCAGGGGGUUGGACUCGAUGGCCCUUGUGCUCUCUUCCAACUCUAUGAUUCUAUUCUAAGCUAAAAUUUGGCGUGAUGGAAAUUGAGGCAGCUGGUAAACAGGAGAAGAAGCAUGCAUAUACACAUAUAUAUUUGCACUUCACUGUGAUCCUCAUGCAUAACUGUAAUGGUUCUAGGGGUUGCUCGUGCGUAAGCCGGUGCUUAUCUCCCCAGCUGGAUGCAAACACCUGGCUGUGUUGCCUAAGUGAACCUUUUCUGUGCGGACAGGCACUCACCCGUGGCUGACUCAAUUGCUGGCAGAAUCCGUCAGUGGGCGUUUCUUAAACUUCUUCCAGCAAAGAAGCUCUUUGACGCCUAGUCUCCUCCUACUCUCUCUGCGCAAAAGCCUUCUGCGCAAGGAGGGCGUAGGCAACGGAGGACCCCUACUCUCCCCGCUGGUCCCAGGCAAGGAGUCAUGGGACCGCCUCGCCGCUUCCCCAUCUGCCCCCCUUCUCCACUGCUGCUACGCUGAUUCUCUUCCCCAGAAGAUGGGCUGCUUCUCCCAAUCCCUGGACGCUCUCUGGAAUCCCUCAGGCUUUUGCUCUCUCCCUCCGGCACUGAUGGCAGUUCCCUGACAUCCACCUCCUCCUCAGGACCCCCCACCCCACCCCGGGCGCGAUCUUCCGAUACAACCUCCUCUCUCUCCUCAACUGACGAUGCGGGGAAUCCCCUGAAAGAACUGUCAUCAUCUUCUGAGGAUUCAAAACCAGCCUCCCAUCCGCUCGGAUCUCUUCCCGCUGGUUGAACCUCCCAAUCUGAUUCUUCUCCCUCGGACACCUCCCCUCCCUCCCUUAUUGCAGUGUCUCUCCAGCCGGCCCUGUUUGGCUCAUCGUGCUGCCUCUCCGGGGCUGCGCACAAGCAACGUCAGGGACUGACGGAUUGCUGUAAUGGUUCUAGGGGUUGCUCGUGCGUAAGCCGGUGCUUAUCUCCCCAGCUGGAUGCAAACACCUGGCUGUGUUGCCUAAGUGAACCUUUUCUGUCCAGACAGGCACUCACCCGUCGCUGACUCAAUUGCUGGCAGAAUCCAUCAGUGGGCGUUUCUUAAACUUCUUCCAGCAAAGGAGCUCUUUGACGCCUAGUCUCCUCCUACUCUCUCUGCGCGAAAGCCUUCUGCGCAAGGAGGGCGUAGACAACGGAGGACCCCUACUCUCCCCGCUGGUCCCAGGUAAGGAGUCAUGGGACCGCCUCGCCGCUUCCCCCAUCUGCCCCCCUUCUCCACUGGUGCUACGCUGAUUCUCUUCCCCAUAAGAUGCGCUGCUUCUCCCAAUCCCUGGACGCUCUCUGGAAUCCCUCAGGCUUUUGCUCUCUCCCUCCGGCACUGAUGGCAGUUCCCUGACAAUAACCAUGGCAACAAACCAGUAUGGUAGGAUGCUAUUAACUUUGUAAUAAUUGAAAUUCAACUGUGGAAUUUACACCCAAAAGGUGUAAACUGACCAUUAGGUCCAGUCGUGACCGACUCUGGGGUUGCGGCGCUCAUCUCGCUCUAUAGGCCAAUGGAGCCGGCGUUUGUCCGCAGACAGCUUCCGGGUCAUGUGGCCAGCAUGACCAAGCUGCUUCUGGCGAACCAGAGCAGCGCACGGAAACGCCGUUUACCUUCCUGCCGGAGCGGUACCUAUUUAUCUACUUGCACUUUGAUGUUAGGAUAUUCCAUUCCACCUUAAAAAGGGGACAGGCUGUUGUGAGUCACAGCCUACGUAUUUCCUGUUCACAGGAUGUUUCUGUUUUGUCUAUAGCUUUUGUCUCUCUCUCUGCGCCUGGACAUCGAAGCAGGCAGUCAUGUUUUUUCUUUGUUCUAACCAACGCUGAAUAAAGUUGUAAAUAAUGCUCUCCUGAUUGCAUCUUUCGUUGUACGAACUCUGCUGAAAGAGCAUGCACAAGCCCUGGAAUGUGGCAAGCUAUUUCUGAGGCUUGUGUCGCUAAUUGACUGAUACUGCGUUUCUACGGGAGGUUGAUGGAUCGUCCGGAGACGGCAUGGGGGCAUGAUGGCCUUUGUCUCCCUGGCAGUAUCCCAACACUUUCGAACUGCCACCCGCGUCCCUUUUGCAAUUCAUAAUUGCAAUUCAGCUGUGGAAUUUACACCCACAAGGUGUAGUAACCAUUUAUUUGUGAUGUUUUGCAACAUCCCUGGGUAGAUGCUGACCUCUGCCAAGAAAAUCAGGUUGCUUGUAAUCCAGCUAGCACAGGCUUUGCCCAACUCUUAUGAAAAGAACAAAUCUUUGCCUCUGGUCUUGGAAUAUACUACCGUAUUUUUCACUCUAUAACACGCACCUGACCAUAACAUGCACAUAGUUUUUAGAGGAGGAAAACAAGUAAAAUCCCAAGAAAGUAAAAUCUCUCACUGCCUCCAUUUCUUCCCCUUCUAUUUGCCAGGAGGUGAUGGGCCCAGUGGCCAUGAUCUUAGUUAGAUUAUUAAAUAUGGAAGUACAAUAAGACGUGAGGCAUCAGUUGGUAUUUCCAGAAAGCUGAGGAAUACCUUGUUAGGAUAUACCGUAUUUUUUGCUCUAUAACACGCACCCGACCAUAACACGCACAUAGUUUUUAGAGGAGGAAAACAAUAAAAAAAAUAUUCUAAACGAAACAGCGGAUGUAUGAUUUUUGUGGUUCAUGCUGUGGCCACAGACAUGUGAUCAGACAGGUGAGUUUGGGGUAGCCCAAUGCAAAAAUCCUGAGGAUCUAUGUGGAUCCGUGCUUUGUAACCAUGUUUUAAGUGGGGAGGGAAGGAAAAGCAUUCAAGGGACAAGGGACACGCGUGGGGUGGGUGGAGAAGGAUGCUGUUAAUAAUGCAGAAGAGGGGUAUAAGAGGAGAAGGCUCCUCUCCUCUCCCGCUUUGCUCCUUUAAAGCAAGCAGGCUCUCUGUCCCUCCCUCUCCCCACUCAGUGGCUCUUCUCCCGCUUUGCUGUUUCAAAGCGAGCCACGGAGGAGGGAAGGAAGGGGAACCAUGGAUCCUCUGCUCACGACUGCAGCAGAUCCCCCCCGCCAUCCGUAGGCAUUCGCUCCAUAACACGCACAGACAUUUCCCCUUACUUUCUAGGAGGAAAAAAGGGAGUGUUAUGGUGCAAAAAAUACGGCAGUUUCCGGGGAACAGAAAUGGGGAGAGUGCUCCUAUUGCUGGAUUAGCCAUUGUGAGAAUGGGAUGAUGGAUUUAGAAGAGACUUUGACGUGAUCCAGCAGCCACGCUCUUAAGUCACGUUUUGAUUGUUCUUAAGAGUGGGCUUCCGGAAGCCAUUUAGCAAGCUCCUGGUAGAGGUUGCACUUGAGCUUGAGGUUUCCUCAUUUGUAGCUCACUCCCUUAAUCACUGUGCAAUAUCCUGAGUUGAAGGACAGUACCCAGGCAGCCUUUCAACUUGUGCCAGGGCUUCGUAUUGGCAGUAGGGGCUCCCAUGAUGGAAUGGGCCCUCUAUGCAAAAGUAUGCACAUAGAAUGCAAGCUUGUUUAGCUGGCAGGAAAGGUGUCCCUGUGUGUAAGUUGUUGUUGUUUUUUUAACCUCACCUUCCUUUUACAGUGGUACCUCUAGUUACUGACUCGAUCCGUUCCGGGGUGCCGUUUGCACCCCGGAAAGUCCGUAACUAGAGCGUCGUUUCUGUGCACGCACGUGGUGUGAUAGAGCACUUCUGUGCAUGUGUGAAGUUCGCGGAACGCUUCUGCGCAUGCGCAAAGCGCACAGAACAUUUCUGCACACACACACGGCUAAACCCAGAAGUAUACACUUCCAGGUUUGUAGCUUUCGCAAGCCGAAAAUACGCAACAUGAACCUAAUGCAACACGAGGUAUGACUGUAAGAUGUUUUCUGUUCCCUGAGAAUUGGGUGCCUGUUUGUGUUUGGCAGGGAGGGGCAUUAAGUUCUAGGAGUCUCUUCCUGUAGAGCACUGAUGGCCAAACUUGACCCUCCACUUGUUUUGGGACUACAGUUCCCAUCAUCCCUGACCACUGGGCCUGUUGGCUAGGGAUGAUGGGAGUUGUAGUCCCAAAACAGCUGGAGGGCCAAGUUUGGCCAUCACUGCUGUAGAGGGAAAGGGUACACAUCCCAGACACAGGCUAAGUGUCUCAGAGAGAGCUAAUCUGCACUUGUAAAAGGUAAAGGGACCCCUGACCGUUAGGUCCAGUCAUGGAUAACUCUGGGGUUGCAGCGCUCAUCUCGCUUUAUUGGCCGAGGGAGCCGGCGUACAGCUUCCAGGUCAUGUGGCCAGCAUAACUAAGCCACUUCUAGCAAACCAGAGCAGCGCAUGGAAACACCGUUUACCUUCCUGCCAGAGCGGUACCUAUUUAUCUACUUGCACUUUGUACUUUCGAACUGCUAGGGUGGCAGGAGGUGGGACCAAGCAACAGGAGCUCACCCCGUUGUGGGGGAUUCAAACCGCCGACCUUCUGAUUGGCAAGCCCUAGGCUCUGUGGUUUAGACCACAGCAUCACCCAAGCCCUAAUCUGUACAUGUAGUAUAUUCCAAAACCUUAAUCAAUCACAACUAAAGAAUUCCUGACAGAUGGCCAUCCAACCUCUGCUAUAAACCACCACCACCUUCUGAGGGAGUCUGUUCCACUGUUGAACAUUUUGUGAAUCCAUUGAUUCUGGCCCUGCCCUUUGGAGCAGCAGUAAACAAGCUUGGUCCAUCUUUCAUAUGACAACCCUUCGGGUAUUAGCACUGUUUGUGAGCAGUCCUUGAUUCCUCCUGCCAGUCAUUUUAGAAGAGCCAGCCUGCUGGGUUGGGUCCAAAGGCUCAUGAGUCCAGCAUCCUUUUCUCCCAGAUGCCUUUGGGGAGUCCGCAGUAAAGAUCUGAGUGCAGCUGCCAUCCCCACUUGUGACUGAUUCCCUGCAAUGGUGCUCAGGGCAUCCUACUUUACCUUCUAGGGAACGGGUGGUGCUGUGGUCUAAACCACGAGUCUAUUGGGCUUGCCGAUGCUCUGCCCAAGUUUAUGUCAGCCUAGCAGUUCGAAAACAUACCAGUGUGAGUAGAUAAAUAGGGACGGUAAACGGCGUUUCCAUGCGCUCUGGCUUCUAUCACGGUGUCCCAUUGCGCCAGAAGUGGUUUAGUCCUGCUGGCCUCAUGACUCGGAAAACUCUGUGGACAAACACCGGCUCCCUUGGCCUGAAAAGCGAGAUGAGCGCUGCAACCCCAUAGUCGCCUUUGGCUGGACUUAACCGCCCAAGGGUCCUUUACCUGACCUGACCUGACCUUCUCAGUAAAUUAUGAAUGCUUCUCUCUUCCGUGCUCAGACUUCCGUUGCUGUUCUUCGAGCAGGUAUGAUCCAGUCCAAGACUGGAACUGUCCCAGCUAAGUGGAUAUGGGAGAGGUUGCAACAUUUGGGGCUUCUUAGUUGAGAGCAAAGGGGAGUAAGAAGAUGCAAGACAGAACUGUAUAAAAUUAUUCAUGACGUGGAGAAAGUGGAUAGAGGAGUUACUUCCCCCUGCCCUUUAAUAACUAAAACCCUGGACCACAUGUUGAAGCUGAAAGCUGGACAAUUCAGGACAGACAAAAGAAAGUACUUUUUCACACGGCACAAAGCUAAAUGAUGAAAUUCGUUGCCAUGAGAGGCUGUGAUUUAUUCAUUUUUUGCAUUUAUAUUGUUGUUUAGUCGCUUAGUCGUGUGUGCCUCUUCAUGACCCCCUGGACCAGAGCACGCCAGGCACUCCUGUCUUCCACUGCCUCCUGCAGUGUGGUCAAACUCAUGCUGGUAGCUUCGAGAACACUGUCCAACCAUCUCGUCCUCCGUCAUCCCUUCUCCUUGCGCCCUCCAUCUUUCCCAACACCAGGGUCUUUUCCAGGGAGUCUUCUCUUCUCAUGACGUGGCCAAAGUAUUGGAGCCUCAGCUUCACGAUCUGUGCCUUUAUAUAGCCCACCUUUUUAUCCAAGGAGCUCAAGGUAGCAGUCAUGAUUCCAGCCAGCAUUGGGUUGCCAGUGAUGUGUGUGCAGCCAUGUCAGAGCACCAGCAAAUGAUAAACGGAGUUCAGGCAAUUACACCAUCUGUUGAUGGGCUUGGAAUGGAGGGUGGUGCAGCUGAAUAGUGAAGGUUGCAAGAUUCAGGGCAGAUAGAGGAUUUUUUCAUGAAGUGCAUAGUUAAACUAUGGAACUUGCUCCCCCAGAAGGCAGCAGUGACCACCAACUCACUACUUGUAGGUACUUGGUAUUGUUUUGAGAGGUAUUGUAUUGAGCUUGGCUUUGCAGGGAACAGGUGGCGCUGUGGUCUAAACCCCUGAGCCUCUUGGGCUUGCCGAUUGGAAGGUCGGUAAUUCGAAUCCCCACAACGGUGGUGAGCUCCCAUUGUUCUGUCCCAGCUUCUGCCAACCUAGCAGUUCUAAAGCAUGCCUGUGUUGUUGUUGUUUAGUCGUUUAGUCGUGUCUGACUCUUUGUGACCCCAUGGACCAGAGCACGCCAGGCACUUCUGUCUUCCACUGCCUCCCACAGUUUGGUCAAACUCAUGCUGGUAGCUUCGAGAACACUAUCCAACCAUCUCGUUCUCUGUUGUCCCCUUCUCCUUGUGCCCUCCAUCUUUCCCAACAUCAGGGUCUUUUCCAGGGAGUCUUCUCUUCUCAUGAGGUGGCCAAAGUAUUGGAGCCUCAGCUUCAGGAUCUGUCCUUCCAGUGAGCUAAUCAGGGCUGAUUUUCUUAAGAAUGGGUAGGUUUGAUCUUCUUGCAGUCCAUGGGACUCUCAAGAGUCUCCUCCAGCACCAGUGAUCCCCCUUCAUGGAUCACUGCCUUGCCAUGGCGAAGGGGCUUGAAUAACUCAGAGAAGCUAUGAACUAUGCCGAGCAGGGCACCCAAGAUGAACAGGUCAUAGUGGAGAGUUUUGACCAAACCUGAUCCACCUGGAGAAGGAACCGGCAAGCCACUCCAGUAUCCCUGCCAAGAAAACGCCAUGGACAAAGACAAGAGGCAUAUAAAAGCAUGCUUGUGCAAGUAGAUAAAUAGGUACCAUUGUGGCAGGAAGGUAAACGGCAUUUUUGUGCACUCUGGCUUCCGUCAAAGUGUCCCAUUGCGCCAGAAGCGGUUUAGUCCUGCUGGCCACAUGACCCGGAAAGCUGUCUGUGGACAAACGCUGUCUCCUUCGGGCUAAAGCGAGAUGAGUGCCGCAACCCCAUAGUCGCCUUGGACUGGACUUAACCAUCCAGGGAUCCUUUACCUUACCUUUGGUUUCAACUAGAUUUGGGGGAAGAUCUCUCCAAGUCAAUAUGGGGGUUACUUAAUGCUAUGUCACCUUCAGGCCCUGUUUGCAAAAGUUGGUGUCUUCCAUGCCUGUUUGGGAAUAAGUUCAGACCGCUGUGUUCGGUGAUGUCUACUCAACUGAUAAGCUUGCACAGGAUCUACAUCUCUCUCAUCUGCUGCUGCUGUCCUCAGAAGGGACAGAAAGCAUUUUUUUAUAAACGUCUCUUAUCUUUGACUUUGGACUUCAGAUACACCACAAAGAGGCUAAUUUUAUAAGGCGUUUGGACAUGAAAAAAGGAAGCAUCUGAGCACGUGUUUCCACUGGGAGAGGGAGAACGGGGAGACAGCAUUUCACUGCACCCUCUUCUUUUAUUUUGUGAUUUUAAUUGUGCCCAGAAAACACCAUAAAUAUCUGUUUAUUGAAACAAACAAACCCCAUGCCAUUUGGUCCUGUCAAUUUUGCCAUUCUCUUUAGAGGGAUAUUUUAUUGAUCUGUCUCUGAAACUACAAUCAUUUCAUCCCACCAUUUCCAGCAAAUGCACCUUAAGGUUACUUGCACUGAAACUGAACUUAAUACACAUUUCAAUCACAGUACAGUUAAAAGGAAUUUUGUGCUUUAAAAAAAGUGUCGCUAGAAUAAAUCAAUCAAUACAAACAGCAGCAGGAACAGCAGGCCCAGUUCUAGACAGGAACAGAGGAAACUCUCUUUUUUCUUUUCCCUAUAUAAUUGUGUUUUGUAUUUUUGUAUAAAUGAGUUAGAGUUUUGAGUGUUUAAUGGGUUUAAAAAAGCUUUCAAUAAAAAUGUUAUUGGCAAAUAAGGAAACUGCCUUAUUAUAUGUGAGUAAGUUCGAAAGCACAUCAAAGUGCAAGUAGAUAAAUAGGUACCGCUCCAGUGGGAAGGUAAACGGUGUUUCCGUGCGCUGCUCUGGUUCGCCAGAAGUGGCUUUGUCAUGCUGGCCACAUUACCUUUAAGGCAUGAAAACUGCCUAAAUCUCUCUUACCUAGGCAACACAGGGACCUCGCUUUAUUUCCUUCACGUAUUUUCCAACACCUUUAUCACUCACUGUUCUCAUGCUAACUGCACCCCAGCUUUGUUUGAAACCACUCACUCUGUCUAACCCACAGGUUGUACCCUUUGGAAUGCAUAAAGCAACACCUAUGUACUUUAUUGCGGCAUUUCGGAAGGUAUCUUUUGUAAAGUUAUCUGAGUUGAUCAGGGAUGUACCUGUAUGCUCCUGUAUGUGUUAGGAGUGCAGUUUCUUCAUGUAAGAGUUAACAUUAAGUUUAGCCCAGUCAGUUGCUGAGCAAGUAGUGUAACUCCCGUUUAAUCAUAGAAUGCAACAACCUGUUUGCACAAGGCAGCUUUUGCAAGAAGAUGAGAUGGAGCAAUAAGCCAGUUGACUUCUGCUGGGAACUGAUUGGCAGCCCGUGAGCUGGUGGUGGAUUAAAUGCUUGCAGAGUGAAGCAGCUACUAGUCACUCUUGAGAGAUGAGCUGGCUGCCUCUCCAGGCUUGAGGCUGGAAGAGAAGAACCUUGCAGCUGAAACUCUCCCAGAGACAUUUCAUGGGUGUGUGGGAAGGCAGGAGAAAUGGGACUGGUUAAGCAGCCCAGACCAUUUGUCCAUUAAUGUUGCUAACCACAAUCACUCUUGCCUGCCUAACUCUUCGCACGUAACCAUGGCAAGUCAUUGCUAGUGCAUUAGCCUAAAGAGAGCGAGGCAGAUUCAUGGAGGAGAGGGCUACUGAUGGCUUCUAGCCAUGAUGGCUGUGACCAGUUACUGGAAACCUGGAUGCUUUAGCUGAGAUUCCUGCACUGCAGGGGGUUGGACUAGAUGACCCUUGGGGUCCCUUCCAACUCUACCAUUCCAUGAUUUAGGACAGAUAGAAGAAUAUACUUCUUCAUGCAGUACAUAGUCAUACUAUGGAGGCAGUGAUUUAUGAAGGAGAGGGCUGUCAAUGACUACUAGCCAUGAUGCUUCUUGAUACCAGUUGCUGCCAACCACGAGAUGGGAGAGCGCUCUUGCUCAUGUUCUGCUCGCUGGUUUCCCACCAGGCUUAUGGUUGGCCAUUGUGAGCAGAGAAUGCUGGACUCGAUAGACCAGAUGGGCCAUUGGCGUAAUCCUGCAGGCAGCAGCAAUUAUUUUUAUUUAUUUAAUUAUACAUACCCUGGCCAUCUGGCUGAGUUUCCCCAGCCACUUUGGGCGGCUUCCAAUCAAGUGUUAAAAACAGUACAGCAUUAAAUAUUAAGAACUUCCCUAAACAGGGCUGCCUUCAGAUGUCUUUUAAAGAAAAGAUAGCUGCUUAUUUCUUUAAAUCUGAAGUGAGGGCGUUCCACAGGGCGGGCGCCACAACCGAGAAGGCCCUCUGUCUGGUUCCUUGUAACUUCACUUCUCGCAAUGAGGGAACCGCCAGAAGGCCCUCAGAGCUGGACUUCAGUGUCUGGGCUGAACAAUGGGGGUGGAGACGCUCCUUCAGGUAUACAGGACAGAGGCUGUUGAGGGCUUUAAAGGUCAGACCAACACUUUGAAUUGUGCUCGGAAGUGUACUGGGAGCCAGUGAUUGUCCUUUUUACCAAUUGUUGUCUUUUUAAUUAUAUAUUGCUUGUUUUAUGUUGCUAUGGCCAUUGGCUAAUGCGAAUAAAGUUUAUCUAUCUAUUGUGCUUGGAAACGUACUGGGAGCCAAUGCAGAUCUUUUAGGACCGGUGUUAUGUGGUCCCGGCGGCCACUCCCAGUCAACAGUCUAGGUGCCGCAUUCUGGAUCAAUUGCAGUUUCCGGGUCACCUUCAAAGGUAGCCCCAUGUAAAGCGCAUUGCAGUAGUCCACGUGGGAGAUAACUAGAGCAUGCACCACACUGGCAAGACAGUCCACAGGCAGGUAGGGUCUCAGCCUGCGUACCAGGUGGAGCUGGUAGACAGUCGCCUUGGACACAGAAUUAUGCUUCGCGCAGGUGUCGGCAGGCCUUGCGCACCCGGGAUCUCCCCGGGAGCGCAAGGCUUGCGGGCGGCAGCCUGCAGCGCGGAGCACGGGGCGCCCUCCGGAGGACGUCCCAUGCUUCGCGCAGGUGUUGGCAAGCCUUGCGCACCCGGGGUAUCUCCCCCCGGGAGCGCAAGGCUUGCGGGCGGCAGCCUGCAGCGCGGAGCACGAGGCGCCCUCCGGAGGACGCCCUGUGCUUCGCGCAGGUGUCUGCAGCCUGCCGCCCGGCGGGUGGGGCGCCCUGAAGCAGAGCGCCCCUCACGCCGGGCAGACAUGGGCCAGCCUCACAAGCUCGGGGGACAACGGGGAGGCGCAGCACCGCCAUCCCACUGUUCCCCGACCUGGUUUUGGGGGGGAAAUAAAGGAAAAAAAUUUUUCCUUUAUUUCCCCCCCCAAAAAGUAGGUGCGUCCUAUGGAACGAAGCGUCCUAUGGAACGAAAAAUACGGUAACCUGCGCCUCCAUGGACAGCUGUGAGUCCAAAAUGACUCCCAGGCUGCGCACCAGGUCCUUAUCUUAUCUUCUUAUGCCCUUUGACAUCAAAUGGCAUAAUUGGUAGGUAGUGUUCUCCUGCGUUCUAUUGUUUGCUUCACCUUCAUGUUCCCUCCCCUUUCCCUCCCCUACAACUCUAUGAUGGGAAAGAUCAGCUCCUUCCAUUUGAUAUAUGAUGUCAAACACUAAGCCCCACUUUCAGAAGAAACGCUUUGAUGAAAUUCCAAAGCCCGCAAGGAAGAGAGUUGGUACAACUGUAACACCACGUUCUUCCAUUCUCCAUACACACCACGUGCAAAAUUCCAUCGGGAACAUGGAGACAUCCUUUCAAAGGCACGCAUGAGUGAUGGCUUUGAAAAGAGGGAUUAGGGGAGGUUGCUGAAAUGCAACAGAACAAGAUAGCACAUGCUGCAUUCUAAUGGUAGGGCAGGGUAGCAGAUAUGGGAUCAAGACAGUACAAGAGGUUCUGCCAUCUAAGGCCCAGCCUUUAGCCUGAGGGAUGAAACAGUCCAUCUACGGAACAACUAAAGCUCUUCUAGAAAAGACUUGAGAAAUUGUAUUUUCAUCCCAAAUUCCUUGGUUGAUCUUCAGCCAGACCCACAACUGAAUAUAAUUACUAGGUGGAGAUUCUGGGGCUGCUGGGCGCUCUAUUCUGCCUUGGUCAGACCCCACCUGGGGUCUUCUGCCCAGUUCUAGGCAUUGCAAUUUAAGAAGGAUAUUGACAAGUUGGAAGGUGUGCAGAGGAGGCUGAGCAGGAUGAUGAAGGGCCUGGAAACCAAACCAUAUGAGGAAUGGUUGAGGGAGUAGAAGAUGUUUGGCCUGGAGAAGAGGAGGCUGAGAAGUGAUAGGAUUGCCAUCUUCACAUAUCUGAUGGGCUGUCACAUGGAAGAUGGGGCAAGGUUGUUUUCUGCUGCUCCAGGGGGGAGGGCCUGAACCAAUGGUUUCAAAUUAUAAGAAAGACGGUUCUGACUAAACAUUAGGAAGAACUUUCUGACAUGAAGAGCUGUGUGACAGUAGAAGAGACUCCCUUGGAAGGUGGUAGACUCCUUCCUUGGAGGUUUUUAAGCAGAGGCUGGUUGGCCUAUCUGUUACAGAAUCUUCAGCUGUGAUUUCUGCAUUGCAGGGGGUUGGACUAGAUAGAAUCUGAAAUUCUAUGAUUCUGAUUCAGCCUGGAGCCUUCCGCAUGCAAAGCAGGUGUUCUGCCGUGGAGCCUUGACCCGUCCUCAUUACCAUUGAUUUUUGAAGGCCGAGAUUGCACUGUUAUAAUUUGAAAUGAUAAAUAAAUGAGACAAAAGCAGAGCUGCCAAACAAAGAAGCCAAUUAGCAUAAAUAUGCAUUAUGUAAGUAAAGGUCAUUCUUAAUGGAAGCAACUGUGCCAGAACCGUCGGAAACAGAUGAGCUUUAAGCGUCCCUCAAGUUGACAGGUAACUCUAUCAGAAAUGCAGAGCUUCCGGCUGCUCUGGGUUCUCAAUGAGCAGAAGAACAGGGUACAAAUAAAAAUAUAGAAAGAGAAGCUCCAGAAACUUGAGUUCCCAAAGGGUAUCCUAAGAAGGGAAGCCAAGGGAAUCUAUUUAGUGCAGAGAAGGAAUCAAAGAGCAGAGUGUGAAAGAAUGGGAAGUUAGGAAAAAUAGGCAAGAGAAAUUCAAGUCUGUUCACAUCACACCAGAGAGUCACAGCUGAGUGCUGGCCUUGAAUACUGAAGCUCCAUAAGAACUUAAUAAAAGCCUGCUGGACCCUGCUACUGGCCAGUCUCGUCCAGCAUCCUUUUCUCGCAAUGGCCAACCAGAUGCCUGUGAGAAACCAGCAAGAAGGAUCUGAGCACAAGAGCCCUUUCCCCUCAUUCAGCUUCUAGCACCUGGUGUUUCAGAAGCAUCACUGCUUCCACCUGGGUGGAGACCGAGCAUAGCUAGCAGCCAUUCAUAGCCCUUUCCUCCAUGAGCUUGUCUAAUCCUCUUUUAAAGCCAUCUAGGAUGAUAGCUGGGAUGCGGGUGGUGCUGUGGGUUAAACCACAGAGCCUAGGACUUGCCAAUCAGAAGGUCGGCGGUUUGAAUCCCUGCAACGGGGUGAGCUCCCGUUGCUCGGUCCCUGCUCCUGCCAACCUAGCAGUUUGAAAGCACGUCAAAGUGCAAGUAGAUAAAUAGGUACCACUCCGGAGGGAAGGUAAACGGCGUUUCCAUGUGCUGCUCUGGUUCGCCAGAAGUGACUUAGUCAUGCUGGCCACAUGACCCAGAAGCUGUCUGCGGACAAACACCGGCUCCCUCGGCCUAUAGAGCAAGAUGAACACGCAACCCCAGAGUCAUCCGCGACUGGACCUAAUGGUCAGGGGUACCUUUACCUUAUAUGCUAUAUGGUAAUUUAUGGACCUAAUAGGUCAAGCCAUUUGCGCAUAACAGAAUGUAGGCACCCUAUAUACAGAAAUGAGCAAAGCAGUGAUAUUUUAGGGAGCCAGUAAAGCGAGAUGAGCGCCGCAACCCCAGAGUCAUCCGCGACUGGACCUAAUGGUCAGGGGUACCUUUACCUUUACCUUUUAGGAUGAUAGCUAUCAUUGCCUCCUGCUGCAGCAAUUUGCAUAGUUUAACUGUGUGCUGCCAUGAAGAAGGCACUUGUUGUUUGUUACAUUGCUACUCGGUCUUCUUCCAAGGAACAUAGGCUCUUCCACAUCAACUCCCUGACAACCGUGUGAGGUAGGUUAAGAGGAGAUCGCAACUAGCCCAAGUUUACUCACUAAUUUUUGUGGCUCGGAGGAACUCUCAUUUAAACCUGGAUCUUCCCCAGCCAAGGGCCGCAGCCUUCAAACUACACACCACCACUGGCUGUCAAAAGCGGGUUAAAGUACAGCCUCUGGAACUUCUUUCAAAUGAAGGCUAAACUUGCUGCCAGAGUAGAACUUGCCAUAUGCCGUCAGGAAUGGCAGGAGGAAGAACAGGGUAUUUAUGGGAGACCAAAACAUCGUAAUUGUAGGUGACUGUCAAUGAUAACUGAACUCUGUUGCUUAAACCAGGCAGAGGGCCUUCUCGGUAGUGGUGCCUGCCCUGUGGAACGCCCUCCCAUCAGAUGUCAAGGGAAUAACAACUACCUGACUUUUAGAAAACAUCUGAAGGCAGCCCUGUUUAGGGCAGUUUUUGUUUGAUGUUUUAUCGUGUUUUUAAUAUGUUAUUGGGAGCCAUCCAGAGUGGCUGGGGAAACCCAACCAGAUGGGCGGGGUAUAAAUAUAUUAUUAUUAUUAUUAUUAUUAUUAUUAUUAUUAUUAAUAAAAGCACCAGCAGAAUUUCCUGUCCUAGCUAGACCCUCCUACAGGAGUGCAUGAUUUGGGUUCAUGUGCAAAACCUCGCACCCUUCAUUAAGAGCAAUAACCUUAGGGAAGGGGAAAUAUGAUUGGCUCCCAAGCCCUAGAAUGUUUGAUUUGCUAUGUUUACUACAGGAUCAGCAUGUUCUUCCUCUGUAAAUCUAAAAGAAAAUCACUACCGAGGGUUAUUUGACACCUUUAGGAUGGAGCACGGCUUAUGCUGACCGCAAUGAUACGUUUUGGAAAUGUAAAUAUAGUGUCUGCUCCUGGUUUAACAUUAGGGGAAGAUGGAAGUUAAAAGAGGCUUUUGGAUAGAGAUCAAGAGUUAUCCACAAAGUGCCGACCAUCCUGAAUGCUUUGAGGUUGUAUGGCAUCUGUGGAUGGCUGCAUGGGAUGGUACCCAACACAAGGCAUCUGAGAAAGCUUUGGGUCUCAGAUUUAUCUGACAUUGUCUUCUUGCACUAUAUAGUGGGGUGGGGUGCCAGUGGCCCUCCAGUUGCUGUUGAACACCCAACUCCUAUCAGUCCCAGAAGUCAGCAUGACCAACGGUGAGGGUUGAUGGGAGCUGGGACAUGACCACGACAUCUGGAGGGCCACAGGUUCCCCACUUCUGCUGAUCUGCUUGUGUGUUGAUGAUGUGUCUUACCUUUGUUUGUUUUUUGCUUUUUUAAAAAAAAAAGAGGGAUGAGACUUAAUACAUAGACACCAUUUGGAGAAUGGUACUUGGUGAGACAGGGAUGUGGGUGGCGCUGUGGGUUAAACCACAGAGCCUAGGACUUGCUGAUCAGAAGGUCGGCGGUUCAAAUCCCCGCGACGGGGUGAGCUCCCGUUGCUCGGUCCCUGCUCCUGCCAACCUAGCAGUUCGAAAGCACGUCAAAGUGCAAGUAGAUAAAUAGGUACCACUCCGGUGGGAAGGUAAACGGCGUUUCCGUGCGCUGCUCUGGUUCGCCAGAAGUGGCUUAGUCAUGCUGGCCACAUGACCCGGAAGCUGUAUGCUGGCUCCCUUGGUCAAUAAAGCGAGAUGAGCGCCGCAACCCCAGAGUCAGCCACGACUGGACCUAACGGUCAGGGGUCCCUUUACCUUUUACUUGCUGAGACACCAAGCCCAGGCAUGCAGCAGAUUGGUGGGACUGCACAGCUGCCAGUAAUGGCAGUGCGCAGGGCAGAGGGGCUGAGACACAAAGAAAUAGGACAGUUCAAUGAGGACUUUCAGUAUUGCCUGGAAAGGCUGGGGAAGGGAACGUGAAGGCGAAACAAACAACAGAAUGCAGGAGGACGUAAAAUAAUAAUUAUCAUUAUUACCACUACUACUAUUUUACUUAUUUCCUGACUUUCUCCAGAACCAGGACCCAAGGUAGCUAGAAAGAACAAAUGAAAAAAGGAGAAAAGAGAAAAAGUGUUGCUGAAUCUGAGGAAGUGAUUGCGCAUCAGGGUGGCUUCUGGUUUUGCCCAAUGCUGCUUUCCAAAUCUUCCUGGCUGCUGAAAAGCAACCCUUUGUUUUUCUCUAUAUCUCUGCCAUCUCACCCCCCCCCCUUCCCACUCAACACUUCUGCCUUCAUUUGCCCAUCUCUGCCUCUUUGUUUUCCUUCAUUUGUGGGCAGCAUGGAGGUGUGAGGAAGGGUUGCCCAGGUGAAGAGGCGAACUCCUUUCCCUGGCUGUUUUGUUUUCUGCCACUGCCCCUUGCAGAAUGAAUUGGUUGCAGGCGCUUAGCAGGGAGCAAUGGCCCUUUUUCCGUCAAGAAGACCUUUCUGACCAGUCUCUCUUGACCAGAGAAGGUGCCAGUUAAUUUCCCCAGCUUUUCGGAUUGUUAUUGUGGUUUCUUCUGGAAGAGGAAGAUUUCUGCUUUCUGCAGAACUGUUUUUGGCAUUGAAAGAGCGGUGCUUUCAGACGAUUUUUGUUCUCGUUGCUAACUAUGCGCAGUACUGAGGCCAGAGCUCAGAAAGUGUGCAUUCUAAUGAAAUUCCCUGAUGCAAAAUGCACCUAGAACAAUGGGAGUUUUGAACACUGGACGGAAUCCUUUCCACGCUGGGCUGUAACUUCCUGACCCACAGUCACUGGGACAGAAAGGGUACUUCCAUUCCCACAAAGCCCUGUAUGCCCCCCCCCAUAUUGAAAACACUCUACAGACAACCAGUUACAGUGGUACCUCGGGUUAAGUACUUAAUUCGUUCCGGAGGUCUGUUCUUAACCUGAAACUGUUCUUAACCUGAAGCACCACUUUAGCUAAUGGGGCUGCGCCGCCAGAGCACGAUUUCUGUUCUCGUCCUGAAGCAAAGUUCUUAACCCGAGGUACUAUUUCUGGGUUAGCGGAGUCUGUAACCUGAAGCGUAUGUAUCCUGAAGCGUAUGUAACCUGAGGUACCACUGUAUUCACUACCAACCAAUUAUGGCAAUUGGUGUCAAAGGGCAUAAGAAAAUAAGAAUAGCCUGCAGGAUUACGGCAAUGGCCCAUCUGGUCUAUCGAGUCCAGCAUUCUCUGCUCACAGUGGCCAACCAUAAGCCUGUUGGGAAACCAGCGAGCAGAACAUGAGCAAGAGCGCUCUCCCAUCUCGUGGUUGGCAGCAACUGGUAUCAAGAAGCAUCAUGGCUAGUAGUCAUUGACAGCCCUCUCCUUCAUAAAUCACUGCCUCCAUAGUAUGACUAUGUACUGCAUGAAGAAGUAUAUUCUUCUAUCUGUCCUAAAUCAUGGAAUGGUAGAGUUGGAAGGGACCCCAAGGGUCAUGUAGUCCAACCCCCUGCAAUGCAGGAAUCUCAGCUAAAGCAUCUGUGACAGAUGGCCAUUCAACCUCUGCUUAAAAACUUCCAAGGAAGGAUCGAGCCCACAACCUCCCAAGGGAGACCGUUCCACUGUCCAACUCCUCUUGCUGUUUUUUCUGAUGUUUAGUCAAAAUCUCCUUUCUUAAAUUCCAUUCCACAGUGCAGAGAACUGUCUGGGAGUUGAUUGAGCACAUGAGCUCGCAUAGGUUUCUCACCUCCCUUGGCUGCCAAACCCAGAGACAGGGGUUGCCUGGUAUGCCGCGCGGAGGACCUUAAGGUCCACAAAUAACAACACUUUGGAGAUCCCAAGCCUCAAGGAGGUUAGAUUGGUUUCAGCUAGGGCCAGGGCCUUUUCAGCACUGGCCCCGAUGUGGUGGAAUGCGCUGUCACAAGAGACUUGGGCCCUGCGGCACUUGACAUCUUUCCGCAGGGCCUGCAAGACAGAGCUCUUCUGCCUGGCCUUUGGUUUGGACUCAGUCUGACCCUUAUGUUUCCCUCCCCUUAUGGUCUUGAUUUAUCGACUACUUUAAAAUGAGGCUGCAUUUUAAAUUGCAUUUUAACCUGUAUUUUAAAUUGGUUUUUCCCCCCUUCUCUCUCCCCCCCCAUUAUGUUUUUACUGUGAUUUUAUUGGUGUUAGCCACCCUGAGCCCGGCUCUGGCCGGGGAGGGCGGGUUAUAAAUAAAAUUUAUUAUUAUUAUUAACAGUUCUUUGGUUGCCCAUGAUGUAAGAUGAGCCCUGUAGGAGCAGGCCAGUGUCCCAUCUCAUGACCAACCAGAUGUCCCAGUGAGAAGCCUGAAAGCAGAACAUGAGUCCAAGAGCUGUCUCAGUGUGGAGCCAGAGUGUUGUAUUGGUUAAGAGCGGUAGUCUCGUAAUCUGGUGAACUGGGUUGGCUUCCCCGCUCCUCCACAUGCAGCUGCUGGGUGACCUUGGGCCAGUCACACUUCUCUGAAGUCUCUCAGCCUCACUCACCUCACAGAGUGUUUGUUGUGGGGGAGGAAGGGAAAGGAGAUUGUUAGCUGCUUUGAGGCUCUUUAAGGGAAGUGAAAGGUGGGAUAUCAAGUCCAAGCUGUUCUUCAUCUUCUUCAUCUGAGGACCACAGCUCAGUUAAAGCUCUCUGCCUCCUUGCUGAGUUCUUGGAGGCUCUUGCGCGAUCUUGGAUGGCUCUGUGAGUAAGCAUGGCAGAGGCCAGUAAGCAUGGCAGAGAGCUUAAAAACUCUCUGCCUUGCUUGGGGGAGGGGUAAGACCCAUGCAGGGCGCAAGCUCCAGAAGGCAAGGAUAGCCAAGUGAAUAACCAUAGUUUAGAGGUCCCGGGCCCUAAGGAAGUCAGACUAUCCUCCACCAGGGCCAGGGCCUUUUCAGCGAUGGCUCUGACCUGGUGGAAUGCUCUGUCCCAUGACACUAGGGCCCUGCAGGAUUUAACCUCCUUUCGCAGGGCCUGUAAGACAGAGCUAUUCCGCCUGGAUUUCAAUUUGAACUUUGAGCCAGUGUGGUAUAGUGGUUAAGAGCGGUAGUCUCGUAAUCUGGGGAACCGGGUUCGCCUCUCCGCUCCUCCACAUGCAGCUGCUGGGUGACCUUGGGCCAGUCACACUUCUCUGAAGUCUCUCAGCCCCACUCACCUCACAGAGUGUUUGUUGUGGGGCAGGAAGGGAAAGGAGAAUGUUAGCCACUUUGAGACUCCUUCGGGUAGUGAUAAAGCGGGAUAUCAAAUCCAAACUCCUCCUCCUCCUCCUCCUCUUCUUCUUCUUCUUCUUCUUCUUCUUCAACACCUGUGAUUCUCAGCAAUGCAUUCAGAGCCAUAUUCCCUCCAAUACACUGGUGGAGUAUGUAGCCAUCAUGGUCUGGGACAGGGUUCUGUUAUCAUCCUUCCAUUCAUUUCAUAAUAUUUAUACACAGUGGAACAGGCUCCCAGUGUGAGAUGGUGGACACUCCUUCCCUGAUGCCAAACAUCUUGCCCUGGUUUCCUUGGGGCCACAUCGGCAAGGCCAAGAGGGGGGGGCUUGUCGUCUGGGCAGCCCGGGACCUCCAUGUACACUUCCCAGGCUUGGGGGUCCGGCGGUCACUAACAACACAGCCUUUUGGCUUCACCCCCAGAGGCACACUCCAUCGUCUCCUGAGAUAGACAGAUGCCACCAACAACUGGGUCUUAAUCUUCCUUCCUCCCUAUUCCACCCCGCAAUAAUGAAAGAGCAUCAAAGAGAUUAAAACACCAAGCACCGGCUUCCGAGGUAUUGCGUACAUUUCACCUGGAAAGGCUAAAACUCACUUAGUCAGGAUACGCCCUUGAGCAGUUCCCCAGAGCAAAGAGAUAUGGAUACUGCCUUAAUUACAAAGGUUGGAGAUUAUCUGAUUGAAAAGGAGGCAGAUGAAAGAACCUGAGGUUUGGUCCGUUUCCCUUAUUGACAUCUUAGUACUACAAGGAUAUACUUGGAAGGAUUAUUAUUGCUUUAAUUAACAACCCGCUCUUCACCCUAAGGGCUGGUUGCAACAGUUUUGAAUGCAAUCAGAUUGGUGAAGCCAUCACUUUUACAGCUUUGGAGUUCAAACUUAAACCUGCGGUGCUGGCUGGCAUUUCCAUUGAUGCAAUUGAAUAAGAGUUUGUGCUCUAGUUGACUCCCUUUUGUCCGCAGGACUCCCUUCCCUUCUUGUGAAGCCUCUUUGCCUGCAUACCCCCUUCCUUUGAACCCUGCAAGGCCCACCAAAGUCCUUCCUAGAAUGCAACUAGAAUGAUCAAGGGGGUGGAGUGGCUCUCUGUGAAGUUAGGCAACGUCGGGGCUUUUCAGUUUCAAGAAAAGGCCAGCGACAGGGGGCAUGGUGGAAGUUUUCAAAAUUAUAGAAUGGGGAAGAUGGAUAGAGAAAAGUUAGAUAAGCCUGCUGGGCCAGAUGAGUCACUGGUCUGGUCCAUGUUCUUCUGCUUCUGGGAUACCUUUUGAACACUAGGCUGCUUUCUAUAGACAUGCACGGAAGCCUCCUCCUCCUUCAAUCCAGGCAAGCCAAAGGCAUUAUCAGAGUUCCAGGACACAUUCCAGCCUGGUGCAAGCCUGGCAAAAGGGGGCGUGGCUAGGGAGGGGCGUGGCCUGGAGAGUCGCAAGGGCCACUCAGAGAGAACUUGGGGGCCACAGAAGGCCUGAGUUUACCCACCUUUGGUGUAAAGUGGGAAGCCCUGCUUGGUUUUCAGGGUGUGUUUGUUUCAUUUAUAUAUGUUACAGUGGUACCUCGGGUUACAUACGCUUCAGGUUACAGGCGCUUCAGGUUACAGACUCCACUAGCCCAGAAAUAGUACCUCGGGUUAAGAACUUUGCUUCAGGGUGAGAACAGAAAUCGUGCUCCGGCGGCGCGGUGGCAAUGGGAGGCCCCAUUAGCUAAAGUGGUGCUUCAGGUUAAGAACAGUUUCAGGUUAAGAACAGACCUUCGGAACGAAUAAAGUACUUAACCUGAGGUACCACUGUAUAUUGUAAGCCGCUCUGUAAUUCGGAUGAAAGGUGGAAUAUUAAUAUUAUUAAAAUUAAUAAAACUUAAGGAACCUGAAGGAGCAUUUCCACCCCCAUCGUUCUGCCAGUACACUGAGGUCCAGCUCCGAGGGCCUUCUGGCGGUUCCCUCAUUGCGAGGUUACAGGGAACCAAGCAGAGGGCCUUCUCGGUGGUGGCGCCCGCCCUGUGGAACGCCCUCCCUUCAGAUGUGAAGGAAAUAAGCUGCUACCUUAUCUUUAAAAGACAUCUGAAGGCAGCCCUGUUUAGGAAGCUUUUAAUGUUUAAUAGACUAUUGAAAUUUAAUAUUCUGUUGGAAGCCACCCAGAGUGGCUGGGGAAACUCAGCCAGAUGGGCGGGGUAUAAAUAAUAAAUUAUUAUUAUUAUUAUUAUUAUUAACAAACUGUGCUAUCAUAAUGAUUAAGGCCUUAAAUGAUAGUUUUAGGUUAUAUGUUAGCGACUAAAUUUUAAUUUAUAUAUUUAUUAACUGUUGCUAUAUCUGUAGUGUCGCUGUUAUACCUAAUUUGCAAAUUCAGAUGUAUCCCUAUUGUGUUUUAUGAUUCCUUGAUAUUGUGUGUGGGCUGGAACUGGUCUGUGACCAAAAUAAUAAAUUCAUCAUCAUCAUCAUAUUAUUAAUUUACAGUGGAGCAGAGAUUCAUUUGCCAGUCUUACUGUGGUCUAAUUUUGUAUGUGUGCGUGUGCUUUCAUCUUCUAGCGAUUUCUUCCAAAAUGCUGCCUUGCAAGGAGGCAUUGAUGGACCCUUCUCCAAAGCGAUGACGGGCCAGAUGGCACUCACUCAGGUAAGACUGAGGGGCUGGGGGGGAGGGGUCUUGGCUUGGGGCAGAGCAUGUCAUGGGGAGUUCCAUCGCUGGGAUCUCUAGGCAGCAGGACAGUUCCUUCAGGCCCGGUCCGGUGGGAUCCGAAAUACAUUUCUGCCUUCUCAAUCGUGCUUGCUGGAAAGACCUAGCCUUUUCUUGCACAACUGUUUCAAGAUAAAUAAUGCAAUUCUCCCUAAGGUUUGAUGGCUGAGGAGCACACAGGGAAGAUCGUUAUUCUGUGGCAGGUCACUUGCAGAAGGUCCCAGGUUCAGUCCCUGGGUAGGGAACCUAUAAAGCCUGGAAACCCUGGAGAGCUGCUCUCCAUCUAUUCAGACAACACUGAGGUGUUGUUGUUGUUUGGUCGUUUAGUCGUGUCCGACUCUUCGUGACCCCAUGGACCAGAGCAUGCCAGGCACUCCUGUCUUCCACUGCCUCCCGCAGUUUGGUCAAACUCAUGCUGGUAGCUUCGAGAACACUGUCCCGCCAUCUCGUCCUCUGUCGUCCCCUUCUCCUUGCGCCCUCCAUCUUUCCCAACAUCAGGGUCUUUCCCAGGACGUCUUCUCUUCUCCUGAGGUGGCCAAAGUCUUGGAGCCUCAGCUUCAGGAUCUGUCCUUCCAGUGAGCACUCAGGGCUGAUUUCCUUCAGAAUGGAGAGGUUUGAUCUUCUUGCAGUCCAUGGGACUCUCAAGAGUCUCCUCCAGCACCAGAAUUCAAAAGCAUCAAUUCUUCAGCAAUCAGCCUUCUUUAUGGUCCAACUCUCACUUCCAUACAUCAACACUGAGGUAGUGGGACCCAAUGGUCUGACUUGUCAUAAAGCAGCCUCCUGUAUUCCUGUGUUUCAGAUGAUGGCCGACUUUGAAGAAGACUGUAAGAAGGCUGCUGGUGCCUCUGGAGCCUCCCUCCCAAAACAGUUCUCGGUGGCUCAGGUCAUUGAGACAUUGAUGGAGGAACAUUCCUUCAAUACCCCUUUCCUGCGGGCAGCUGUGAGGCUCAGGGAGAACGGUAAUGGCUCCUUCGUGUGGCAAGGGGUGGCUGUUACACAAGCUGGGUGCCUCUGAUGGUUCACGGCUAUGUUGGUGUGGUAUUUUUGUAGGGUGCUUUUUUAUGAGCUUAGAAGGAGCCCUUUAUUUAUUCACAAUGUUGAUAUCCUUUGUUUAUUGCUUGUAUGUUUAAAAGCAUUUCUAAAACGCUUAACAUUUUAAAAACUGUCAAAGUGGCAUAGUCAUACCUCAGGUUACAGACGCUUCAGGUUCCGUUUUUUCAGGUUACGGACCACCGAAACCCGGAAGUACCGCAACGGGUUACUUCCGGGUUUCGGCGGCCGCACAUGCACAGAAGCGCUACAUCGCGCUUUGCGCAUGCGCAAAAGCCCCAAAUCACAACCCGCACGUGCACAGACGUGCCGCUGCGAGUUGCAAAUGUGCAUCCCGCACCGAUCACGUUCGCAACCCGAGCGUCCACUGUACAGCGAUCCAACAGAAAAGCAAUAUGACAGUAUUCCGAAAACAGAUGCAUCAUGAAAGCUUUCCCCUCUGAAUGGGUCAUUUCUAUUAUUAUUAAAUUUCCAUGCCACCCUUCACCCGAAGAUCGCAGGGCGGUUUACAAAGCACCCAAGCCCUUCUCCCUGCACCCUAAUUCUUUAUGCUAUCUGAAUCCACACCUGGAAUUAAGACGUAUUUCCUAACUAUGGUACGGAAUGUGGCCUGGGCUUUGGUUCAUCUUCUGACUCUCCUGCCUCUCCCCUUCCAGGCUUCAAGACAGCUGUCCUGACCAACAACUGGGUUGAUGACAGCCACUUCAGGCACCGUACAGGCCUUGCCCUGUGUCUGCUGAACAGAUAUUUUGACCGGGUGAUUGAGUCAUGCCGUGUCGGUCUGCAAAAGCCAGAUCCCAAGAUCUAUGAGUAUGCACUGGAUGUGCUGAAAGUGAAACCUGAAGAGGUUGGUGGCACACUUCUGAGAGCCAGUGUGGUGUAGUGGUUAAGAGCGGUAGAUUCGUAAUCUGGGGAACCGGGUUCGCUUCCCCACUCUUCCACAUGCAGCUGCUGGGUGACCUUGGGCUAGUCACACUUCUCUGAAGUCUCUCAGCUCCACUCACCUCACAGAUUGUUUUUUGUGGGGAGGAAGGGAAAGGAGAUUGUGAGCCGCUUUGAGACUCCUUCGGGUAGUGAUAAAGCGGGAUAUCAAAUCCAAACUCCUCUUCUUCUUCUUCUUCUUCUUCUUCUUCUUCUUCUUCUUCAGUCUUAUACUUGCAAAAAGCUUCUGUUGUUCCCUUCAGGAUCUCUCUCUCUCUCCCUCUCUCUCCAGAUGUGUUUAACAUCAGUCCUGAACUGCAGGGGGUUGGACUAGAUGACCCCUGGGGUCACUUUCAACUCUACAAUUCUAUGAUUCUACGCUCUGGUGCAGGGGUGGUGGUGAGGAACCUUUCACUGUCAGAAAGUUCUCCCUACUGUUUAGCCAGAAUCUCCUUCCUUGUACAGUGGUACCUCGGGUUACAUACGCUUCAGGUUACAGACUCCGCUAACCCAGAAAUAGUGCUUCAGGUUAAGAACUUUGCUUCAGGAUGAGAACAGAAAUCGUGCUCCGGCGGCGCGGCGGCAGCAGGAGGCCCCAUUAGCUAAAGUGGUGCUUCAGGUUAAGAACAGUUUCAGGUUAAGAACAGAGCUCCGGAACGAAUUAAGUGCUUAACCCAAGGUACCACUGUAGUUCGAAUCCAUUGGUUCAGGUCCUCCCCUCUGGAGCAGCAGAAAACAAGCUUGUUCCAUCUUCCACGUGACAGCCCUUCAGAUAUUUGAAGGUGACCAUCCUGUCACCUCUCAGUCUCCUCUUCUCCAGGCUAAACACACCCAGCGCCCUCAAACUUUUUCCAUAAGAUUUGGUUUCCAGACCCUUGAUCAUCUUGGUUGUUUUCCUCUGUACACUCAGUGCCAGUUGUGUGGCAGGUAAAGACAUGGCAGGGCCAAAAAGGGGCUUGUAUGCACCACUGAUCAGCUGUUUGGCAGCAUCCACAACUCCCCCCCCCUUUGCAAUUGCCAACAAUCAGCUGACUGCACAAGCAAAAAAUUGCUCCCCUGAUGUCAUUGUGAUGUCAAGCGAGUAUCCUCACCUACCUGUCAAACUUGGCCACAGGAUGGUGGCGGGAAUGGGUCUUGUGGUGAAAAACAAGUAUUCAGAGAGCAAAUUGGAUGAGGCCUUCGGAGAAAAUCCAUGAUCCGUUCUCCUUUCUCUUUCAUUUAAUUUCAGAAGUAGGUCUGUAGGUCUUGCGAAGCAACUCAAAAAACGAAAAACUCUUUCGUCUUGCAAGUUUUUCGUCUUGCGAGGCAUUCGUCCUGCGAGGUACCACUGUAUACACAAGGCAUUCCUUGCAGCCACGAGGUGGUCAGAGGCCCACUAGAUCUAACAAUGGCAGAACAGGAUAGGUGCAUUCGUUCUUUCCUUUCAGCUGACUCUGGCUUUUGCUUCUUCCUCGCGCCAGGUUAUUUUUCUGGAUGACACUGGCGCAAACUUGAAGCCCGCUCGGGAGAUGGGCAUGGCUACCAUCCUCGUCAAAGAUUUUGACUCGGCUCUGAAGGAGCUGCAGGACCUGACGGGAGUUCAGGUGAGGAGCUUUUUUUCCGUGCGGACGUUGCGUGGAAAUGACUUUCUCUCUGUAGGUUGGUUCCUGAGUUUCAGCAACUGCACCUGUGGAUUGCAUUGCAAUCCUAACGAGUAAUGGACAUAAGAAGGGGGCUGCUGGAUCAGGCCACCGUACUGUCUAAAUAAUAAAUUAUUAUUGGAUCUUUAGAAGAAGGCAGCCCUGUGUGGGGAGGUUUUUAAUGCUUGAUGUUUUACUGCGUUUGCUGUUUUAAUUCAUUGGAAGCUGCCCAGAGUGGCAUAUAAAUUAUUAUUAUUACUAAUCCAGGAUCCUGUUUGCACAGUGGCUAGCCGGAGGCUGCAAAUAGAAACCUACAAGCAGGAUUUGAGCACGAGAGCAUUCUCCUCUCCUGUGGUUUCCAGCGACUUCUGUUCAGAAGUUGUUGCUGCCUCCAAUUCCUUAGUCUGGACACUGUGCCUCUGUUGAUGCAGCCUUGAAUAGCAUCAGCUUUUUUGCUGCUUCAUCAAAUUGUUGACUCGUGUUUAUUUAUUUUACUUAUUUAUUUAAUUAAUUUUAUGUAUACCUGGCCAAGACCGGGCUCAGGGCGGCUAACAUCAGGUAUAAAAACAAUUGAUUAAAAUACAACUUAAAAACAAGAUUAUAAUACUACUUAAAAUGCAGCCUCGUUUGAGUGGAAGCCCAGAUCAAAAACUGUUGGGGGUGGUGGGGGGAAACGUCAAAUCUUCACCAAGGCUAACUAUCCAGACUGGUCCUACAUGGGCCAGAAAAGCCAGGGAAGUCCCCAAAUAGGAGUUCCAUCACAGAAGGAGAAAGGAAAGAGGGGAAGGGGAUCAAGUUGAUUCCAAGCCAAAGGCCAGGCGGAACAACUCUGUCUUACAGGCCCUGCGGAAAGAAAUCAAACCCUGCAGGGCCCUGGUCUCAUGAGAUAGAGCGUUCCACCAGGCUGGAGCCAGUGUUGAAAAGGCCCUGGCUCUGGUUGAGGCUAAUCUGACUUCCUUAGGGCCCGGGACCUAUAGAGUGUUGCUAUUUAUGGACCUUAAGGUCCUCCACAGGGCAUACCAGGAGAGGCGGUCCUGUAGGUACAAGGGUCCUAGGCCGCUUGUGGUCUCCUAAGACCCCUAGAUCCUUUUCAAAUUUACAUAUUACAUUUGUGCAGCUGGCCAUUCCUGCCUAAGUGCAUUUAUCCUUGCAUUUAUCCCCACUGAAUUUCAGUUUGUUAGUUUGGUCCCAGUUGUCCGAUCUGUUAAGGUCAUGUUGAAUCCCGAUUCUGUCUUCUGCAGUUUGGUUCAUCUGCAAAUUUGACGAGUGUUCCCUCAAUUCCUUCAUCCAAGUUGUUUAUAAAUACGUUGAACAACAACGGGCCCAGGGUAGAACCCUGAGGCUCCCAACUUGUCACCCAGGAUGAUGAGGAACCAGCAGUGAGCACUCCUUUGGGUUUGGUUAGUCAACUCUCUGCACAUAACACAACAGCCUGUUCACAUAAUGUAGCUUUUGCAAGAAGAUGAGAGAUGUGACAAGCCAGUUGGCUUCUGCCGGGAACUGGUUGGCAGCCCGUGAGCUGAAGGCUUAAGUGCUUGCAGAGUGAAGCAACUUUCAGUCAUGCUUGAAAGGUGAGGUGGCUGCUUCGCCAGGCUUGAUGCUGGAAGAGAAGAACCUUGCAGUUGUAGCUCUGCAGGAAACAUUUCUGACAUUUUGUGAGUGUAGGAAGGCAGUGAUAACAAUAACAGUCAUUUAUUUUUUCACACCCCGCCCAUCAGACUGGGUUUCCCCGCCGCUCUGGGCGGCUUCCAACAAAAUGUACGAAAACACAAAUGUCAGGUCUAUUGGGAUACUGCCGGGGAGACAGGGGCAUCAGGCAGGCCCCCAGCUGGCUCCAGCCAACCGCCGGCAGCCAGGCAAUCACCGGUCUCCCUUGGAACAGCAUCAAUCAGCGACACGAGCCUCAGAUACGUUUAGAGACCCGUGCACGCUCUGUCAGCAGAGUGAAUAAAUCUUCUCACAGCAGAAGAGGCGUACAGAGCCAUGUUUAAGCAGUAUAUUACAGCAUUUUAUUCAGCAGCAGGAACGAAGGGAAAAAAACAUGUCUGCUUCCCUUCGUCUCCAGGCAAAACAGCAGCAAUGCAAAAGCUCUAUACAAAUGGAAGUUCCCAGCAAGUGCCAGAAGUAAACAGGCAUGCGACACACAACAGUCAUUCCUGUACUCUUUUAAGGUGGAACUGAACUACCGUAUUUUUUGCACCAUAACGCUCACCUUUUUCUUCCUAGAAAGUAAGGGGAAAUGUCUGUGCGUGUUAUGGAGCGAAUGCCUACGGAUGGCGGGGGGAUCUGCUGCAGUCGUGAGCAGAGGAUCCAUGGUUCCCCUUCCUUCCCUCCUCCAUGGCUUGCUUUGAAACAGCAAAGCGGGAGAAGAGCCACUGAGUGGGGAGGAGAGAGGGACAGAGAGCCUGCUUGCUUUAAAGGAGCAAAGCAGGAGAGGAGAGGAGCCUUCUCCUCUUAUACCCCUCUUCUGCAUUAUUAACAGCAUCCUUCUCCACCCACCCCACGCGUGUUUCUUGUCCCUUGAAUGCUUUUCCUUCCCUCCCCACUUAAAACGUGGUUACAAAGCACAGAUCCACAUGCAUCCUCAGGAUUUUUGCACUGGGCUACCCCAAACUCACCGUCAGAUCACAUGUCUGUGGCCACAGCAUGAACCACAAAAAUCAUAUAUCCGCUGUUUCGUUUAGAAUAUUUUUUUUAUUGUUUUCCUCCUCUAAAAACUAUGUGCGUGUUAUGGUCGGGUGCGUGUUAUAGAGCAAAAAAUACGGUAUAUCCUAACAAGGUAUUCCUCAGCCUUCUGGAAAUACCAACUGAUGGCUCAUGUCUUAUUGUACUUCCAUAUUUAAUAAUCUAACUAAGAUCAUGGCCACUGGGCCCAUCACCUCCUGGCAAAUAGAAGGAGAAGAAAUGGAGGCAGUGAGAGAUUUUACUUUCUUGGGCUCCAUGAUCAAUGCAGAUGGUGACAGCAGUCACGAAAUUAAAAGAUGCCUGCUUCUUGGGAAAAAAGCAAUGACAAAUCUAGACAGCAUCUUAAAAAGCAGAGACGUCACCUUGCCAACAAAGGUCCGUAUAGUUAAAGCUCUGGUUUUCCCAGUAGUGAUGUAUGGAAGUGAGAGCUGGACCAUAAAGAAGGCUGAUCACUGAAGAAUGGAUGCUUUUGAAUUAUGGUGCUGGAGGAGACUAUUGAGAGUCCCAUGGACUGCAAGAAGAUCAAACCUCUCCAUUCUGAAGGAAAUCAGCCCUGAGUGCUCACUGGAAGGAAAGAUCCUGAAGCUGAGGCUCCAAGACUUUGGCCACCUCAUGAGAAGAGAAGACUCCCUGGAAAAUACCUUGAUGUUGGGAAAGAUGGAGGGCACAAGGAGAAGGGGACGACAGAGGACGAGAUGGUUGGACAGUGUUCUCGAAGCUACCAGCAUGAGUCUGACCAAACUGCGGGAGGCAGUGGAAGACAGGAGUGCCUGGCGUGCUCUGGUCCAGGGGGUCACGAAGAGUCGGACACGACUCAACGACUCAACAACAACAAUUUAAUCAUCUAACUCAGUAUUGUUUGCACUGACUGGCAGCACCUCUCCAGGCUUCCAGGCAGGGACUGGAGAUGCUGGGAGCAUCUUCAUGCAGUGCAGAUGCUCACCCAGUGAGCUAUGGCCCUUCCCUAAAUGACACCUCAAAUUAUCUCUGCCACUAACAUCCCCUCCACCAACAAGGAAUGAAAUGAACCUGGGGAAAGAGGUUAACAACAGAGUAUCCUGAGGCUGCGAAGGAGGCAGCUGCGUCGAGGGUUAUCCAGGACUGCUGAUUUCAGCAGUGUUGGGCAUAUUAACCUUGUAAACCUUCCUCCGUGACUGGCCCAGCAGGAUCUCGUUACUCAGUGCCGGAGCAAAGUGCCUCUCCGUAGUGCUUCCGUCGCUCCUAGUUCUAACAAGCUGCUGCAUUUUCCCUCCCCGUCUACAAAGGUAGCUCACGUACCAGCUGAUUCUUUGAAAGUGGAUCCCCUCCAUCCUUUAGAAGGUUCCUUUCUUCUGCUCUCUAGAGAGGCCUCUGCUGAGUGAACUAUUAACCGCAGAAGCGUAGAAACUUUCUCUUCUGCACUGACUGAGCCAGGCUUGUACUUUUGCACUCACUGAAUUGCUAGGUUUUGUGGUACGUCCUGAAAAAAAGAAAAUGCAAAGGGCGCUUUUAGAUGGCAAGAUUGUUUCAGAGCAGGAAAAAUCUAAACCUUUGGAUCAUCUUAAUUGCACUUCAUUUACAUCUCAAUAUGGGCAUUUGUGUGUUUGUGGCAUUGAGCAGCACUUUGCAUUUUUGCUUGCUUUUAAAAAUGCAGUAUUAUUUAAUAUUUAAAAGGCAAGUUUCCAGACCUCAUGGUUGUAGAUAUUAGAAAGGUUGCUAUUUAUCUAGGCCUCCCGUGUGUAUGGGAGCUAAGCAUAUUUGCUAUGCAUGAAAAAUACCUUUGCCUCUUUCAUACACAAGCGUUUUGGGAUAUUUCCCAGGCUUCCUGACAAUUCACUGCACCAGUUGUCAUUUUCUUGGGUUGGCAUUUGGGGACAGAGGUUUGCAGGACUUCCUUUGCUUUAGUUCAGGUCAGUGUCUGCUUGCUCCUCAGUCUGAAAAACAGCCCCCCAAAAAACACCACCAAACGAUUCCUUCACCACCACCACACAUAAGCACCUUGCGUGGGACGCUACGGUGAACAAGAGGUUCUGAGUGCCAAACAAGUGACCAAAGAGGAAGCGAGAAAAACCAAAAUAAAGAGAACCUUCCAGCCAGCUUGACGACAUGCCAGAAUGUCAUUGUGGGUAGACUCUGGUGCUAGACUCUGGCUGCAUUCCCAUCUCUGAUAAACCUUGAAGUUCCUUGAAUGCUUUUAGGACGGUCUCUCUCUGCUUCUUUGCCUCGCCACAGAAUCAUGAUGGGGGUAGAAAUUUGGUUCAGCUUGCGGCCUAGGGCCCACUUACCUACGGGACCGCCUCUCCUUAAGGUCCACAAAUGACAACACUUUGGAGGUCCCAAGUUGCAAGGAGGUUAGAUUGGUCUCAACUAGGGCCAGGGCCUUUUCAGUACUGGCCCCAACUUGGUGGAACGCUCUGUCACAAGACACUAGGGCCCUGCGGGACUUGACAUCUUUCCGCAGGGCCUGCAAGACAGAGCUGUUCCGCCUGGCCUUUUCCAGUCUGACCCUUAUGUCUUCCCUCCCCUUAUGGUUUUGAUUUAUGGGCUACAAAUAAAAUGAGAAGAGAAGACUCCCUGGAAAAGACCCUGAUGUUGGGAAAGAUGGAGGGCACAAGGAGAAGGGGACAACAGAGGACGAGAUGGUGGGACAGUGUUCUCAAAGCUACGAACAUGAGUUUGACCAAACUGCAGGAGGCAGUGGAAGACAGGAGUGCCUGGCGUGCUCUGGUCCACGGGGUCACGAAGAGUCGGACACGACUAAACAACAAUAAAAUGAGGCUGCUUUUUAAAUUGUAUUUUAACCUGUAUUUUAAAUUGGGGUUGUUGUUUUUUUGUUUCUCCCCCUAUUAUGUUUCUAUUGUAAUUUUACUGGUGUUAGCUGCCCUGAGCCUGGCUCUGGCUGGGGAGGGCGGGGUAUAAAUAAAAAUUACGAUUAUUAUUAUUAUUUCAAGGCAGGCCUCCUUGCUUUGCGCUUUCCCAAACAAUAUGUGAACUGAAACGCAUCCAUUCUUUGAAAUCCUCACUUUCCCGAAUUUUUCGGUGCAGUUUUCCAGCCAAAUAAUGUGCACAUAAAUGCAUAAAAAACCCUAUAUGCGGUGAAAACUUGGAUGUUCACUUUAAACCAGUGGUUCCAAAAGUAGGCAGUGUGAUCACUUAGUGGGGCGCUAAGAGGCAAGGGAGAGGCAAGGAACCAAACUUGAGACUGGAAAAAUUGAGAAACCCAAAGAUGAACAAAUCGGUCCAUUUUGGUUUCUUUCGGGUUUCUCAUUUGGCCACAUAUCUGUAUCGGUUUGCAGAUUUUUGGGGGCAGCAUCCAGCUAACUCACUCCCAUCAGUUCAAGGACUUCUGCAGUAGCGCUUUUCCUGCCUCUUAAAGGGUAAAGGGACCCCUGACCAUUAGGUCCAGUUGUAGACGGCUCUGGGGUUGCGGCAUUCAUCUUGCUUUAUUGGCCGAGGGAGCCGGCGUACAGUUUCCGAGUCAUGUGGCUAGCAUGACUAAGCCGCUUCUGGCAAACCAGAGCAGCGCACGGAAACCCUGUUUACCUUCCCACCAGAGCAGUACCUAUUUAUCUAUUUGCACUUUGACAUGCUUUUGAACUGCUAGGUUGGCAGGAGCAGGGACUGAGCAACGGGAGCUCACCCUGUCGCGGGGAUUUGAACCGCUGACCUUCUGAUCGGCAAGUCCUAGGCUCUGUGGUUUAACCCACAGCGCCACCCGCGUCCCUUCCUGUCUCUUAUGCUCCCCUAAGUGUGGGUUCCCCUGACCCCUCAGAAAAGGGUUUGGGAAGGUUGCAGGGUGUGCACCAAAAAGAGUUUAGCUGCGCAAGUGGAAGUCCUUCCGCUAGCAGAAUGAGUUAGUUGGAUAUCUCCCAUUUAAAAGAAGUACUUGUCAAAAUUAAUCUGUGCUUUACUACAGUGGUGCCUCGCAAGACGAAAAGAAUCCGUUCCGCGAGUCUCUUCGUCUUGCGGGUUUUUUCGUCUUGCGAAGCAAGCCCAUUAGAGGUUUAGCGGCUUAGCGCUACAGUAUUAGCGGCUUAGCCGGCUUAAAGAUCAGCUGAUAAGCGGCUUAACGAUCAGCUGAUAAGCGCCUUAGCAUCAGCUGUUAAGCGGCUUAAAGAUCAGCUGAUAAGCGGCUUAGCAUCAGCUGUUAAGCGGCUUAAAGAUCAGCUGAUAAGCGGCUUAGCCAUCAGCUGUUAGCGGCUUAAAUAUCAGCUGAUAAGCGGCUUAGCAUCAGCUGUUAAGCGGCUUAAAGAUCAGCUGAUAAGCGGCUUAGCCCUCAGCUGAUAAGCGGUUUAGCGGCUUGGGAAAAAGGGGGGGAAAGGAAAGAAACCCCGCAGGAACUCGCAAGACAUUUUCGUCUUGCGAAGCAAGCACAUAGGAAAUUCGUUUUGCGAAGCACCUCCAAAACGGAAAACCCUUUCGUCUAGCGGGUUUUCCGUCUUGCGAGGCAUUCGUCUUGCGGGGCACCACUGUACUCACGUCUCCUAAUUACACACCUUGUGUAUUAGGCAGCUUGCUGCUAUUCCUGUACCUGCAAAAGGUGUUUGAAAUCUCUCUCCUUCCUUCAAUUAUCUACUUCCCAGCUUCUUGAGCAGGAGGAAUGCCUUCCGCCCGCCUGCGAACCAGAGAGUGUGGUCCACGGCUAUGUGGCAAUCAAGGUAAGAGCAGAUGGACUGCUUUGGGGGUUAGGGUCCUAUAAGUGCUUUUUCCGGGGAAAAGAAUCCUGUAAGUUGUUCCUUGAAAACUGCCAGGAGAAGCUUCGUUGCUGGGAGGCUGACAUAUACUGCAAACAAUUAAAGCGAGUCCCAUAGCUGCUACUUUGCAUUUGUCAAAUCUGCUCUGCAGAUUGACGCAUGAGAGUCCAGUGGUGGCUUCCCAGACUGCAACAAUCUUGACUUUCUGGCAACUUGGAACUUAUUUAUUGUAUUUUUAUUCACCUGCAGAUUUGUAAACCACUUCACAAUCCAGAGUCAACAAAGUGGGGUGCAAUAAACCGAGAUAAAAUAGAAAACACAAAAGAAACAACCUUCCCCCCCCCCAAUUUUUUUAUUCAUUUUACAACACAAAUAAAGAACACGGAAACAAACAAUACAAACAAAUUAUUGCCGUAUCCGUAUUUUUCUAAACAUUGUUAAGUGGGCUUCCCCAAGUCCCACCUAUCUGAUUUUCAUUUUACUUCAACUUUAGCAAUUUACCAUAAUUUCUAACCAAUUUUUUUUUUAAAUCACACUUAAAAUAACUUCACAUUCUAUCACUUACAAAUAAUACUAUUUUAAAAUACACUAUCUUCUACUUCUAACCCUACAGCCUAUAUCCACUUCCAAAGCUGUUCUAAGAUUUAAAUAUUAACAUAUUUUUUCAAAUAUUCCUUAAACUUCUUCCACUCUUCUUCCACCGUCUCUUCUCAGUCUUGCUCCCUCUUCCAUGUGACAGCACUUCAGAUAUUUGAAGGUGGCUCUUAUGUCACCUCUUCUCCAGCUUUGAUGUUCUUUGUCAUGGUGGGCUUUGUCCUGCGAUUUGGACGUGAUGUCGCUUCCACCUCCGUCUGCGAUUCUGACUCAUGUCUUACACUGUCUCCCCUUUAGCCUGGUACCCGGCUGCACUUUGUGGAGCUGGGUAGCGGCCCGGUCGUUCUGCUGUGCCAUGGCUUCCCAGAGUCCUGGUUAUCUUGGAGGUACCAGGUAAGAGAUAUUCCGUGCAGGUGGAGAGAGGGAUGACCUCCAUCCGUCAUAUUUGCAAUAGGGCCCCAUUAGCGCCCACCACACUGUGUGCAGCAGCCUCCCAUAACCUGAUGCCCCCUAGAGGCUUUGCACUACAACUCCCAUCAACCCCAGCCAACACACCUGGGAUUCAUAGUGCGGAAUGGCGAAGAGGGAGGCGGAUCUUGGACAGGCAGGCUGUGUGCAUUGGUUUCUCCUGCACACAGGGAGCUUUAACCAGCCUUCUCCUGGUGUUUUGGAGUACAACUCCUAUCCAAGCCCAUCUUGGGACUCACCCAAGACCUGAGAAAUGCACAGAGGACCCAGUAAAAGGUGGAGAGGUAUGAACCGUACGGGCUGGAAAAUGAAUUCAGCUGCUGCUCUGGUUUGCAUGGACAAGCAGAGUCCCCCAAACCCUGGGCGGCCCCCAUGAGGAAUAACGACUCAAGACAACGUGCUAUGGGAUUAAAAUUGGCCACAACUUUAUUAUGUUUCAGAUGUGGAUAGUCCUUGGCUCAGGCAUUGGGCGUUUAUCCCUCCCAGUUCCCCACCGGGGAUCUGGGGAACAUCAGGGUUAUCCAGUGGGGGGGGGGAGUUGGCUCUGGAGAACAUAUGUUCAAGCAGAGAGAGCCCGCCCCCGUUAUGCCGCCGUCGCAGGGGAGAGCAAUGACGACCUCUUGGCGUACGGCCAGAGCCUCCCCUCAAACAACCCCUUUUAUGGGGAACCCUGGUAUCACCGUUGCACAGAGGAGGGGGGUGUGGGUCACCGCUGCACGCCCCCCCCCAAUUCAGGGAAGAUAGACUAAAGGAUUCCGCCCAAGGCCUGAUACCGCCAAAGUUGUUUUUUUUAAAAAAAAAUAUUUUAUUAAGGAUUUUCUUGUUUUACAGAAGUGUAGUGCCUCAUAUUUUUUUUUUUCCCAUGUAACAUUUUUACAAAUCCGUUUCAUUUGUUGAGGCAUUAGGGGGAGAAGGAAAAAAGAAAAAGAAAAAAGAAAGGGGGGUGGAGAGAGGGAAGAUGGAUAGGGGUGGGGUCGGGUGGCGGUGUUUCUAUUAUGUUUAAUGUAUGUAGAGUUUGGUGUCAGCGUUGCUUGUGUUGUUCACUUGUGUUCCUUUGGUGGUGAGAGAGGUUGGGGUUGGCCUAGAGUGUGAUUGUUUGCUUGUGAUUGGCUGUGGUGAUCUUUGUUUUCGUGUGUGAGUGAGGUGGGUGGGUGUUUUGGAUCAGGUUAGCCAUAUUGAUUUGUAUGCUGUUGGUGGAUUAUUGUCAUUGUCCUGUUGGGCUGUGUAUGUGAUAAAGGGGAGCCAUACUGGGGUGAAGGCGUCUUCUUCUGUUUGUCCCCGUGUCAGUUUCAGUUUAUUAGUUAAUUUUUCUAGUAGGGCCAAAGUUGUGAUGUUUUCCUACGGGAAAGGCAACCCUGCCAAUGCAGGAGAAUUCCUUUCCAGCCCUUCAACAGCGACCUUGACGUAGCAGCGUCCGCGUACCUGUGGAGAAAAGGUUAAGCUGCAAAAGUAGUCUUAACUGAGGGUGGGUAGGGUGGGAGAAGCUCUGGAGCCAGAUUCCCAGGUAAGAUCCUCCGCCUAUUGUGUGGGCAGGUAGUCCCUCCCCCUACCUGGCGUGAUCACCUUGGCAACGCCUCUCCAGGCGGGAUUGGGCAACUGACUGAGGUAGGCGGAGACCUCCAGGUAUCCCACCUGGGGGGAGGCGAAGCCAAGCCUGUGCUAAUGGUGCCGCAUAGGGUCCAGGGGGCUGCACGCGACCAUGCAAAGGGCGCCCCCCCAUUUAAUGUGGGGAGCGGUCAUUCCAAAAUCUCAGCAAGUGUUGCCCAUGUGUCUUUCUCUUUCUUUCCACUUGAGUUCAUGCCUUUCCCCCAUUCCUUCCUUUGUCUGUUCAGACAGUAAGCCUGUGGAUUUUUUAUGAUUCGUACCGUACUCAGUUUCUUAACAAUUCCUAUCUGUACUUUGCUACGAUGCCCACCUUGAUAGCGGUGACUGUAUGUUGCUUAGAGCCUGUUUCCACUCCUAAUCCCUCGGGAAAAGACUCCUAAGCUCCAUGCGUGCAGCAAGUGUUGACAGGCUGGAUGGUGCAGGAUGAAAGCAAAGGAGCCCUUUGUGGCCUGGGGGCAGACCUGGAUGGAGGAAAGAAAUAAACGUUCCAAUAAUCCGAGUUAAUUCUCACCCCACUGCCUUGCGGUUCACUCUUGUUUUUCCGUCCUAGAUCCCGGCUCUAGCUGAUGCUGGCUUCCGUGUCAUUGCCGUGGAAAUGAAAGGAUACGGAGACUCCACAGCUCCCCCAGGUAAGCUGACUUUCAGCCCUUGUCUUGAACAUAUGGACAGAGGAAGUCGGGAUCCUGCAUAGCAGGGGGUUGGGCUGGAUGACCCUUGGGGUCCCUUCCAGAACUCUACAAUUAUGUGAAGCUGCUUUCCACCACAUCAGGCCUUAGUUCUGCCCAACUCAGUACUAUUCACCAGUUGAGGUAGCCAAAUGGCACCCUCCAAAUGUUGUUGGGUUACAACUUCCAUCACCUGUUAGAGCUGCCUUUGCUGCAGGACACCAGCUGCCCACUGGACGGUGUGAGCCUUGAAAGGCAAAGGCCUUGCAAAGCCGCCCUGCUUGUGCCCGCAGUAAUAAUAAUAAUAAUUUAUUAUUUAUACCCCGCCCAUCUGGCUGGGCUUCCCCAGCCACUCUGGGCGGCUUCCAACAAAAUAUUAAAAUACAGUAAUGCCUCAAACAUUAAAAGCUUCCCUAAACAGGGCUGCCAUCAGAUGUCGUCUAAAAGUCUGGUAGUUGUUGUUCUCUUUGCCAUCUGGUGUUCCACAGGGCAGGUGCCACUACCAAGAAGGCCCUCUGCCUGGUUCCCUGUAACUUGGCUUCUCGCAGGGAGGGAACCACCAGAAGGCCCUCGGCACUGGACCUCAGCGUCCGGGCAGAACGAUGGGGGUGGAGAUGCUCCUUCAGGUAUACAGGACCGAGGCCAUUUAGGGCUUUAAAGGUCAACACCAACACUUUGAAUUGUGCUUGGAAACGUACUGGGGGCCAGUGUAGGUCUUUCAAGACCAGGCUUAUGUGGUCUCGGCGGCCGCUCUCAGUCACCAGUCUAGCUGCCGCAUUCUGGAUUAGUUGUAGUUUCCGGAUCACCUUCGAAGGUAGCCCCACGUAGAGCGCAUUGCAGUAGUCCAAGCGGGAGAUAACCAGAGCAUGCACCACUCUGGCGAGACAGUCUGUGGGCAGGGAGGGUUUCAGCCUGCAUACCAGAUGGAGCUGAUAAAUAGCUGCCUUGGACACAGAAUUGACCUGCGUCUCCAUGGACAGCUGUGAGUCCAAAAUGACUCCCAGGCUGCGCAUCUGGUCCUUCAGGGGCACCGUUACCCUAUUCAGGACCAGGGAGUCCCCCACACCCGCCCACCUCCUGUCCCCCAAAAACAGUACUUUUGUCUUGUCAGGAUUCAACCUCAAUCUGUUAGCCGCCAUCCAUCCUCCAACCGCCUCCAGACACUCACACAGGACCUUCACCGCCUUCACUGGUUCUGAUUUGAGAGAGAGGUAGAGCUGGGUAUCAUCCGCAUACUGAUGGACACCCAGCCCAAACCCCCUAAUGAUCUCUCCCAGCGGCUGCAUGUAAGGGCGCCUCUCCUCUUCCUUCGCUCUUGUUAAUGCCAGACACAUUCCUGGCAGCAGCUCAUAAGAUCCCAAGGGCUUUUCAUCCACAGGUGAGGAACCUCUGGCCCAAAGCAUAGCUGGAGAUUAGCCUGAUGAAAGGGUGGGUGGGAAGGAAGAGAGAGGCUGGGACACACUCCCUUCUUGAUCUGCUUAAAGCUCGGCUGCCCUCAGCUGCCCUCUCCUCCCUUCCAUCAGCUCCCCCCCCCCCCCGUUUUUAAAGCUCCCAUUGCCUUCCAACUUUGAGGAAAUGAGCGCAGGAACCUAGAAUCAUAAAACUGUAGGGUUGGAAGGGACCCUACAGGGUCAUGUAGUCCAACCCCCUGUAGGGCAGGAAUAAGAGUCUCAGACCAUUAUGCCAUCUAGUUCAGUAUCGUCUGCUCUGACUGGCAGCAGCGCUCCACUGUUUGGCAGGAGUCUCUCCCAGCCUUGCCUGGAAGUACCAAGGACUGGACCUGGGGUGUUCUGCAUGCAAAACAGAUAUUCUAAGUGACGAAGAUGUGCUGAGCCUCGUGAAUCCAGCACUUUGGGUCUGUCCAGCUAUCCUUUUUCUUCUGCAUUCAUGACAAUUUGUGCUCUUGAUGAUAUAUUGGGGGGGGGGGAGUUACAGGAGAUUCUGCUUUCAUUGCUGCUGUUGCCUGCAAGAGUUUUGGGGUAAACAGAUAGCUUUGUUUGCAAUCAUUGUGUGCCCCGAAACUUCCAGCUAACUUUUCAAACCACAAAUGGCAAUUUGUUUAAGUUUAUAUCCUUGUAGUUAAAGCUCUGGUUUUCCCAGUAGUGAUGUAUGGAAGUGAGAGCUGGACCAUAAAGAAGGCUGAUCGCCGAAGAAUAGCCAGGUGUCCCUAGUUGUACCGCUGGUUCUUCCUGCUUAAGUGUAGGGCCUUCAGUUGUCCCUGCUGACAUUCAUUUUGUUAGUUUUGGCCCAAGUUUUGGCCCAGUUCUCUCUUUAGACUCAUCUUGAACCCCAGUUCUGUCUUUGUGGCAUUAGCUGCCCCUCCCAGUUUGGAGCCAUCUGCAAAUUUGAUGAGCGUCCCCUCAAUUCUUUUAUCCAAGUCGUUCCAAGAACUGUUGCUGAACGCUCCAGUACAAUGCUUAUUCAUCCUUCUCCAAAAAGCAACUUCUCUUUCUGUAUCGAGUCCAAAGAGGCAGACACUUGCAGAGAUUGGAAGAUUGCUCACGAGGAGAGGCGCAUGGCAGCUUUGGAACAUUAAAAAUGAAUUUUGAGGGCACUAAAAUGACUUUAAUAAUUGAUUUUGUUUUUGCAGAGAUAGAGGAAUAUUCCCAGGAAGAAAUAUGCAAGGUAGGUCACAGCAUUUAGGAGCCUACCUCUGGCAUGUGCUCACUUGAAUCGAUCCCGUGCGAACACUUAAAACGAAAGUUGGAUCAAGACUGUAUUAGAAUGGAGAAAAGGUAGCCUAGACUUUGUUAAUGGGGCUGGGGAAAAAGGUGCAGAGUUCAGCCAGAAACCAGGAAGCUGCUAUGUACUGAGUCCAUCUAGCUAAUUACUGUCUACACCCCAGGAAUCAUAGAGUUGGAAGGGACCCUGAGGAUCAUCUAGUCCACCCCGUGCAAUGCAGGAAUAUGCAGCUGUCGCAUGCAGGGGUCGGACCUGCAACCUUGGCAUUAUCAGCACAACACUUUAACCGGCUGAGCUAUGAGCUAUCUAUCUAUCUAUCUAUCUAUCUAUUUAUUGCUUACUAACCGGUAAGAAAAAAACAACAGUAACUUUCAGAAAGUUAAUAUAACAAUAGACUAAAUAAAGGUAAAGGGUAAAGGAAACCCUGGCCGUUAGGUCCAGUCGUGGACAACUUUGGGGUUGCAGCGCUCAUUUUGCUUUACUGGCCGAGGGAGCUGGCGUACAGCUUCUGGGUCAUGUGGCCAGCAUGACGAAGCCGCUUCUGGCGAACCAGAGCAGCGCACGGAAACGCCGUUUACCUUCCCGCCGGAGCGGUACCAGUACCUAUUUAUCUACUUGCACUUUGAUGUGCUUUUGAACUGCUAGGUUGGCAGGAGCAGGGACCGAGCAACGGGAGCUCACCCUGUGGCGGGGAUUCAAACCGCCCACCUUCUGAUCAGCAAGUCCUAGGCUUUGUGGUUUAAAACUCACAUCAACUUUCUGGACAUCUGGACAGGCUUGUCUGAGCAAGGAUGUUUUAAGGAGGCACUGAAAUGAGCACAGUGAAAGUGGCUGGUUGAUAUCAAUAGGGAGUUCCAAAGUGUAGUCACUGCCACACUGAAAGAUUGAGUUCUUACAAAUGUGGAACGGGUAAUUUAACCUUGCUGGGGCAGGCACCGCUGGUCUACAUCAGGUGUAGGCAACCUAAGGCCCGGGGGCCGGAUGCAGCCCAAUCGCCUUCUCAAUCCGGUCCGCGGACGGUCCAGGAAUCAGCAUGUUUUUACAUGAGUAGAAUGUGUCCUUUUAUUUAAAAUGCAUCUCUGGAUUAUUUGUGGGGCAUAGGAAUUUGUUCAUAUUUUUUUUCAAAAUAUAGUCCGGCCCCCCACAAGGUCUGAGGGACAGUGGACUGGCCCACAGCUGAAAAAGUUUGCUUACCCCUGGGCUAUGUGAUCAAAUUUGCCAUGUGGAGCUUGAUCAUACAGCCAGUCCCUAGGGAAAGCAGAUUUCAAGUCACCGCCCAUCAGCUGUUAGGUGGAGACUUCAAGCUUGCUGAUCAUUGGCUCUUCAUCUGACAUCGUUGUGAUAUCAGGUGAUUGACAGGUGGGCAGUGCCUCCCAUCCGUCAGAUUUGGCCUGCCACGGGUCAGAGAGAUUAUGAAGUUCGGCUGAUUCGAGUGUUCAUGCUCUUAAGUUUGCUGCUGAAGUUGUGCAAGCCGUUGAAAAUAAAACGGGUUUCCUAACAGCUUUAUAUCAGUUAUGGUGCUACCACACUUGAAAUUAAGUUCCAACCCUAUGAUUCUACAAAAACUACAUAAGAUUAUGAAUGCAGAGGGGAUGGUGAGUUUUCCUCCUCCUUUCAUAAUACGUGAACUAAGGGACAUCCAGUGAAGCUGAAUUUUGGAAGAAUCAGGGCAGACAAAAAGUACUUCUUCACACCAGGCACUGUUAACCUAUGGAAUUCACUGCCACAGUAUGUAGUGGUGACCUCUAAGUUGGAUACCCUUAAAAGAGCGUGGAACGUGUCCAGAGGAGGGCAACCAAAAUGGUCAAAGGCCUGGAAACGAUGCCUUAUGAGGAACGGCUAAGGGAGCGGGGCAUGUUUAGCCUGGAGAAGAGGAGGUGAAGGGGUGAUAUGAUAGCCAUGUUCCAAUAUAUAAAAGGAUGUCACAUAGAGGAGGGAGAAGGGUUGUUUUCUGCUGCUCCAGAGAAGCGGACACGGAGCAAUGGAUCCAAACUACAAGAAAGAAGAUUCCACCUAAACAUUAGGAAGAACUUCCUGACAGUAAGAGCUGUUCGACAGUGGAAUUUGCUGCCAAGGAGUGUGGUGGAGUCUCCUUCUUUGGAGGUCUUUAAGCAGAGGCUUGACAACCAUAUUUCAGGAGUGCUCUGAUGGUGUUUCCUGCUUGGCAGGGGGUUGGACUCGAUGCCCCUUGUGGUCUCUCCCAACUCUAUGAUUCUAUGAAAAGAGGUUUAGGCAGCUUCAUGGAGGAUAAGAAGCAAGAGGUGUGUACCACCGUCUCCAGAUUAUUAUUAUUAUUAUUAUUAUUGUUGUUGUAUGCCUCCAAAUCCCAGCUGCUGGAAUAUUGCUGAUUGGUCAGGCUCUGAGCAAGGGAGCAGAUCCUGCCCCAAAAGUCUGGGCAACGGAGAUUGGGUUACACAUCCCCUUUUAGUGUAGCCUUGUGAGCUGCCAGUUCAGACUCCUGCUUGCUUGCUUGCAUCCAGAGAACGCCUGGGCAUGUCCAGAGUUGAUAGGUGUGUGUUGCAGUGUAGACUGAGCACAUUUGCAGCUGCUUACGAUCAGCAUCAUUUUAACAGCUAGCGUGGGUUCAGUAGUGACAAGAUACUCUCGGAAGAAAAAUCCUGGAGGCUUGACUUCCGUAUUUACGGGGCCGCCCCUCCUGGUCUGCCCCGCAGAGGACCUUAAGGUCAAUGAAUAACCAUAGUUUAGAGGUCCGGGGCCCUAAGGAAGUCAGACUAUCCUCCACCAGGGCCAGGGCCUUCUCAGUGAUGGCUCCUACCUGGUGGAACGCUCUGUUCCAUGAGACUAGGGCCCUUCAGGAUUUAACCUCCUUCUGUUGGGCCUGUAAGACAGAGCUAUUCUGCCUGGCCUUUAAUUUGAAUUCAGCCUAAUCUUUUAUUUCCCUUCUCUUUCGUCCCCCUCCCAUUUUAUGAAGAUCACCCGCUCUGAGACCCCACAGCUAAUUCUCCCCUGGCCUCCUCGCUGGCCCAAGUAGGACCAAUUCAGCCAGCUAGCCCUGGGGAUUAUCUAAUUGAUUUUUGAAUUUUGAAUUUUAUUGUUAUUCAUGUUUUUAAUGCUGCUUUUAUAAUUAAGUGUUUUAAAUUUGUUGUUAGACGCCCUGAGCCCGGUUUUUGAACUGGGAAGGGCGGGGUAUAAAUAAAAAAAUUAUUUUUAUAAAAAAUUUAUUAAUAUUGACUUUUCAUUUGAUCUUUGCUUCCUUAGGAUCUGCUUGUCUUCCUGGACAAAAUGGUAAGUUUCAAAAAAUAUUCAGACUUGAAACCUUUUCAUGGCUGUCCGUCUCUUGCGACGUGGCGUAUCUGUAAGACUCCUCUGUGUGUCCCAGUGGAUUCUUCUUCUUCUUUUUCCUGUUCUUAUGAUAUCGUUUUACCAUUUUUAUGUUGACUUGCACUGCAUGUAUGUUUUGUUUUUUUUAAUUAAGUGACUUAGAAAUAUAUCCAAAUAACUAAAUUAUUAUCUGCAGCGUAUUUGGAUCAUGCAUGUUCUGUUGGCCCACUUGGACCUGCUCACAUUUCCUCAUCUGCAUGGCAUAAAUGGUUUUUUUUAAAAAAAAUAAUAUUUAUUAUUUUCCCAAAAACACUAAAAAAAAGAAGAAAAAAAGAAAAAGAAAUACAAUACAAUACAACACAUCAAAUUAACAAAACAAGACUAAGACAAUAAAAUAAAUCAACCAAUUUCAUUAUCCCAUCUUUCAUUCACUUAUUUCCACGACCUCCUCACACCUCCCUUUUUGUAUUCCACUUCUGUUAAUUAUUUCAGCAAUUCCUUUCCAUCUUCCUCUGUUUUCUAUCCUAUAAUUAUCUUAACUCAUUCUAACCUUAUUUUUUUCCCUUUAAUACUCUAUUAACCUAUCUGUACUUAAUUCCUUAUAAUAUUUCUACUAAAGCCAUAUAACUUCAUUUCAACAUUUUUCUAACAUUCAUUAAUUUUACAAUAUUUCUGUAGAUAGUCUUUAAACUUUUUCCAGUCUUCUUCCACCAACUCCUCUCCCUGGUCUCGGAUUCUACCAGUCAUUUCCACCAGUUAGGCAUAAAUGGGAUUUUAAAGGGAUCCAUGGGACUCCUAAUGUUUUGUGUGGAUGUUAGUCCACACAAAAGGAGUGUCUCCACCCCCAUCGUUCUGCCCAGUCACUAAGGUCCAGCUCCAAGGACCUUCUGGUGGUUCCCUCGCUGCGAGAAGUGAGGUUACAGGGAACCAGGCAGAGGGCCUUCUCGGUGGUGGCACCCGGCCUGUGGAACACCCUCCCGUCAGAUGUCAAGGAAAUAAACAACUAUCUGACUUUAGAAGACAUCUGAAGGCAGCCCUGUUUAGGGAAGUUUUUAAAGUUUGAUGUUUUAUUGUGCUUUUAAUUCUGUUGGGAGCUGCCAAGAGAGGCAGGGGGAAACCCAGCCAGAUGGGUGGGGUGUAAAUAAAUUAUUAUUAUUAUUAUUAUUAUUAUUAUUAUUAUUAUUAUUUAGAGUUGGCUUUUGCUGGUGCUUUUGAGGCAUGGGGAUUCUCUUGUGCCCAGAUUCCUCGCUUGGUACCAAAUCAGGGAUGGGAAUACUGCGUCUCUCUGGGUAUUGCUAGACUUCAAUUCCCACCGUCCCUGCUGGCUGCUGGGAGUUGUACUCCAACAGCACCUACGGUCCUCCAGGUGUGUUCCCCAUCCUUGCACAAGAUCUUCAGAUUCCUGCCCAAGUGCCUUCAGGUUAGCUCUCCUCUCCAAACUGAUUCCGCUGUUGUUGCCUGCAUCCUUUCCCUCUUCCUGUGACAUGUCCUUCCUUUAUCCCUCUGAUUAUAACCGACCGACGGAAAAAGACGGUUAAUGGAAGUGCUCUUAAAAGUUCAGCCGUGUCGUUCUUUGAGCCUCGCUGGGAGAGAGUAGUAAAGGAAGAUUCCCCCGUGGCUUGGCAAGCAGCUGGAGUGAAGGUUCUAAUCAAUUUUUCUCUCUUGGCUAAAGUACAGCCUCUCGUAUCAGUUUAAUAGCGGAUGCAUCCUCUGUCAAGAGACUGAUGCUUCGGGGAGGGAGAUGCGAGUGCUGGUUAGCCGUCCGAAAAAACACACAAGCGUGCUGUUGCCCUGUCCGUUGUCAUAUUCCAGCUAGCCCCGGACUUGUUUGGGGUCAUUAGUUUCUGUUGCCUCUGAGGCUCCUUCUGAUCAUCCCAGCAUGCAGGAUGACUUGAUCCAGUGGUGGUUGGGGAGAUAAAUUGUCCCCAUGACUCCUUCAGCCCUUGGCAUCAGUGGUGGUUUUUCAGAGCAGGCUGGUUUCCAAAUGCACCAGCUCUUAAGUUGUGUGUGCAUUAGGACUGUGCUCAGUGUUCCUGCAGCAAAGGAAAAGAGCCUAAUGGGGGGUAAAACAUAUAUUAUUUCAGUUUAUAUCCUCGUUUUCCACCAGUAACACACAAGACUACUGACAAUAGUGAUAAUAAUACAACAGUAAUAAAAUGUGCAUAUUUUAUGUGGGUCUGUUUCCCCUUUGUUUGCUGUCCUCCUUAGAAGCUGCUUGGGUGGAUUUCCCCCCCCCCCCCAGCUUCCUCACAGCAUGAUCCAGCCAGUCGGGGAUCGUGCUAUAGGCGUGAUGAUGUCACAGUGUGAAAUAGCCAGGGUCAGGGAAUGCAAGCAUAGCCCAUUUAGAGCGAGGGCAAGGCUGCUGGUGCUGCAAUGCCCUCACUUGGGAUGGGCAGGGAAGGGAAUGUGUGUCCCAAGGCAUUUCUAGGUGCCAUUACUGCCUGAGUGGGUUCCUGGUUUGCUGGCGGGCAUCCAUCUGUCUCGGGAGACAAUGGAGGAGUGUGCCUUUGAGGGUGAGCUGUUGGAAGGUUGCAGCCAGAGUUAGAAACUGAGAGAUGAAAGCUAGGAGCUAAAUGGCACCUUAAACCUAGGUUAUGAGCACAACAACAGAAUGCCUAGGCUGGACAUUGCUAGGAUGGAUGGUGGCUAACAGAUUAAAGUUGAAUCCUGACAAGACAGAAGUACUGUUUUUGGGGGACAGGAGGCAGGCAGGUGUGGAGGACUCCCUGGUCCAGAAUGGGGUAACUGUGCCCCUGAAGGGUCUCUUCUCAGGUGCGCAGCCUGGGAGUCAUUUUGGACUCACAGCUGUUCAUGGAGGCACAGGUUAAUUCUGUGUCCAGGGCGACUGUCUACCAGCUCCACCUGGUACGCUGGCUGAGACCCUAUCUGCCCACGGACUGUCUUGCCAGAGUGGUGCAUAUGCUGGUUAUCUCCCGCUUGGACUACUGCAAUGCGCUCUACGUGGGGCUACCUUUGAAGGUGACCCGGAAACUGCAAUUAAUCCAGAAUGCGGCAGCUAGACUGGUGACUGGGAGCGGCCGCCGAGACCAUAUAACACUGGUCUUGAGAGAUCUGCAUUGGCUCCCAGUACGUUUCCGAGCACAAAUCAAAGUGUUGGUGCUGACCUUUAAAGCCCUAAAUGGCCUUGGUCCUGUAUACCUGAAGGAGUGUUUCCACCCCCAUCGUCCAGCCCGGACACUGAGAUCCAGUGCCGAGGGCCUUCUGGCAGUUCCCUCAUUGCGAGUGAAGUUACAGGGAACCAGACAGGGGGCCUUCUCGGUGGUGGCACCCGCCCUGUGGAAUGCCCUCCCUUUAGAUGUGAAGGAAAUAAGCAGCUAUCUUAUCUUUAAAAGACAUCUGAAGGCAGCCCUGUUUAGGGAAGUUUUUAAUAUUUAAUGCUGUAUUGUUUUAACACUUGAUUGGGAGCCGCCCAGAGUGGCUGGGGAAACUCAGCCAGAUGGGUGGGGUAUAAAUAAUAAAUCAUUAUUAUUAUUAUUAUUAUUAUUAUUAUUAUUAUUAUGGUGCACUUUUUUAUAACAAGAAUAGAAAGCUGAAAAUGAAUGAACUGCAGCUAAAAAAUAUUAUAUUGAUUUCUUAUAUGGUCUAGUCCUCAUCUAAAGACUGCAAAAAACAAAGCCAUGCUUCCCCUGCCCGCCCGCCCCCUAAUAUUCUUAAGAGGGCCUCUUCUCGAGUCUUCAGAGAGUGGCUGGAAGUGGGGAGGCAGAAAACGGUCCUCCUUUCCUUCCACUCUGCAGUUUAAAUCUGAAAUCUUUGGGGCAGUACUGCUCCCAGAGCUCAUAAACUGCUUGCGCUAAUGAAAUCCCUUGUCACAAAACGCGCCUAGAACAAUGGGAGUUUUGAAUGCUGGUUGCAACGCUUGCUGUGGCUGUAGAGACCGAAUAAGGGAGAGACAUGUUUUGCUGCAGCUGGGGAAGAUGAAGGCAUCCGGUUGUGCUGAUGCAGAUGCACCAUGACAUUCCUUUUCUCUGCACUCCUCCCAGUGGUCAUUCCUCCCCUGGUCACUGCUGUGGAUGCAUGACCUGACAGCCUGUCUCCAGGCACUGCGGUUGUCUGCAAGGGAUUCCCACCUGGCAGGGUCGACGUUGCCAGCCUACAUGUUACGUUUGCAGACAUCUUUGUAACGCAGAGUUGGCCUGCCAACAGGCCUGGUGCCAGCUCCCCGUAAAAUACCGUAUUUUUUGCUCUAUAAGACUCACUUUUUCCCUCCUAAAAAGUAAGGGGGGAUGUGUGUGCGUCUUAUGGAGCAAAUGCAGGCUGCGCAGCUAUCCCAGAAGCCAGAACAGGAAGAGGGGUUGCUGCUUUCACUGCGCAGCAAUCCCUCUUGCUGUUCUGGCUUCUGAGAUUCAGAAUAUUUUUUUUCUUGUUUUCCUCCUCCAAAAACUAGGUGCGUCUUAUGGUCUGGUGCAUCUUAUAGAGCGAAAAAUACGGUGCAUCCUUGGAGAUCCUGCCAUCUUCCAUUCUGUGCAGGCCACCUAGAAAUUGCUGAAAUUCUAGAUCGAAGCCUCAGGCUCCUUUUCAACCUGAUGAGCUCUCUCUGGGGUGAUUCUUCCAUGCCAUUUAAAUCUGGUUGUGUUUUUAUUUUUGAGAUAUGCUGCUUCAGUGCUUAAGCUGCCGGUGCUUAAGCUACAUUCCCUUCGUGAAAAUACGACUUCUUUUUUUAUAUAUAUCUUAUAACGUUCUUGAGUAAUGUCUACGUAAUGGAGCACGUUGAUCGAGCCAGUUGUAGAUUUCAUCCAAGGCUUCGUCCUGGUGCAUUUUUGCCGACAAAGCGGAUUAAUUAUUGCAUGUCGUUUUGGUUGAAAUAUGCCAAUCCUGCUUCUCUGACCUUCCUGGAUAAAACGGCUUCCCUUUUGCUUUUUGCUUUUGAUAAACGGCCAGGUCUCGAACACAGAGAGAGGUCACCCGAACCCCCGCCUCCGAAGUUAAAUAACGAUUCCUCCUUUUAACCUCUUUGGAGACAUUAAUCUGUUUUGACAAUAUAAUUAGGAUUGUAGUUCUGAUUGCUGGCCCUGUGGGAAGGAAGGAAUCAAUUCAGGAUUUAUUAAAAUGAGGUAGGUGCGUAUAUCUUGAGAGAGUGUGUUUGAAGUGUUGGUGGGGGUGUAAAGCUGAAUUCUUGACCUAGGCAGGUUUUGCUUUUUCCUGCGGAUAUCUUGCAGAAGAUUUAGGACAGGUUUUAUUUUUUGGACAUGCUGUUCUACCAAAGAAUUCCAUUUUUCUAAAAUAAUAAUAAAUAAAGAUAUCCUCUCUGCACUUUCCUACAGGGGCUCACUAUAGUUCUCUUAAAGAACUGAUGGUUCAAAUAAGCUAUUAGUCUUGUGCCUUUUAGUUGCUGAGUUGUUCUCAGAGGAGACUUCCCAGUAUUUGAGGUCUUCUGCUGAGAAACUUGCACCCGCUGCCCCUGCUUUCAAAGGUGGUAAAGGUAAAGGGACCCCUGACCAUUAGGUCCAGUCGUGACCGACUCUGGGGUUGCAUCGCUCAUCUCGCUUUACUGGCCGAGGGAGUCGGCAUACAGCUUCUGGGAGCUCACCCCAUCACGGGGAUUCGAACCACCGACCUUCUGAUUGGCAAGUCCUAGGCUCUGUGGUUUAACCCACAGCGCCAUCCGUGUCCCUCUUUUUCAAAGGUGGAGUGGGGGGGGGCAAAUAUGGCAAAAGGUAUUCCAAAUUGGUUGACAUUCAGGCAACAAGCUAGGAUGAUUUUUACCAUCUUAUGUCUUUUAAAUUUAAUUCUACAGUGGUGCCUUGCUUCCUGAACGGCUUGGCUCACAAACAAAUCAGCUUCCGGACAUCGCAAACCCGGAAGUGAGUGUUCCAGUUUGCGAACGUUUCUUGGAAGCUGAAUGUCCAUUUCGGCUGUUGGCAUUCUUUCCGGGGCCAAUCAGAAGCCGCGCCUUGGUUUGCAAACAUUUUGGAAGUCGAAAGGACUUCCAGAACGGAUUGGGUUCGGGAACCAAGGUUCCACUGUAUUUAUUAAAUAUUUUUUAUAAUGCCUUUCAUUAAAAAAUAAAUUAAUUCCAAGGCAGUUUACUAUGGUAAAGGUAAAGGGACCCCUGACCAUUAGGUCCAGUCACGGACGACUCUGGCGUUGCGGCGCUCAUCUCACUUUAUUGGCCGAGGGAGCCGGCGUACAGCUUCCGGGUCAUGUGGCCAGCAUGACUAAGAACCAGAGCAGCGCACGGAAACACCGUUUACCUUCCCUCCAGAGCGGUACCUAUUUUUCUACUUGCACUUCAAUGUCCUUUCGAACUGCUAGGUUGACAGGAGGCAAUUUACUAUAGUAGAAAAAUGCAACUCAGUACAGCAACACAGUUUGAAUAAAACACACCAGGAAUACAAUAUAGUAAAGAUAAGGGCAGUAAAAUUCAGCAGAACUGAAAUAAGUCUGUUUCUUGGGCCCAGUUGGUACCAAUGCCCAUGCAACUUAUGCCACUUGGCAACUUAUGGUGGAUUUGGUGCCUGCACUUGCACGGUGCCACCUUCAUCAGAAUGAAAUCACAUACCCCCACAAUUUUAUCUAGAUUUAUACUUUCCUCCCCCCACUGAAAAUUAGCUGUAGUCACUACAGGGACUCUGGUUUGCGGUGUUGACAGAUUCUCUCCCCUGCUACGGAAAAGGCCCGUUGUCAUCUGUUUGCACACCUCCUUUCUAAGGUCAGUAACUGUUCGGUGCCCUCAGAAGAGCGAGAUUUGCUGGCAUGGCUGCGGCCGGAAUAAUUUGUUUGCAGGAGUGAAAGUUCAGCAGUUGGUGGAGCAAGGACUUUGGAAUGACAUUAGAUAAAGCAGUGCAGGGCAGCAGGGGAGAAAGCAGCAUUAACAGAAUUAGCGAAAGCGAAGGAACGUACGCUGGUGGUUUAAAUGUUUAAUUCAUGCAGUGACCUUGAUCUGCCGCGGAGCGAUGUCGCUGCUCUUAUGUGUGGCUUUGUGGAGAGCGUUUGUGUGUCUACAAAGGGGCAAGGAGCGACUUUCCUUUUCCCAUUGUGGUUCCUCCUGUAAUUGGACAUCCAUUGAAACGGAAUGUUGGAAGAUCCAGGGUAGAUAAAAGGAAGUGUUUCUUCAUGCAGCACACAAUUAAACUGUGGGACUCACUGCCACAGGAAGCAGCGAGGGCCACCAACCUAGACUGGUGUUGUAAACCGCACUGUGGGCUCUUGAAAAAGGGCAGUGUAUAAAUUUAAUAAAUAAUUGUUGUUUAGUCGUUUAGUCGUGUCCGCCUCUUCGUGACCCCAUGGACCAGAGCACGCCAGGCACUCCUGUCUUCCACUGCCUCCCGCAGUUUGGUCAGACUCAUGCUGGUAGCUUCGAGAACACUGUCCCACCAUCUCGUGCUCUGUCGUCCCCUUCUCCUUGUGCCCUCCAUCUUUCCCAACAUCAGGGUUUUUUCCAGGGAGUCUUCUCUUCUCCUGAGGUGGCCAGAGUCUUGGAGCCUUAGCUUCAGGAUCUGUCCUUCCAGUGAGCACUCAGGGCUGAUUUCCUUCAGAAUGGAGAGGUUUGAUCUUCUUGCAGUCCAUGGGACUCUCAAGAGUCUCCUCCAGCACCAAAAUUCAAAAGCAUCAAUUCUUUGGCGAUCAGCCUUCUUUAUGGUCCAGCUCUCACUUCCAUACAUCACUACUGGGAAAACCAUAGCUUUAGCUAUUGUUGGCAAGAUCCGCAGACUAUAAAAGAAGAUUAGAUAAAUUCACAGAGGAGAGGGCUAUCUGUGGCUACUAGCCAUGAUAUCUUCUCUGCCUACACAGCUGGAUGCAAUGAUGCCUCUGAAUGCUAGUUCCUGGAAACCACAAGUGUGGAAAGGGCUCUUGUGCUUGGGUCCUGCUUGCCGGUUCCCCAAUAGAGGCAUUUGAUUGGCCACCAGGAGCGUACCUAGCGGAUGGUGUUUGUCCCCCACCAAGAGCACAGGCCAAGUGACGGGGAGAGCCAGCGUGGUGUAGUAGUUAAGAGCAUGGACUCGUAAUCUGGUGAACCGGGUUUGAUUCCCCGCUCCUCCACAUGCAGCUACUGGGUGACCUUGUGUCAGGAGUUCUGCCUACACUUGAGUAGGACCCUGGCAGAGACACAUGCCCGACUAGCAUGUUCUCUCCCUCCUGGUCGUUCGUUUGGGAGCUUCAAAAGCUUUCUUCAGCCCGAACAUCACAGCGACCAAUGCCAACAGACACCGGCACGCUUAGGGAUCCGCAGAAUUUGCGCACCUUACAUGACAGACCUCAGCAACUCAGCAUUUUGGCUAAUCUACUUUAUUUACAUAUUAACACACACGGAGCACUGCAACAUGGCUCCCUCUCUCUCUAGCAUCAGGCAGCAAAGAACAAAGAACAAUAGUCCCACUUCACGGAACACAGUAACACAAACAUCCUGUCUCCGUCACUUCCCAAAACAUAUACCGUCAUGUGAAAGACAACAAUCCCAUGACUGCAAUCACGGAGCAGGAAUUCUAACACCUUGGGCUAGUCCCACUUCUCUGAAGUCUCUCAGCCUCACUCACCUCACAGAGUGUUUGUUGUGGGGAAGGAAGGGAAAGGAGAUUGUGAGCCGCUCUGUGACUUCCUAAGGGGAGUGAUAAAGUGGGAUAUCAAGUCCAAACUCCUCCUCUUCUUCUUUUGCACCUCUUCACUCAGGUUCAGAGAAGCUAGAAGCCUGACCACUCAUGCGUGCACUCUCUGGGCUGUUCCUCUGUUGCUCUGGGCGACCUCUGGGUGCCUGGGCAGAGGAAUUUGGUGUGAAAGCAGUGAGCAGAGGGAGGCAAGAAGCCUGCUAACUCACAGAAUUGAGUUGGAAGAGACCCCAAGGGUUCUCUAGUCCAACCCCUUGCAGUGCAGGAAUCUCAGCUGAAGCAUCCAUGGCAAAUGGCCAGCCAACCUCUGCUUGAAAACCUCAUAGGAAGGAGAGUCCACAACUUCCUUAGGGAGUCCAUUUCCAGCGUCGAAUAGCUCUUGCCGUCGGGAAGUUCUUCCUAAAGUUUAAUCAGAAUCUCCCUCCUUGCCAUUUGCAUCCCUUGGUUUGAAGAUGGCUAUGGUAUCACCUCUCUGUCUCGUCUUCUCCAGGCUGCCCGCAAGACUUGGCUUCCAGACCCUUGACCAUCUUGGUCGCCGUCCUCAGCACACACAUUCCAGCUUGACAAUACAGCAGAACCUUGGUUCCUGAACAGCUUAGUUGCCGAACAAAUUGGCUCCCAAACGCCGCAAACCCGGAAGUAAUGUGUUCCGGUUUGCGAACGUUUUUCGGAAGCCGAACGUCCAACGUGGCUUCCGCUUGAGUGCAGGAAGCUCCUGCAGCCAAUCGGAAGCCGCGCCUUGGUUUUCGAAUGGUUUUGGGAGUCGAAUAAUAAUAAUAAUAAUUUAUUUAUACCCCGCCCAUAUGGCAGGGCUUCCCCAGCCACUCUGGGCAGCUUCCAACAAAAUAUUAAAAUACCGUAAUACAUCAAACAUUAAAAGCUUCCCUAAACAGGGCUGCCUUCAGAUCUGGUACUUCUUGUUCUCUUUGGGAAGGGCAUUCCACAGGGCGGGUGCCACUACCGAGAAGGCCCUCUGCCUUGUUCCCUGUAACUUGGCUUCUCGCAGCGAGGGAACCGCCAGAAGGCCCUCAGCGCUGGACCUCAGUGUCUGGGCAGAACGAUGGGGAUGGAGACGCUCCUUCAGGUGUACUGGGCCAAGGCCGUUUAGGGCUUUAAAGGUCAGCACCAACACUUUGAAUUGUGCUCAGAAACGUACUGGGAGCCAAUGCAGAUCUUUCAGGACCGGUGUUAUAUGGUCUCGGGGGCCGCUCCCAGUCACCAGUCUAGCUCCCGCAUUCUGGAUUAGUUGUAGUUUCCGGGUCACCUUCAAAGGUAGCCCCACGUAGAGCGCAUGGCAGUAGUCCAAGCGGGAGAUAACCAGAGCAUGCACCACUCUGGCGAGACAGUCCGCAGGCAGAUAGGGUCUCCAAAUGGAUUAAGUUCGAGAGCCAAGGUACCAAGGUAUCCUUCUUAAGGAUUUCAAGAGAGUUCUAGUUUCCUUCCUGCUCUGUUCUUUUCUGCACCUUUGGAUGCAGCUGCGGCCUGACUCCUGCCGCCCACCCCAAACCCCGUCGCUGGCUUUGCUGAGGUUAUUUGAAUUUCCUCCGCGGCAAACAGGAAUAAAAUUGCCGAGGCGCUUUUGUUCUCGGCCCCCUGACCCCAAUUCUGAUGGUCUUUGUUUGCCCAAUCAAUAGCUGCUUAAUAUGCUCUCUUUCGGUCCUGGGCUGGGCUGCCUGCUUUCCUAAGGAUGGUUCAGGGUUUGCAGGAAAAGAAAAACAGUGCUUCAUUGCUUUCCUGAAGACCUAAAGCACAGACCCAGGCAGCCUUGAAAAGCCUAGACCAACUUUAAAUUGCUUUUUGCCCUCUCCGUAAAAUGCCAAGCUUUGAGCAGUGAGGAAGCAUCCUGGAAAGUUGAGGGAGGAGAUGAUUUUACAAGCCUUCAGGUCUCUGAUCAUUAUUGCUUGUGUUGUGUAAAAGGAAACAGGAGGUGGGGGCAGUUUCUUUGGCUACAUUUUUCUCCGCAGGAAAAGGCAGCAAUGCUUCUGAAUACCAGUUGCUGGAAAACAUAGGAGGGGAGAGUUGCUCUUGUGUUCAAAUCUUGCUUGUGGGUUUCCCUUUGGGGCAUCUGGUUACGUUUCCGAGCACAAUUCAAAGUGUUGGUGUUGACCUUUAAAGCCCUAAACAUCCUCGGUCCAGUAUACCUGAAGGGGCGUCUCCACCCCCAUUGUUCAGCCCUGACACUGAGGUCCAGCGCCGAGGGCCUUCUGGAGGUUCCCUCACUGCGAGAAGCAAAGGUACAGGGAACCAGGCAAAGGGCCUUCUCGGUAGUGGCACCCACCCUGUGGAACGCCCUCCCAUCAGAUGUCAAGGAAAUAAACAACUAUCUGACUUUUAGAAGACAUCUGAAGGCAGCCCUGUUUAGGGAAGUUUUUAAUGUCUGGUGUUUUGUUGUAUGUUUAAUCUUCAUUGGAAGCCACCAAGAGUGGCUGGGGAAAUCCAGCCAGAUGGGCGGGGUAUAAGUAAUAAAUAAUAAUAAUAAUAAUAAUAAUAAUAAUUAAUUAGCCACUGUGAGAACAGGAUGCUAGACUAGGUGGGCCAUUGGCUUCGCGCCCCCCCCCAUUUCACUUUUAAUUUGCAUACAGUGGACCCUCUGGAUACGAACUUAAUUCGUUCUGGGGGUCCCUACAUACCCCGAAAAGUCUGCAACAUGAGGAAUCGCUUCUGUGCAUGUGCGUGGCAAAACCCGGAAGUAUACACUUCCAGGUUUGCCACGUUCGCAACCCGAAAGUUACGAAGGUAACGUAACCCGAGGGUCCACUGUACUGCCUUUCUGUAUUACUAGACACAAGGCAGCAAGCUGAAGCAGCAGCAAAAUAGACAGCAAAGAUCACACAACUAAUAACAAUCUGAUCCAAUUCCAAAAAGUCAGAGCAACUUUAGAUGAAAAAACUUAUGUCAAAUAAAGCAACAUUCAGUAGUCCAUUAGAAUAGUAAACAGUAAAGUUGAAUAUCAAUAAAAAUAACAGCAAGUCACAAUGCAUAAAAUUCCACAAAGCCAUUUAAAAUGACCAAAUUGAGAAACAAGGACAGACAACUUGUAAAAUAGGUCUUUUUUAAAAAAAAAAUCCCCAAACUCCUGCUUCUUCUGUUCUCAAAGCCAUUGCCCAGUGGGCAACAGAAAUUCCCUUUCCUUUAGAGCUCUUUCUCUGAUCUUAUGAUGGGGCAGGUGGAGAUUUAGUGUGCAGCAGAUUCUGUGCUAGGGAGAAAAUCAGUGUUGGCUGGCCCUGAAUUGGCCUGAUCCAGUAUUCUGACAUUCUUAUUUGUGGAGGUGAGGACCACUGAGGACUUCUCUCCAUGAUGGGAUUUCUCUGGCCAGAGGCAACUAUGCCUCUGAAUAGCCAGUGCCACAGGAUGGGAGAGGGCUGCUCUUCGGCUCAAACCCGAAUUGUGCUCGGAAACGUACUGGGAGCCAAUGUAGGUCUUUCAAGACCAGUGUUAUAUGGUCUUGGCAGCCACUCCCAGUCACCAGUCUAGCUGCCACAUUCUGGAUUAGUUGUAGUUUCCGGGUCACCUUCAAAGGUAGCCCCCCAUAGAGCGCAUUGCAGUAGUCCAAGCGGGAGAUAACCAGCGCAUGCACUACUCUGGCGAGACAGUCCAUGGGCAGAGAGGCUCUCAGCCUGCGUACCAGAUGGAGCUGGUAGACAGCCGCCCUGGACACAGAAUUAACCUGCGCCUCCAUGGACAGCUGUGAGUCCAAAAUGACUCCCAAGCUGCGCACCUGGUCCUUCAGGGGCACAGUUACCCCAUUCAGGACCAGGGAGUCCUCCACACCUACCUGCCUUCUGUCCCCCAAGAACAGUACUUGAGUUAUGUGGUUUAAGCAAUUGGCUUAAUGUACAUAAAGAAAAACAGAACUGGCAUGAAUCAGAAAGUGCAGAGGCAGUGCUAGAAGCAUUUAGAGCACGUGUUUUCGUGUUGCAUCCACAGCAACCCGGAAGUACCGGAACGGUUACUUAUAAUAAUAAUAAUUUAUUAUUUAUACCCCGCCCUUCUGGCUGGGUUUCCCCAGCCACUCUGGGUGGCUUCCAACCGAAUAUUAAAAACAAUACAGCAUCAAACAUUAAAAACUUCCCUAAGCAGGGCCGCCUUCUUUUAAAAGUAAAGCAGUUGCUUAUUGCCUCGACAUCUGGUGGGAGGGCGUUCCACAGGGCAGGUACCACCACCGAGAAGGCCCUCUGCCUGGUUCCCUGUAACCUCACUUCUCGCAAUGAGGGAACCGCCAGAAGGCCCUCGGCACUGGAUCUCAGUGUCCGGGCUGAGUGAUGGGGGUGGAGAAGCUCCUUUAGGCAUACAGGACAGAGGCCGUUUAGGGCUUUAAAGGUCAGCCCCAACACUUUGAAUUGUGCUCGGAAACGUACUAGGAGCCAAUGCAGAUCUCUCAGGACCGGUGUUAUGUGGUCCCGGCAGCCACUUCCAGUCACCAGUCUAGCUGCCGCAUUCUGGAUUAAAUGCAGUUUCCGGGUCACCUUCAAAGGUAGCCCCACGUAGAGCGCAUUGCAGUAGUCCAAGCGGGAGAUAACCAGAGCAUGCACCACUCUGGCAAGACAGUCUGUGGGCAGGUAUGGUCUCAGCAUCCAUGGCAGAUGGCCCUCUAACCUCUGCUGAAAACCCUUCGAAUGAAGGAGAGUCCAGCACCUUCCAAGGGAGUCCAUUGCACUGCUGAACAUCUUUUACCAUCAGAAAGUUCUUCCUGGUGUUUGGUCAGACUCCCCUUCAGCAUGUUCCAUCAGACCACAGCUGCCCCACUCCAGAGGCUCCUGCAUGCUCUGACAUGCGCUACAGGAAGUGUCCCGUCUUUGGUGUGCUUCGCUCCCUGCUGCACAAAGAGGACCAACAUUUCCCUCGAACUUUCUUUCCUUAUCUUUGCUAACCCCCUUGCCUCCUCCGUCAAGCAAAAUCUCUCUGGCAGGAGCCAGCUUUAGAUUUAAUUAACUUUCCAGGGCAGGGCUUUGAACAUGUAAGUACUCCAUAAGCGCUAACUAUGAAAACCAGCAUGAGCGACCUGCUUGCGGGGAGGUGCUUGCUUAAUUUGCUUGCUGAUUAAACGUCCCUCGCACCAUCUGCUGCCCGGAAAUAAUUACGGAGGAAAGUUAAGAACCGUGACUUUGAUCCCGGGAGGGGAGUAAUCUACAACAAUGCACUCCUGGUAAACUCCUUUGUUUUAAUCUACCCAUCCUGUGAGAUACACCAUGCUAAAAAAAUAUUUGGAUAUGUGGGUUCUGCCCCCACCAAGCCGAGUUUGUCUAAAACAUUUAUAUGCUGCCUUUCGACGUUGUAAAGGUCGUCCGUGCAGCUAAACGGCAGUCGAAAGAGUUUCUCCUUGCUUUGCUUCCUAAGAUAACACACAUUAGAUAAGAGAAAUCUUUCUUUAGUCUUCUAAUAAUUAGCCCGCUAAUUAAUGUGGCUUGUUUGUUCAACUCCCUGAGCUGGGAGAGCAAAUCCCUCUCCUUUUCUGAGCAGCUCUCGGCUGUUUGCAAAUGCAUUUGUGGCUUUUAAUUAAUAUUGUGUGAUGCAUCCCUGGGGUCUCUCGUUCGAAGCCUUGGCUGCAAGAGCAAGAACUAUCGCAACCAGAACGCCACUCGCAUUCUUGUUUAUUUUACUGAUUUAGUAAUUUAUUUAUAUUUGUGUGCCACCCUUCAUCUGCAGAUCUCAGGGCGGUCCACAACUUAAAAAUACUAUAUAAAAAAAGCACAAAAUACAUGCUAAAAACAUUAUUCUGUCUUUUCUUCAGAUAGUUUCUUGGAGCAGCUUAAUUGCCAUCAUCAUAAUUUUAUUCAUGCCCUGCCCAUCUGACUGUGUUGCCCCAGUCACUCUGGGCAGCUUCCAACAUAAUAAAAACACAGCAUCAAACUUCAAAACCUUUAUUCUUCCUUCCUGCAAUCCCAGUUUGGAGUGUUGCCCAGAUGCAGAGACCUCUAACCGUAGGGCCCUACCUGGGGCGAGUGGAGGGGAGCCUUGCGCACAUAUGGAUUCUUCAGGGAGUUUGCAUGCGUUUAUUACUAUUAUUUAAAUGAAGCAUAAAAUAACCUCAAUUUAGAGGGUCAGGCUAUGUCCUGGAGUCACCAACUAGAAACGGCAGGAGAGGAGAAUGUUGUGCUCAGCUCCUACUCGCAGAUUUCCCAUUGAGGGUGUUAUAAGAGAAUCCAUGACCAGAGAGGGGAUCCUGAAAUAAAUUUAUGAACCCUGCUUGGUGUGCCUGUUGCCUUUAAACCAUUGCCCUUCAAACGAAAAGUUCCUUGCAAAUGUUGGUAACUGGCUGGUUGGCUCGCCAAUUGAAAUUCUUAUUUCAAGGGAACCUGGUUGGCUACUGUGAGAACAGGAUUCUGGACUACAUGGGCCCCUGGGCUGACCCAGCAAGCUCUGUUUGCAUUCUUACAUAACCCUUUGGCUGACUCUGUGCAACAGAAGACGUAGCCUUUUGCUGUACAGUGGACGCUUGGGUUGUGAACGUGAUCCGUGCGGGAUGCAUGUUAGCAACCCGCAGCAGUGCGCCUGCGCAUGCGCAAGUUGCGAUUCGGCACUCAUGUGCAAAGCGCGAUUUAGCGGUUCUGCGCAUGCACGACCCCCGAAACCCGGAAGUAACGCGUUCUGGUACUUCCAGAUUUUGGCGGGUCCGUAACCCGAAAAAAUGCAACCUGAAACUUCUGUAACCCGAGGUAUGACUAUAUCUUCCUACACACUGUAGGCCAGAGUUCAUGGGGCUCAUCUCUUCCACUGAUGCCUCUGGAUAUGUACCAACAACAACAAUUUAUUAUUUGCACCCCGCCCAGCUGGCUGGGUUUCCCCAGCCACUCUGGGCGUCUUCCAGCAAAGAUUAAAAAUACAUUAAAAUGUCACACAUUAAAAACUUCCCUAAACAGGGCUGCCUUCAGAUGUCUUCUAAAUAUCAGGUAGUUGUUUAUCUCUUUGACAUCUGAUGGGAGGGUGUUCCACAGGGUGGGUGCCACCACCGAGAAGGCCCUCUGCCUGGUUCCCUGUAGCUUUGCUUCUUGCAAUGAGGGAACCUCCAGACGGCCCUCGGCGCUGGACCUCAGUGUCCGGGCAGAGCGAUGGGGGUGGAGACGCUCCUUCAGGUAUACUGGACUGAGGCCAUUUAGGGCUCCAGUUUUUGGAAGUCACGGGAUGGGAGCAUGCGCUCAUCCUGUUUGCAGAUUUCCCACAGGCAUGUGGCUGGCCGUUCUCGGGACAGGAUGCUAGACUAGAUGGACCACUGCCUUGAUCCAACAGGGCUGUUGUUCUGUUCUUGUGAUGGGGAAAGCAUAGCUUUGAGUGCGCAGCAGCUUCUGCGCUGGGGAGAGAAUCCGCGUUGGCUGCCCCGGCUGGCCCCAUAUUCUUUGAACUUGGCUUUUUGCAAUUUGUUAAUUUUCCAUCCAUCUGAAUAUUCUUUAGAUCCAUGACUCUGGAGAUGGGGGGGGGGGCGUGUGGCAGAAAAACGGUCCUCUGUGUAUGUGUGUGCUGGGUGUGUGAGUGGUGUUUUUUGCCUGCCAGAGUCUGAAAUGGAGAAAUGGUCACAUAAUUGAUGCAGAGACGAAGCCACUGCGCAGAGGAUCCCGGACUGAUAAGAGAGCUUAGAUUUCAGCCUUUUCUGUGACACUACAGAAGCCCAUGAGAAAUCCAAUUAACACCGCCUUUCAGCUGCUGCGGCGGCAGCGUAUGAAGCCUCAUGAAAGGUUUUUGAAACCAAAAUGACAGAAGGAGAUUGUCUCUUACAUUCCAUUUUUUUAAAAAUGGUAUUUGAGUUUCCACUGUUCUUCACAGGGUCAGCCCCACUGUUGCGGACCAUUGGUCUGCUAGCUGAGGUUUUGUAGAUCUGGGGGGCUGCUGCUCCCAGGCCACCUUUGUUUUAAAAAUACCGUAUUUUUUGCUCUAUAGGAUGCACCCGACCAUAGGACGCACCUUGUUUUAGAGGGGGAGAACAAGAAAAAAAAAAUUCUCCCCCUCUCUGCUCAGCGCCCCUUCAGCGAAGCGGCAGGAGAAACGGAGCCCCUUCCAUUUCUCCUCCCGCUUGGCUGAAGGGGCGCUGCGCAGUUCUCCCUCUCUGCUGAAGCCAGGAGAGUCUUGCUCUCCCAGCUUCAGCGAAAGCAACGGGAAGCCUCCGGAGCGCGGAGGGAGCGCUCCCUCUGCGCUUUGGAGGCUUUGCGUUGCUAUCGCUGAAGCCAAGGAUCCUGCAUUCGCUCCAUAGGAUGCACACACAUUUCCCCUUAAUUUUUGGAGGGGGAAAAGUGCGUCCUAUAGAGCGAAAAAUUCUGUAAUAAUUGCAAAUUUGGGUCCCUAUGGGCGUAGCCAAUAGCCUGUCCAGUAUUGGGAGCUAUGUCUACAAGGCGCAGUGCCCUCCUGUCUUUUGACACAAGGGGAGAACUGUGACUCAACGGUGCAGCAUCUUCCUUGCAUGAAGAAAGUCCCUGGUUCAGUCCCCUGUGGUAUCUCCAAGUAGCGCGACGGCCUGAAUCCCUGCAACCUGGUGCCCAUCAGCGUGGAUCUGUGGUUCCCAGAAAGUCGGUAGUACCAUCUCCCGGGGGAGCAGUAUUUGGAAAAGUGGGGUUCGAGGUGUUCAAAUUUUCAGGACCGGUUGUAAAAAUUGGCAGGUUUGAGGGCUUGCAAUGGGCUGCAUGCAGGCAACAUAUCAGAACACAUAUGGAAAUGUCCCCUUAGGCAUGUGGAAAUAGCCCUGCAGAACGAAACCACCCAAAGUGUCUGUGCUUUGCAUUUCUCUCUCUCUUUUUUAUACAUUUUUAUUAAUUUUUUAACAUAUAAUUUCCAACAGUCAUUUAACACACAUUCUUAUACAAUAUUUUAGACUUCCUUCAACUACCUCUGAAGAUUUUCCAUUCUUUAUCACUUAAUCUGCAUUUCUUAAUUUCUCUGUUACUUUUAAUUGUCCUUAACUCAUAAUUCUCUUCGUAGCCUUCCUUGCAAUAUUUCACCUAAUCCUCCUUACAGAAAAUUCUUGCAGUCCUACUAGCGUAAUCUUUUUAUUACAAUUGCUUUUCAAAUAGUUCAGAUAUUUACUCCAGUCCUCUAAGAAUCUCUGGUCCCGCAGGUUUCAAAUCCUUCCUGUCAGUUCGUCUAAUUCUGCGUAGUCCGUUAAUUUCAUUUGCCACUCUUUCAUCGGUAACUCUUCUUCUUUCCAUUUUUGUGCCAAUAAUAUUCUUGCUGCCAUUGUUGCAUAUAAAAACAAUUUACAAUCCUGUCUGUUAAUAUCCUCCCCUACAAUGCCAAGUACUUUAAGGAAUUGCUCCUGUGAUCAUUACUACGGCUGCCCUUGGUCCUGGCCUGUGGUUGCGCAAACCCUCCAUCUUUCAGGCCAGACCUCCCUGCUGCUGCUGCUGCUGCUUCCCCCAACAAGCCUUGAUUUUCCUUCCUUUUUCUGCUGCUGCAGCAGAAGCCGCUGCCAUCUCAUUAACCGGCUGCCUGUGCGGCUCGUGCAGGAGCCUGAGCAAAAGAGCCUGCUCAAUCAAACGGAAUUUGCCACGCCAGGCUGGGACAGCGGCUGCUGAUGAGGCAGAAGCAGAGAGCCUUGGCUCGCAGGGAGAGGCCGAGAACCCAAAGCAGGCUGAUAGAAGCUGCUGGAAUGACAGAACAGGGGACCCUUUGAAUGAUGUUGGAUUGAAACUAAGUGGUCUUUAGCUGAAACGUUAUAAGGGAAUAUGAAAAAAUGGAUUAUUAAUAGGUAAAAAUUUAAAAUUAUAAUACUUUACGAUUAACGACUAGGAUAUACAAAGAGGGGAGGGAUUUGCUGAACUAACAAAUUGAACUGGAAUACAAAAAAGGGAGGUGUGAGGAGGUCCGGGAAAUAAGCAAAUGAAAGAUAAGUAAUGGAAAGAAUGAAGUGUUUUUAACUAUUUUUGCAUUUUUCUUUUUUCUUUUUCUAUAUUGUAAUAUUUUGAAAACCUUAAUAAAUAUCUUAUUAAAAAAAAAAAGAACAGGGGACCCUUUGCUCCUUCCGUUGUUCUUUGCUGGGGGAUGCGCUGGACGCCUAUCCUACAGCUGACGUGCAUGUGUGAAGGGUUGUGUGUGUGUGUGUGUGUGUGUGUCCUUGUGCAGAGUUGUAUCUCAAGCUUCCCAGGGCCCAAAAGAUGCAGGGUGUCAGGCACCAACUGUUUGUCAGCUCCUAGGCGUUUGUCUCUCUUCUGAACUAUCAGUUGCUAAUCCAGCGCAGGUUGGAUUAAUGUGGUUCCUUAACUUAUAAGGAACACAUGCUCACACGCCCUGUUGCUUCAGACAGAGGUAAGGGAUGUGAAUGGCACUGUGGUCUGAACCACUGAGCCUCUUGGGCUUGCCAAUCAGAAGGUCGGCAGUUUGAAUCCCCGCGAUGGGGUGAGCUCCUGUUGCUCUGUCCCAGCUCCUGCCAACCUAGCAGUUUGAAAGCACACCAGUGCAAGUAGGUAGAUAGGUACCACUGCAGCAGGAAGGUAAACAGUGUUUCCGUGCCAUCUGGUUUCCGUCACUCUUCUAAAGCCAUCUAGGAUGAUAGCUGGGACACGGGUGGCACUGUGGUCUAAACCACAGAGCCUAUGGCUUGCUGAUCAGAAGGUCGGCGGUUUGAAUCCCCGUGACUGGGUGAGCUCCCGUUGCUCGGUCCCUGCUCCUGCCAACCUAGCAGUUCAAAAGCACAUCAAAAUACAAGUAGAUAAAUAGGUACCGCUCCGGCAGGAAGGUAAACGGUGUUUCCGUGUGCUGCUCUUGUUUGCGGUUUAGUCCUGCUGGCCACAUGACCCAGAAGCUGUCUGUGGACAAACAGUGGCUCCCUCGGCCUGAAGCGAGAUGAGCGCCGCAACCCCAUAGUCGCCUUUGACUGCACUUAACCGUCCAGGGGUCCUUUUUUUUUUUUGCUUCAGUCAAAGGCAUGCAUUUAUAAAGGCAAAGCCGAUCGCGUGUCUGGUUUAUCUCACUGUGUCAUUCAAAUGUCUGCUUGCUAAAACGUUGCUUGCUGCUUCAGUGGGAAGAGAACCAGGACUUGAACGAUCAAGGGAGGCGCUGUAAUUUGGUGGCAGCCCAUAUGCUUUUCGUGCAGAAGGUUCAGCCUUAAGCAUCUCCUGUUUUUUGAAAAGUAGCAAGUAGAUGAUUGCCGGUGGGGAGGGAGCUUCCCUCUGUUCAAGAGAGCCAGUAUGGUGUAGUGGUUAAGAGUGGUGGACUCGUAAUCUGGUGAACCGGGUUCGCGUCUCCGCUCCUCCACAUGCAGCUGCUGGGUGACCUUGGGCCAGUCACACUUCUCUGAAGUCUCUCAGCCCCACUCACCUCACAGAGUGUUUGUUGUGGGGAGGAAGGGAAAGGAGAAUGUUAGCCGCUUUGAGACUCCUUCGGGUAGUGAUAAAGCGGGAUAUCAAAUCCAAACUCUUCUUCUUCUUCUUCUUCUUCUUCUUCUUCUUCUUCUUCUUCUUCUUCUUCUUGCCUUUGGAGAAUGGCUACCAGUCAGAGUAGACCAGCUUGCCUCGCCCUACCCCUCACCCCAUGUCUUGGACUACAACUCCCAUCAUCCCUGACCAUUGUCCUUGCUUGCCAGGGCUGAUGGGAUUUGCAGUCCCAAGCUUUUGGAGAACUUCAGGCUAGGGAAGGUGGAAAUAGACAAUGCUAGGGUAGGUGGCCAAAUAGUCUGGCCCAGGAUAAAACAACCACCUUUGAUUCUAUGCCGGAUUAGCUACCUUGGCAACUACCUAAGUACGGAGAAGGAACUGCCAGCAUCAGAACAAAGAAUCAUCAUCAUCAUCAUCAUCAUCAUCAUAAUUUUUUAUUUAUACCCCACCCUUCCCGGUUCAGAAAACUGGUCUCAGGGCGGCUAACAACAAAUUUAAAACACUUAAUUGAUGCAACAAAAAACAGCUUAAAAUACAGGAUAAAACGUGAAUAAUAAGGAAGAGCCCUGGGCCAACAUCUUCAAAAAGUUAUUCACUGCAGUCCCGGGGUUUCUUUCCUUGUGAGUUGCUACCAGUUAUGACUCCAUUAAUGUACAUGUGAAGUUAAUAUUUAUUUUUUGCCCCACUUUGCAACACUUUACACUUGCUUACACAGAACCACACUUGCCAUUUUAUUUCCCAGUUCAGAGGCAGCCUUUCAGAGUUCCUCGCAAUCCCUUUCUGCCGCCCCGAACGAUUUUGUAGCACCAGCAAACCUGAACGCCACCCUGACUCCGGGUCAUCUAAGAAAAUGUUGAAAAGCACAGUCACCCCACUCCAGAGGGCUUGAAAAACGUAGAUUGGCAAGGCAGGUUUUGGCAGGCUCUGUUUGGGAUCAGAUCUGGGGUGAGGGAGAGAGGGCUGUUUCCAUGAAAGACGCACCCCUUUGCGGACGGUGGGGGCUUCUUUGGGCAGCCGCUGAGGCUGAGCCAACCUACUCCAAAGGAGCUUGCCUCUUGCCAGGGCUAAUUUAGGACUCAAAGAGCAAGCAAGGUGAGUCUCCUUUCCACGGGCUUUCGGAAUAAGCGAGGAAAAGGGUUGGUGGAUGCAAGCUGUGUCUCGAAUGAAGCCGUAUCUUGAGCAAACAGCUGGCUCUUAAAAGCCAGAAUGGCCCUUUCAAGUUAAGAGAGGGCUUGGAUGCUUGGAAUUUGGAGUUUAGCUUUUUUUUUCUCCUCGCCCCACUCCUUUUCAAGAUAAUUUGGCAAGGCAUCCCCUCUGAGUUGGCCUGGCUCUGGGCCAGCAUAAAAAGACAAACUGGUCUGGAGUCUCAACCCAGGGCAGAGUUUGUUUUACUGGAAGCCAUUCUUUACAGGACUGAGCACUCCUUAGGGGUAUCUCCCCUUCCCUCUUCCGUAGUGGGCUGGUCUAAGCAAAAGGGCUCAUCACAUACUGGUAGACUCUUGGACUGUCCCAUGACAAACUUUGGGGCAGGGGGUGGGGGCUCAAGGACUGAAUGCUGUCUUGUACUAUAAAUAAAAGACAUUAUCAUGGCACAUAGUUGUCCAAUGCCAACAAAGGUCCGUAUAGUUAAAGCUAUGGUUUUCCCAGUAGUGAUGAAUGGAAGUGAGAGCUGGACCAUAAAGGAGGAGAAUUGAUGCUUUUGAAUUAUGGUGCUGGAGGAGACCCUUGAGAGUCCCAUGGACUGCAAGAAGAUGCAACCUUUCCAUUCUUAGGGAAAUCAGCCCUGAGUGCUCACUGGAAGGACAGAUCCCGAAGCUGAGGCUCCAAGACUUUGGCCACCUCAUGAGAAGAGAUGACUCCCUGGAAAAGACCCUGAUGUUGGGAAAGAUGGAGGGCACAAGGAGAAGGGGACGACAGAGGACGAGGUGGUUGGGCAGUGUUCUCAAAGCUACGAACAUGAGUUUGACCAAACUGCGGGAGGCAGCGGAAGACAGGAGUGCCUGGCGUGCUCUGGUCCAGGGGGUCACGAAGAGUCGGACACAACAUAGUUGUCCAAGAGAAACAUUCCAGUCAAGGGAUUGGGGGGAGAUUUGAUCCAGUUUGCAUUCAAAGGUGAGCUUAAGUAAUUCACACUUAAUGAAAUAACCUGUGUGAACUGACCUGAGACCGGUAUAUACAAUAUACAAAUAGGACGGUAUAUACAAAUUCAAACAAUAACUGAAACAUAGCCAUCUUGCAAAAUUUGCGCUUCUCCGAAUUUUGCGAUUCAAUUCUCCAGUGCCAGUAAUGUGUAUAGAAAAUACGUAUAGUGUGCAUUCACAUGCAUAUUAGUGAAAAUAAUAUAGAAAAAUGCAAUACAAUAGGGAAAUACCUUGCAAAAAUCUGUACAACAGGCAAAACUGCAUAGCAAGAUGUGCAUAUUAGCAUGAACUUGCACGAGCACUUAAAAACAAAACACAUUCACAAACUGAUGCGGAAAUGUGGAGAACUGCUCUUAAGACUGGAGAAAUGAGAAACUGAAACUGAUAAAUCCACCCACCCUUGUUCUAUGCUCUGAGCUUAAUUUUCAGUGUUUAAGGGAGCUUUCCCAUGCAGAUUCAGGCCCGCACUUCCCCGCCUGAAGUGGUGCAGUCCAGAAACAGCUUUACCAGGUGACGAUGAACUGUUUUUAAUCUGUGCCCAAGACUCGUGAGCCUUUCCUUUCGCAAAAGAUAAUUGUGCUGCCACAGCACAGGCAUUUCCAAGAUUGUUUUUGUUGUUGUUUAGUCGUGUCCGCCUCUUCGUGACCCCCUGGACCAGAGCACACCAGGCACUCCUGUCUUCCACUGCCUCCCGCAGUUUGGUCAAACUCAUGCUGGUAGCUUCGAGAACACUGUCCCACCAUCUCGUCCUCUGUCGUCCCCUUCUCCCUGUGCCCUCCAUCUUUCUCAACAUCAGGGUCUUUUCCAGGGAGUCUUCUCUUCUCAUGAGGUGGCCAAAGGAUUGGAAUCUCAGCAUCACAAUCUGUCCUUCCAGUGAACACUCAGGGCUGAUUUCCUUCAGAAUGGAGAGGUUUGACCUUCUUGCAGUCCAUGGGACUCUCAAGAGUCUCCUCCAGCACCAGAAUUCAAAAGCAUCAAUUCUUUGGCGAUCAGCCUUCUUUAUGGUCCAUCUCUCAUUUCCAUACAUCACUACUGGGAAAACCAUAGCUUUAACUAUAUGGACCUAUGUUGGUAAGGUGAUGUCUCUGCUUUUUAAGAUGCUGUCUAGGUUUAUCAUUGCUUUUCUCCCAAGAAGCAGGCAUCUUUUAAUUUUGUGACUGCUGUCACCAUCUGCAGGUUGGAAGUAGCCCCAAAACAUCACAUAAAGGGGCAGAGCAGAAUGGGCUUAUGUAUACAGGGAAACCCCAAACAAAACGAGAAUAUUCCAGAUAUAAAGCACCUUCCGUUAAGUUGCACCUCGCUGCUUGAAGUGCAGCAGAGCAGGAAACAUGCCUUGCGCUUUUGGGAAGGGGAGCUUCCGAACCCUCCGUCAGCUCACUGCUUUUUCCGUUCUCCUUCAGGGCAUCGCCCAAGCUACCUUCAUCGGCCACGACUGGGGCGGUGUCACAGUGUGGCACAUGGCUCUCCUUUACCCAGAGCGAGUCAGGUGAGUUGAAUUAGCAUUUGUGCAGCAUUUUUAAUUCUAAGGAAAAUUAACAUAUUUAGCGGUUCCUCUCAACCUCCACCAUGCACACAUCUUAAGACAAAAAAGACAAGUCAGGUAAGGGCCGUAGCUUAGCAGGGAAGCCUCUGCCUUGCAAGCAGAAGGUCUUGGGUUCGGUCCCCAAUGGCACUUCCAUGUAGGGCUGGAAGACUCCUGCCUAGAAUCCUGGACAGCUGCUGCUGGUCCGUGUGGACAGUACUGAGCUUGAUGGACAACUGGGGUGAGGAAACUUCCUGUGUGUGGUGGCCUGGGACUCAGACUCGGGACCGGAGGAGUCUCGGUCCACACCGGAUCCUCUGCCUCAGGGGGCAUCUGAACCAAGUCUGGGGCCUGAUACUGAAGAGCCCCAGUCUGCACAGGUUCCCCUGCAACAAGCACCAGCUGGGCCGAGUCAGGGGCCUGAGCCUGCCCUGGCUCCAGAUGCAGGGAUGACCUCGUUGCCUCCAGCUGGGCCAUCACUUACAGCUGCUCCGCUAUGGGUUGGGUCAGGAGAGGCUGAGGCGGCCUCUGGGUCUAGUAACCCACCGACGUCUCCUGAGAUGCAGAGACUGAGGUCUGAGAGAAGGAGAGACCUGAGUACUCGCAGGAGGAGUGCUCGCCUUUGGGCGAGACAGGGAGGUGAGUCACCGGGGGAUCAGGACCAGCCAUUACCCUGACAAAGAUAAAAGGCUGUCGGACCCCGCCCCAGGUUGCGGGAGCAACAUUGCUGCUUGAUGGAACCUGCCUGUUACCAUGUGCCUGACCUAGCCUGGUUUCCUGCCUUGGCCCUGUUGGACUGACUCCUCAUGGAAUCCUUGGAUUUGGGACCGGACCUGGACCGCGUUGCUUGGGUUAACCCCCAAGCCCAGCACACUGUGUUCCUAACAAAAUAGCAUUAGUAUCUUGAACUUACCUGGGCAGUGGUGUUAGCAAAUGAUUCCCAGGAUGCUUUGUGCAAACCUCUGUGCUUUGCUCAGAAUAAACAUGUAAAGUAGGGCAACCUGGCCUUAUUUAUUUAUUUAUUUAUUUAUUUAUUUAUACCCCGCCCAUCUGGCUGGGUUUCCCCCUGCCUCUGGGCGGCUCCCAACAGAAUUAAAAGCACGAUAAGACAUCAAACAUUAAAAACUUCCCGAUACAGGGCUGCCUUCAGAUGUCUUCUAAAAGUCAGAGAGUGGUUUAUUUCCUUGACAUCUGACGGGAGGGCAUUCCACAGGGCGGGCGCCACUACCGAGAAGGCCCUCUGCCUGGUUCCCUGUAACCUCACUUCUCGCAGGGAGGGAACCACCAGAAGGCCCUCGGCGCUGGACCUCAGUGUCCGGGCUGAAUGAUGGGGGUGGAGACGCUCCUUCAGGUCUCCUGGGCCUAGGCCAUUUAGGGGUUUCAAGGUCAGCACCAACACUUUGAAUUGUGCUCGGAAACGGACUGGGAGCCAAUGUAGGUCUUUCAAGACUGGUGUUAUAUGGUCUCGGCGGCCGCUCCCAGUCACCAGUCUGGCAGCCGCAUUCUGGGUUAGUUGUAGUUUGACUUGUUAUGCUUGUGACCAAUCCUUGAUGCUUUGUGUUCAAAAUCAAGAGCAGGGUUUCUUGGCCAGAGCAGUGAUCUGUCUCGUUCAGGAGGGGUCGUAACUAAAUUUAUUUAAAAUGUUUAAGAUGCCGGAAGACUGUUGCUUUUUGCAGCCACAGACUAACACUGCCCUCUGGCUUCUUGCUGCGAUGUUUCAGGGCAGUGGCUGGACUGAAUACUCCCUACAAGCCUGCAGAUCCCGCAGUGGAUGUAAUGAAAAGGAUUGAAUCCAUACCUGUCUUUGAUUAUCAGCUCUACUUCCAGGAGCCAGUGAGUAUCAUAGGGUCAAGAUUGUAGAGUUGAAAAGGGUCAUCUAGUCCGACCCCCUGCAAGGAAGUGUAAGAGUAUGGAAGUUGGUGACGUGUUGGUGUCCAGCUGAGGCUGUGCCAGAAUCUAGACUUGGGGUAGGUAUUCUGUUUUUAAUCCAAAUUGUCUGCUGUUCAUCUUUGGAACUGGACCCUGAACUGGACCGUAUGGAGGGGCCCAGUCUGUAGUGGACCACACGAGUGCAGAAGGCCAGUCCAAUCUAGAGGCUUCGCUGCGCCGACAAAUCACAGGAGCUGCGGUUGCACUCCUAUCCAUGCCUACCUGAAGAGGGUUCUGAGACCUGAGCACACAGAGGCUCCAUUCACACAUCGUGCUACACACUAAACCAUGGUUUGGUUUCAUUUUCUGCUGUUCUCUAAACCAUGGUUUGGUUUCAUUUUCUGCUGUUCGCUAAGCCAUGGUUUGGUGUUCAUUUUCUGCUGUUCGCUAAACCAUGGUUUGCUGUUCAUUUUCUGCUGUUCACUAAACCAUAGUUUGCUGUUCAUUUUCUGCUGUUCACUAAACCGUGGUUUAGUGUGACACUGCAAUUGUGUUGGCUUUCGAGGAGGAGGAGUUUGCAGCCGCUCUGCUCCACUCCAGGCCUGUAAGGUCAGUUCAGGGCAGCCACUAACUCAGGUUUGGCUUAGUGUGCCAUCCAAACCCGUGAUCACAGUUAAGGUUUUCGGAUAGCUCAGUUGGUUGGAACGUGGUGCUGAUAAUGCCAAGGUCCCAGGUUUGAUUCCCUUAUGGGCCAACUGCAUAUUCCGGCUCUACAAUUCUGUGGUUCUAUUACAUCCUAAGCCCAACCUGUGCUGACCUAAAAAGUCUACAGAAAACCAAAGUGGGUAGACUCCACUCUGACACCCCUUUUAGGCUGCAAGACUCCCAGCUCAGAGUUGAGAGCCAGAGUGUCGGUUGAUUCCUCUUUUCCACCCUGGAAGAUAUGGAGCACAGACAGUUUGGGCUUCAGCUACUGUCAGUUUCAUUUAGUGUGCUCAGGGCGAUGCAAUGGUUCAAAGGAAGCAAAACUCUUGUGCAAGCCCAAAAUGUAGCUCUUGGUUCCGUGUUGGCCAUUUGUUUUGUCACCUUUGAUCUUGGGAGUUUUAUCACGCUUUUCUUGUGCCCUGCCAUGAGUUGAUUGCUUAUGAAUAGUCUUAGGGAUGAGUUUUUUGUCUGCAGAUUGUUUCAGGCCUGCAAGAAUACGUUACGAUAUGAUAAUCUUUAUUGUCAUUGUCCCAUACAGAACAACGAAAUUGAAAAAAAUCUACAUCAGACAUUCAAAAACCAACAAGCCUGCUAUCCCAACCUGGUUAGCCCCCUAAAAACUCUGAUACCCCAUAAUUAAAUACAAUAUACUCCCAUAGAGACAACUUUAUACUGAGUUUAAAACCAAAAUUGCAUUUGGGUAGAAACUGUUUCUCAGGCAGCUAGUCCUAGUCUUUAUAACCCUGUACCUUCUUCCAGAAGGCAGAAGCUGAAAGAGAUCAUUUCCGGGGUGCGCACUAUCCUGCGCUAUCUCUGCAGCUUCCUUAUGGCACCUGGAAGCGUAGAUUUGAUCCAAGGUGGGAAGAGUGCACCCAGUUAUUCUCUCCGCAGUCUUUACAACCCUGGACAGCAUUGCUUUUUCCCCUGACCGAGCAGCUCCCAAACCACACACAGAGACCAUAAGUUGAUACACUCUCAACGGUACAAUGGUAAAAUGCCAUCAACAGGUCCUUUGAGAGAUUGCUUUUCCGGAGGAUUCUGAGAAAAUAUAACCUCUGCUGAAUGACCUCCGUUCAGUCUUUUCCGCAUGAUGUGAUGUUGCAUCCCCAGAGGCAUGCUGGGACACAGAAGCAAAGGGAGGGACCUCAGUUGCAGCUCCUGUCUAAUAUUCAAGGGGAGGGAGUUCCAAAGUUUUAAUGCCACUAACACUAAAAGCCCCAAUCCUGCAUUGUAUGGAAUGGACCUCCUGAUAGGAUGGUUUCUGCAGCAUGCCCCCACUGGGUAUCCAAGGGGGUGAGAUGAUCUCUCAGAAACCAACACUAACCAGAACUCCAAAUCCAUUUUUAAGGCUGAGAAGAAGAAUAAAGGGAAAAUUUGUAGUCCUUGUAUUAGCAAGGCUGGAAGCGAAUUUGAGAGAGAGAAGGCACUCUGUAGAGCAGCCUUUGCAAAGCUGGUGCCCCCCCCAAAUGAUUUGGACUACAGUUCCCAUCAGCCCCUGCCAGCAUGUUGCUCUCCCUACUGAACUGCUUCCCUCCCACCCUCAAUCGGCCCUCUGACCACUAGGCAUCCUGUUUUGCAACCUUCGGCUUUUCUUCUUUAUGUGAGGUUUUGGUUUUGUGUUGGUUCUGGAGCGAGAGAUUUGUUUUGGCCGCGAUAAACUACCGUAUUUUUCGCUCUAUAGCACGCACCUGACCAUAACACGCACAUAGUUUUUAGAGGAGGAAAACAAGAAAAAAAAAUAUUCUAAACGAAACAGCGGAUGUAUGAUUUUUGUGGUUCAUGCUGUGGCCACAGACAUGUGAUCUGACGGUGAGUUUGGGGUAGCCCAAUGCAAAAAUCCUGAGGAUCCAUGUGGAUCCAUGCUUUGUAAACACGUUUUUGCACCACUGCGGCUCCAGGCAACAGUGGGUGCGUGAUUUUUUUGGUGCAAGCUGUAGCCAUGGACAUGCUAUGUGAUCUGAUGGUGAAUUUGGGGUGACCCAGUGCAAAAAUCCUGAGGAUCCAUGUAGAUCCGUGCUUUGUAACCACGUUUUAAGUGGGGAGGGAAGGAAAAGCACUCAAGGGACAAGGAACACGCGUGGGGUGGGUGGAGAAGGAUGCUGUUAAUAAUGCAGAAUAGGGGUAUAAGGGGAGAAGGCUCCUCUCCUCUCCCGCUUUGCUCCUUUAAAGAAGCAGGCUCUCUGUCCCUCCCUCUCCCCACUCAGCGGCUCUUCUCCCGCUUUGCUGUUUCAAAGCGAGCCACGGAGGAGGGAAGGAAGGGGAACCAUGGAUCCUCUGCUCACGACUGCAGCAGAUCCUCCCGCCAUCCGUAGGCAUUCGCUCCAUAACACGCACAGACAUUUCCCCUUACUUUCUAGGAGGAAAAAAGUGAGUGUUAUAGUGCAAAAAAUACGGUAUUCCCUUGCCAGAAAAGAUCUAUUUCUCACAUCUGUGGCGAGCUGCAGUUUUGCCUUUGCCAGCAUGAAGCAGCCGGCCCUGAUUCCGGCUGGAAGAGCUGAGCCCGUGCUGGCAGCUUCUGGGGGAAAGCUUCACUGAGUGGGAAGAAGAGGUCCUAAGUUCUUUUCCACAUUGGACUGAGGGCAGCCUCUGCCUCCUCUCCUCUCCUCUGUGUGUGUGUUUGGAGGCAGGGUGAGGGAGGCAGCCCAGCUGGAAGUGAUUUCUGGGCGCCCGAAGUGCAUUUCCUUGUCGUCGCCCUGCUUCGCUCGCAGUUUUGAUUAAGGGAUGAAUUAUUGAAAUCGCCCAAUUGCCGCUCAAGGUUAUUGCUUUCCAGGGUUGUUUUAGCUGGCGUUUAUUAUGCAAAUGCUCUUCUUCUCCCCCAAAUUGUCCUCUUCCCUAACUCUUUGCACUGAUUUUGUGUGUGUGUGUGUGUUCACGCAUGCGCGCUCAGUUUUGCACCCUUAGGAAAGUUUGCAUCCAUGGUAGGCAGGUGUUUCAUUCAUAUAUAUAUAUAUAUAUAUAUAUAUAUCUCAUUCAUUUUCUUUUUCAUUCAUUACAUACAUCUCAAAUUCUUAAUAUUUACUAUGUAUUCCUUCCUCCCUCCCCUCCUAGGCUUCCCCCAACUUCCGCUUCUGGUUUGUUUCUCCUUUCACCCACUUUGCUACCUCCUAACAGAAAAAGUAAGGUCCAUAUAGUUAAAGCUAGCAAAAUUAGUCAUAAACAAUAAAUAUAACACAGGAAAGGACUGGAUGGACCCCCUUCACCGUAAUAAAAGCAGGGCUCCUUUUCCACAGUUUUGCUCCCCAGCAUGCCUGCAGUGGGGCAAGUAAUCUUGACUCAUCUGGCCAGCAUUGAGGGGAGAAAAAUCUCCUGGGCUGGCAAGUGUGUGUCUCAAGAAGCAGAGCUGGUAGAUCUGCCCACGGCCUUGAAGAAUUCUUUCCUGCUCCCUGGUGCCCAUCCAAGCUCUGUAUGGCCAGCAAUCCCACCUCAUCAGCAGUUUGGCUUGUGGGGUUGGGAAGAAUUAGUGCUGAGGCUGGGCUCUGAAUCACAGCUGGGCUAGUCUACAGCAGUAAUCCAAUUUAGCUUUGCAAGGAAAGAACCCAUCAUUCACCGAGAACAGAGAGUGGAUGACAAUCCAGCCACAUUCAGGCAAUUGGAAAUUGGAGCCGACUGGCGCUGUCAACCCAGAGUGAUGAGGGGCUAUAAAAUCUGCUCCUGGCACCAUCUGACUUUUAUUGAUUUCCUGGUUAUCUCAAAUGUCAGGAGGGUGCUUUGUGUGUGUCCCCCACCCUUUUUUCUUUCAGUGUUGUCAUUAACCAGUUCUUUAAAAGCAAAGUGCAUUAAACCGACUUUAAUCCUUUCUUUAACAUGUUCAGUAGAUAAAGGGAACACUCUGAAUGUAAAAUACCUGGAUCUGCAGCAAGCUGUCUUGCACAGAAUGCUGCUGUUGGUUCAGUCUGAGGUCUCUGGGCCAGGAGCGCAGUCUGUUUCGAACAGCACACUCAAAGAAGCACAGGGGCAGAAUUUGCAGGCCUUUGCAGGGCUGCCGGAUCUCUGGAGACUAGGGGUCUGAGAGCCCAGGGGUGGCAACUGAGCCUAAGACUAUAAAAAGAGCCUGCUGCAUCACACCAGUGGUCCAUCUGUUCCUGCAUCCUGUUCUCACAGUGUCCACCCAGAUGACUCCAUGGGAAACUAGCAAGCAGGAUUUGAGCACGAGAACCUUUUCCCCCCGGCGGUUUCCAGCAACUGAGAUUCAGAGGCAUCCUUGCCUCGGGCAGUGGAGGCAGAGCAGAGCCAUCCUGGCUAGGAGCUGGGCUUUUUUUCCAGCAGGAACUCAGUUCCGGCACCUUUCAGGCCGGCGCCAUUGCCAUUUUAAGAGAACAAGGGUUCAUGGUGCGUUCCAGCACCUCUUUUUAUAGAAAAAUAGCACUGGCUAGGAGCCUCUCCUCCACAGUCUUCUCUUAUCCUCUUGUAGAGCCAUUUAUUUAUUUAUCUUGAUUACCAUAUUUUUCGCUCCAUAAGACGCACCUAGUUUUUAGAGGAGGAAAACAAGGAAAAAAAUAUUCCGAACGAAACAGUGGAUGUAUGAUUUUUGUGGUUCAUGCUGUGGCCACAGACAUGUGAUUUGACUGUGAGUUUGGGGUAGCCCAAUGCAAAAAUCCUGAGGAUCCAUGUGGAUCCGUGCUUUGUAACCACGUUUUUGAGCCAUUGCGGCCCCAGGAAACAGUGGGUGCCUGAUUUUUUUUGGUGGUGGCAUUUUGGACAUGCUAUGUGAUCUGAUGGUGAAUUUGGGGUGAUCCAAUGCAAAAAUCCUGAGGAUCCAUUCUGAACCUUCCAACAAGCUCCUUCGGAUGGUCCCAGAGUUCUAGUUCCGCUUUUUCAUGUUACCAAACGCUUGCAAAUUUUCAGAAUUGCAUAGCUAAAAAAAAAAAAGUUUUUGAAGGCCCUUUUGUGGAGGGGUGGGGAGAGAGAGAAGGCACCUGUUCACAAACCUCCCCACACCCCACGGAAAUCUUGCAUUUCCCCAAACUGACAUGCCAAAUGAGGCCAGACUUGUGGCACUCUCUUUGCCCUGAAAACAGGAGCAUCUCCCGUGUGAGAGACAGACUGAAAAGUGGAGCUCUGUUGACUUCUGGGCUGCCUUGUGGAGACAUUUGCCUCUCUGGAAAUGCAUGUUUCCCCUCUUUUGUUUCCUUUGCUCCAUGUUUGCUUAAACAAAAUGGAAUCAACAGAGCACUUUAAAUUACAGUAAGACAAACUGCCCCCUUUUUCUCAGGCGGCAGCUGUACAAAGCUCAAGCGAGCUUGUUGCUGUUCAAACAGGGGGCCCUGCCAGCCCUUCCUACGGGCAAGAGGCGAGGAGGCAAAGAGAGUGGAUGGUGCUGAUAGGAAACGCAGGUCCUUAAUGCAGGCACUUAGUUGGGCUUUCAGGGAAUCAUAGAAUUGUAGAGUUGGACGGGGAACCCCAGAGGUCAUCCAGUCCAACCCCCUGCAAUGCAGGCAUCGCAGCUAAAGCAUCCGCAAAGGAAACACAGCCCAGAAUAACUAAGGAGAUAGUACAAGAAUACUUGGCUAGUUUAGAUGUAUUCAAGUCUCCAGGGCCAGAUGAACUGCAUCCAAGAGUAUUAAAAGAACUGGCAGAUGUGAUCUCAGAACCACUGGCAGUCAUCUUGAGAAUUCCUGGAGAACAGGCGAAGUCCCGGCAGACUGGAGGAGGGCAAAUGUUGUCCCUAUUUUCAAAAAGGGAAAAGAGAGACCCAAAUAAUUACCGCCCAGUCAGUCUGACAUCAAUACCAGGGAAGAUCUUGGAGCAGAUCAUUAAGCAAACAGUCUGUGAGCACCUAGAAAGGAAUGCUGUGAUCACUAACAGUCAGCAUGGAUUUCGAAAAUAAGUCAUGUCAGACUAACCUGGAUCUCGCUUUUGACAGAAUUACAAGCCUGGUAGAUGAAGGAACGCAGGAUGUAGUCACCUGAUUUCAGCAAGGCAUUUGACAAGGUGCCUCAUGAUAUUCUUGUAAAGAAGCUGGUAAAAUGAGGUCUUGACUAUGCUACCACUCAGUGGAUUUGUAACUGGCUGACUGACCGAACCCAAAGGGUGCUCAUCAAUGGUUCCUCUUCAUCCUGGAGAAGAGUGACUAGGGGGGUGCCACUGGGGUCUGGCUUGGGCCCGGGUCUGAUCUGCAACAUCUUUAUCAACGACUUGGAUGAUGGACUCAAGGGCAUCCUGAUCAAAUUUGCAGAUGACAAUUGAAUUGGGAGGGGUGGCUAACACCCCAGAGGACAGGAUCACACUAAAACGACCUUUGACAGAUUAGAGAACUGGGCCAAACAAACAAGAUGAAUCUUAACAGGGAGAAAAAUGGCAUUGCACUUGGGCAAAAAAUGAGAGGCACAAAUACAAGAUGGGGACACUGGUUUGAGAGCAGUACAUGUGAAAAGGAUCUAGGAGUCUUGGUUGACCACAAACUUGACAUGAGCCAACAGUGUGACGCGGCAGCUGUGCCAAUGCACCCUGGCUGUAAUCAAUAGGAGAGCAUCUAGAUCAAGGGAAGUAAUAGUGCCACUGUAUUCUGCUCUGGUCAGACCUCUGACCUGGAGUACUGUGUCCAGUUCUGGGCACCACAGUUCAAGAAGGACAUUGACAACUGGAACGUGUCCAGAGGAGGGCAACCAAAUGGCCAAAGGCCUGGAAACGAUGCCUAUGAGGAACGGCUAAGGAGCUGGGCACAGCUUUAGCCUGGAGAAGAGGAUAUAAGAGGUGUUCAUGAACAACAUAUAAAGGAUGUCACAUAGAGGAGGGAGAAAGGUUGUUUUCUGCUGUUCCAGAGAAGGACACGGAGCAAUGGAUCCAAAUCCACAAGAAAGAAGAUUCCAUCAAACAUUAGGAAGAACUUCCUGACAGUAAGAGCUGUUCGACAGUGGAAUUUUGCUGCCAAGGAGUGUGGUGGAGUUCCUUCUUUGGAGGCCUUACAGAGGUUGACAACCAUGACAGGAGUGCUCUGAUGGUGUUCCUGUUUCAGGGGUUGACCAUACCUUUAGGCCCUAACUCUAUGAUUCUAAGGAUCUAUGAUCUAAGGAUUCUAUGAUCCGUGGCAGAUGGCCACCCAACCUCUGCUUGAGAACCUCCAAUGAAGGAGAUACCUCAGCUACCUUCUGAGGUAGAGCAGUGGAAGCAGCUACCAUCUGAAUAAGCAUGAUUGACUGCCAAAAGCCAGAAAUCGAUAUAUGCCACAUUUUCCCGUGUAUAAGACGAUAUUUUUCCCCAAUUUUUGGGCCCAAGGGGCAGAGUGCAGUUCGCUCCCCUGGAUGUUUGAGAGUGGAGCAGAAAAAACACAAUUUGACUUCUGCUGCAUACAAAUUCCCUCUUACAUGGUUCUUUAUGAUUAUAAAGCUAUAUGGUUUUCCCAGUGGUGAUGUUGGGAAGUGAGAGCUGGACCAUAAAGAAGGCUGAUCGCCAAAGAAUGGAUGCUUUUUGAAUUCUGGUGCUGGAGGGACUCUUGAGAGUCCCAUGGAUUGCAAGAAGAUCAAACCUCUCCAUUCUGAAGGAAAUCAGCCCUGAGUGCUCACUGGAAGGACAGAUCCUGAAGCUGAAGCUCCAAGACGUUGGCCACCUCAUGAGAAGAGAAGACUCCCUGGAAAAGACCCUGAUGUUGGGAAAGAUGGAGGGCACAAGGAGAAGGGGACGACGGAGGACGAGAUGUUGGGACAGUGUUCUUGAAGCUACCAGCAUGAGUUUGACCAAACUGCGGGAGGCAGUGGAAGACAGGAGUGCCUGGCAUGCUUUGGUCCAGGGGGUCACGAAGAGGCGGACACCACUAAACAACAACAACAAUGAUUCUUGCAUUGCAGCACCAAACAGUUCCCGGCCGUCGAGGACAUGCUCUCGUUCCAGCUCAGCUGACCGGCUCUGCACCAAUGCCGACGCCGCUCCAGUUCUUAUACUGCGUAUUAUAAUAACGCUGACUAGCCCCAAAAAUAAAAAAAUUACCUACCGUAAUUACGAUACUAAACAUAUCAGUAAAGUUGUUCUGCUUGAUAUUUAAAAUAUUUAUUUAUUCAUUUUGGGCUGAAAAAAACAGGGGUCAUCUUAUACAUGGGGGUGUCUUAUACAUGGGAAAAUACGGUAAAUAUUGUUGUGGGUUUGGGGGGGGGGUCUGAAUCCCUGAGUCCCUUCAGGUUCUAGGAGGCCUGUGCCCACUGAGGGUUAGAGCAUAAGAGAGGAAGAGGUUGCUGCAGUAGUCGGACAAGUUUCUUUGCAAGACGACGGCCUUCUCUGUCCACUGGAGUGACCUCAGCAGCAUCCCGAAAGAAUGAGCCAGGUUGCGAGAGCGUCAACUAAGUGACGGGGCCCUCUUGGCUAACGGGGGGGGGGCUUUCUUCCACCCCCUCCCCUAGCUGCUAGGUAGGAGACCGUGAGCCAGAGUUUUUGGGUGUGAGCUGAGCUGGAAGCUGGAGACACAGAGACCUGCUUGCUCUGUGUUGGACCCAAAGCUGAGACUAAUGGAGAUCUGUUGGGGUGAUAAUUCUGGGAGCUGCUCCGUCUUAGCCCAGAGUUGUCUUAUUUGUGCAAAUGGAUCAAAUAUAUGCUUCCGGGUGCCAUAAGAAAGCUGCAGAGAUAGUGCGGGACAGUGUGCACCCCGGAAAUGAUCUCUUUCAGCUUCUGGAAGAAGGUCCAGAGUUAUAAAGACUAGGACUAGCCGCCUGAGAAACAGUUUCUAUUCAAAUGCGAUGUUGGUUUUAAAUGCAGUGUUAGGUAGUUUCUGGGACGCGGGUGGUGCUGUGGGUUAAACCACAGAGCCUAGGACUUGCCGAUCAGAAGGUCGGCAGUUCGAAUCCCUGUGACGGGGUGAGCUCCCGUUGCUCGGUCCCUGCUCCUGCCAACCUAGCAGUUCGAAAGCACAAAGUGCAAGUAGAUAAAUAGGUACCGCUCCGGUGGGAAGGUAAAUACUCACCCAAGACCUGAGAAAUGCACGGAGGACCCAGUAAAAGGUGGACAGGUAUGAACCGUAUGGACUGGAAAACGAAUUCAGCUGCUGCUCUGGUUUGCAUGGACAGGCAGAGUCCCCCAAACCCUGGGCGGCCCCCAUGUGGAAUAACGACUCAAGACAAUGUGCUAUGGGAUUAAAAUUGGCCACAACUUUAUUAUGUUUCAGAUGUGGGUAGACCUUGGCUCGAGGGACUAGGACGGGCCGCCUGAGAAACAGUUUCUAUUCAAAUGCGAUUUUGGUUUUAAAUGCAGUGCUAAGUAGUUUCUGGGACGCGGGUGGUGCUGUGGGUUAAACCACAGAGCCUAGGACUUGCCGAUCAGAAGGUCGGCCAUUCGAAUCCCCAUGACGGGAUGAGCUCCCGUUGCUUGGUCCCUGCUGCUGCCAACCUAGCAGUUUAAAAGCACGUCAAAGUGCAAGUAGAUAAAUAGGUACCACUCCAACGGGAAGGUAAACGGCGUUUCCGUGCGCUGCUUUGGUUCGCCAGAAGCGGCUUCGUCCUGCUGGCCACAUGACCCGGAAGCUGUACGCCGGCUCCCUCGGCCAGUAAAGCGAGAUGAGCGCCGCAACCCCAGAGUCGGCCACGACUGGACCUAAUGGUCAGGGGUCCCUUUACCUUUAAAGUAGUUUCUAUGGGAGUAUAUUGUAUUUAAUUAUGGGGUAUCAGAGUUUUUAGGGGGCUAACCAGGCUGGGAUAGCUGGGAUAGCAGGCUUGUUGGUUUUUGAAGGUCUUACGUAGAUUUUUUCAAUUUCAUUGUCCUGUAUGGGACAAUGACAAUAAAGAUUAUCGUAUCGUAUCGUGUCAUAAAACCACAUAUCCUAAAGACACCGCAGUCUCCACUGACUUCAAGCAAACCGGACCUGGCUAAACUCCCAGAACCCCUGAACUCUUCCCUAGAUAGGAGUGGCAUGUGACAAUACUCUUAAUAAAUAAGAUCUUGAAAAUCUAGUGCCUGGUUGUAGCCAAGAGAAUAUUCUUCCUUCUACAGUGCCUCCUGUCAUGUCUUGCAUCCACACUUCAAUGUUUCGCCUUUUUCCUCUGCAGGGAGUUGCAGAGGCUGAACUGGAGAAGGACAUCAGCAGGACCCUGAAGUUCAUGAUCCGGUCGAUCCGGAAGGAGGUUGGUCUCUCUUUCUUGUGGGGUGUUGGGGCAGGAGAGGGUGUCCUGGGAUGUCGGAGGCACUGCUAUUCACUUCUGGGCUCAGGUUGCCCUCCUACAGAAUUUGAUGCUGUUUGUACUUUGUGUGCGCGCAGGAGAACAAGGGAAGGCCAAAUGUCCUUGUGGAUGUGGAGGGUUUAGUUUAUUUUCAUAAUUUAUAUUACAUUUUCUGUUUUACAAUUUUAAAUACUCAUUUCAACAUCCUUGCAAUAUCAGUGACUUCCCUUCUUCUCUUUCUGUGGUUCAUUUUGCAUGCCAUAAAUCCCUGCAUAUUUAACAUAAACAAAAGCAUUCAGUAUUCCAUUAUUACAUCCAUCAAAACUUACUUACACGGUUGAAUUUAUCUUAAUGCCGCCAGUGUUUUCAGCUGCACACAAUUAUUUCCAAUAUAUUCAGCAAACAUUUUCUAAUCUUCUUUAAAUGUAUGUUCUUCUUGUUCUCUUAUUCUAUAUGUUAAGUCUGCAAGCUACGCAUAUUCCAUCAGCUUAAGUUGCCAUUCUUCUUUAGUUGGGACCUCGCUCGUUUUCCAUUUUUGGGCCAACAAAACACAAGCCACAGUAGUGGCAUACAUAAAUAAACUUUUUUGACACCUGGGAAUUUCUGUGUGAAUUAUCCCAAACAGAAAGGACUCUGGGGUUGUUGUUGGGGGUUUUUUUGGAAAAGUACUUUAAAACAUUUUUUUUAUUCAUUAUGGAUCGUUUCCCAAUACUCUUUUGCCCUUUUACAAGUCCACCGCAUAUGAAAAAAUAUUCCCUCAACCUCUUUGCAUCUCCACUUUAAUGGGCAAGUUUACUUCAACGGUGGGCAGUGCCUUACGGCCUCCAGAGGUGAUACAGAAUGGAGGGGACUCCGUCAGACUUUGCCCCUCCACAUGACUGAAGAAACUGAAUUGCAUCGUGCAGAUUUGGCCGAACCUGUAUCAUUCCCCGCCCCCCCCCCAUUUUCUUUAAAAAAUUUAUUGAAUUUUAUUAAUACAAAAAGAGAAAAAGAAAAAGUACGUUCUACCCAAACAAAACCACACAAAAAUACACUAUUAUUUACACAAACAUAAAUCCUUCCCCCCCCCAUUCCCCUCACACCACCUUGACUUCUCUCCACCACACCGCAACUUCCUUAUUUUUAAAUUCUGUAUGAUCCUUGCACUCUUUAAAUUUUGAAUUUUUGUCUCUUUAUAACAUUCCUAGAUAAUGUACUUUCCGCUUUACUCCUUUAAUCUAUACGUAUCACUGUAUCGUUUUUAUUUGGGCUGAAAUAUCCAACCUUCUGUGGCUUAAAAGCUGGGUUACGUUUUCUCAGAUUCAUUUAUUUUUUGACUCUCUCUUGAGAAUGCUGAGCUAAGUGGCCUAUCAGUUCUGACUCUAGCACAGGGGUAGGCAACCUAAGGCCCGGGGACCGGAUGCGGCCCAACCGCCUUCUAAAUCUGACCCACGGACAGUCCGGGAAUCAGCGUGUUUUUACAUGAGUAGAAUGUGUCCUUUCAUUUAAAAUGCAUCUCUGGGUUAUUUGCGGGGCCUGCCUGGUGUUUUUACGUGAGCAGAAUGUGCCCUUUUAUUUAAAAUGCAUCUCUGGGUUAUUUGUGGGGCCUGCCUGGUGUUUUUACAUGAGUAGAAUGUGUGCUUUUAUUUAAAAUGCAUUUCUAGAUUAUUUGUGGAGCAUAGGAAUUCGUUCAAAUUUUUUUUCAAAAUAAAGUCCGGCCCCCCACAAGGUCGGAGGGACGGUGGACCAGCCCACAGCUGAAAAAGGUUGCUGACCCCUAUUCUAGCAGAUCCCUUUCCCUCUCCCAGCUCCUCUCCACCUCACCUCUUUGCCUCUUCACCACCAGCAGCCUACUGGCUUGACUUCUGAUCAUUCAUUCAAAACACUUUCCUUGCAGGACAAGAUAAACGGCCCUUCGCUUGAUGUCAGCAAAUGCCGGGAGCGAGGUGAGAGAACACAGCAGCCGGGCAGGCGCUCCGGCAGUUCCCACAUGAUAUGGGGUGCAUGCAUUUGGGCGUGGGGUGGAAAAGGGGAGAAGGGAAACCUUUUGCUCCCUCCCUCAUCAUGUGCUGGUCCCGUGGGUUAACCGUGAGGUGAGGUCCGAGUCCAGUCUGAGGUCGAGGGUGCAGUAUGGAGGCUGUCCGUCAAAGCUGAAGCUGGGUCCAAGGCAGGGAGUCGGGUGAGGUCAGGGGCUCCGGCAGGACAGGGUGCAGGCAGGAACUGGCUACCAACAAUGUUGCUCCCGCAACUUGGGACUGGGGUUGGCUGCCAGAGUUCCUGACCUCACCCGACUCCCUGCCUUGGACCCAGCUUCAGCUUUGACGGACAGCCUCCAUACCGCACCCUCGACCUCAGACUGGACUCGGACCUCACCACACGGUUAACCCUCGGGACCAGCACAAGACGACAGAAGAGAUUACUUCUUAAUUUAAUAAUAAUAAUAACUUUUUUUCUCUUUUCCAAAAAAAAAAAAAAGUGUCCCCGGAUUCUUUGAAAAAAAUCUGGUAAACUUAACCUAAUAAAAACAAAAACAACAACCCAACAGCCCAGCCCACCCCCACAAAAAACACAUUUUAAAAGGGAACAGGCCAAGGCUGGGGAACAUCUGGCUGCCAGAUAGUUUCUGGUCCCAGUUCAAAGCGCUGGUUUUGACCUAUAAACCCAUAAAAGGGUCAAGACCGCAAAAACUUAAGGACUGCCUCUCCCCAUAUGAACUGACUAGGCCCUGAGAUCAUUCUCCGAGGCCCUCCUUCAUGAGAGGUCUGGAGGGUGGCAGCACAAGAACGGGGCCUUUUCUGCAGUGGCUCCCCGCUUGUGGGAUGCUCUCCCCAGGGAAAUUCCCCUGGCACCUUCAUUAUGCACCAUUAGGCACCAGGCAAAAACUUUCCUCUAUAACCAGGCUGAUUGACAUCCAGUGCCCUUUUAAAUGCGUUGUGGGAGGAGGGAUUAUUGGUUGGGUUUUGUUCUUACAGUGGUACCUUUGUUCUCAAACUUAAUCCGAUCCAGAAGUCCAAAGCGUUCCAAAAUCGAGGCGGACUUUCCCAUAGAAAGUAAUGCAAAAUGGAUUAAUCCGUUCCAGACUUUUAAGAACAACCCCUAAAACAGCAAUUUAACUUGAAUUUUACUAUCUAACGAGACCAUUGAUCCAUAAAAUGAAAGCAAUAAACAUUGUACUGCAGUCACACAAUCAAUCAAUCAGUGACAAAAACAAAACAAAAAAGCCGCAAAAACAAAAUAGCAAAAACAGACAGACCUCAGUGUAACACUGAAAAUGGAAGCGUAACACUCAAAAUGGAGCACGUUCAGCUUCCAGAAAAAGUUCGCAAACUGGAACACUUACUUCUGAGUUUGCAGUGUUUGGGUUCCAAGUUGUUUGAGUACCAAGGCGUUUGAGAACCACGGUACCACUGUACUGGCUUUUAGGGCAUGGCCCCUAACAGGUUGGGCAUUAAAAGGUAAAGGGACCCCUGACCAUUAAGUCCAGUUGCGGACGACUCUGGGGUUGCGGCGCUCAUCUCUCUUUACUGGCCGAGGGAGCCAGCGUUUGUCUGCAGACAGCUUCCAGGUCAUGCGGCCAGCAUGACAAAGCCGCUUCUGGCGAACCAGAGCAGCGCAUGGAAAACCCGUUUACCUUCCCGCCUGAGUGGUACCUAUUUAUCUACUUGUAGUUUGACAUGCUUUCGAACUGCUAGGUGGGUAGGAGCAGGGACCAAGCAAUGGGAGCUCACCCCGUUGUGGGGAUUCGAACUGCCAACCUUCAUAAAUAACAUUAAAUAACAGUAGCGAGGUGCUCAAUCUAAGCAAAUUAGGCAGUGAUCUCAGCUGACUAACUGGACCCCAUUCCGUUCUUCCUCAACAACAGUGCAUGGGGGCGCUUUCAGCUUGCGAGUUCCCAGCUUAAGUACGAGUGUUCAGUGAAUUUAAACUCCUGGUGGGAGAGUCUUGCAGUGAGGGAGCCCUUGGAGCUGGACCUCAGUGUCCAGGCUGGAUGAUGGGGGUGGAGACGCUCCUUCAGGUCUGCUGGGCAGAGGCCGUUUAGAGCUUUAAAAGAAUAUGAGAUGAAUUCAUAGAGGAGAGAGCCGUCAAUGGCUGCCAGCCAUGAUGGCUAUGCGGCACCUCCACAGUUGGAGGCAACAGUGCUUCCAAAUACCAGUUGCCAGAAAGCACAGGAGGGGAGAGGGAUCUUGGGUUUGAAUCCUGCUUGCUGGUUUCCCAGAAGAAGCAUCUGGGUAGCCACUGCGAGAGCAGGAUACUGGACGCUCUAGGCCAUUGGCCUGGUCCAACAGGCUCCUCUUGUUGGACUUGCGUUCACUACGACCGCGCUACUCCUCCUCCGGUCGAGUCCUUCGGAAUCGCCUCCGACGAUAAUUAACGACCUGGGCCUUUGAUAAGCCUCCAGGCAUGUUCCCCAUUCAGCAGAGUUUCAAAGCAGCAGAAGUGACGAGAUUUAUGAGCUGCAUUGCAAAGACUUUUAUUUCUCGCUAUGCAGACAGAAAAGAAAUAAACAUGCUCUCUCUGUGAAAGCAGAGAGUAACUGAAAAACAAAGGAACAGCAACCAGUAACAUCACAUCCGUCUCCUGUCUUCCAUGAGACUUCCAACAGUCUGGAAUCCCUGGAAUGUAAACAGAGUCUUUUGACUCCAAGAGCACUGCACAGUGGCAACACACAGAAACCAACACCUCUUACGCUCUUAUAAAUCCCACCCACAAAAUAGCGACUGUCUGGAAAUGCCAUUUUUUUGCUCAGGCCCCGCCAUUUGCAAUUAAUUAUGGCCACGAAAGCAUUACUUUCAUUCCGAUCUUCCUUCAUUUGCACCACAGGAGGACUGCUGAAAGGACUUUCCGAAGACGCACCCUCAAGUUCUCUCCUGCCAGAGCCCGUGCUGCAGUACUAUCUCCAACAGUUUCAAAAAUCUGGAUUUAGGUGAGUGGCAGGGAGGGGAUGAAGCAGGAGUAACCGUGGCUCUCAUUUGUGUAGGAAUAGAUUUAGACAGUAGGAGAGGAUUUAUUGUUCUUAUCCUUCCUUGUGAGAUCAGCAGAGUACCAUCCUUUGCAUCUUGGGAACUAAGACAAGGUUGACUUAACCAUCUAGCAACAAUAAUCCAAGAUGCUUUAAGACAGACUGCGUUUUCCUGGUAUUACCUGUUUUCUCCCCCUUAAAAAUAGCAAUCACACUCCCAUUGUUUUGUGAAGAAAUAAAAGUAGUAUUUACUUACAUAAUCCAAGUCUUGAAGUAGUACAAAAUAUACAGUGGUACCUUGGUUGUCGAACGGCUUGGCUCCCGAAUACUGUUGGGAUACUGCCAGGGAGAUAAAGUCCAUCAUGGCCCCCAAGCCAGCUGCCGGACAUCUAUCGACCUCCCGUAGUCACGCAGUAUCAGCAAUUAGUGACAUGAGCUUCUGAGAAAUAGCUUGCCACAUUCCAGAGCUCAUGCACACUCUAUCAGCAGACAAUGCACAGCCAAAGUCGCACUCAGGAGAGCAUUAUUUACAAGUUUAUUCAGCGUUGAUCAGAACACAGAAAAACAUGACUGCCUGCUUUAGUGUCUACGACACAGAGAGAGAAAACGAAAGCAACAGAAAACAUAAACAUCCUGUGAAAACAGGAAAUACGCAGACUCUGACUCACAAAGCCUGCUCCCUUUUAAGGUGGAACGGAAAUAUCCUAACACAAAUCAGCUCCCAAACGCUGAAAACCCGGAAGUGAGUGUUCCAGUUUGCAAACGUCUUUCGGAAGCCGAACAUCCGAUGUGCCUUCUACAUCUUCCGAUUGAGUGCAGGAAGCUCCUGCAGCCAAUUGGAAGUUACCCCUUGGUUUUCGAACAGUUCCGGGAGUCGAACGGACUCGCGAAAUGGAUUAAGUUCGGUAACCAAGGUACCACUGUAUGUUCAAAAAUAGUGUCUGAGCUGCAGAGAGAGUUCUGUGAGCAGCAGAGCUCAGACAUGCAUGUAGGGCCAGCUCGGAAGCAUGAUGAAGAAAGAAGAGGCUGACCAGGCAGGAAGGAAGUAUGUAGUGUUACAGCUUCCUACCAAGGCAGGCAAAGGAAGCCAUCUCACAAGGUUCUCUCUAGCAAAUUUAAAAGAAAGCUCUGUGACCCUCAGCCCCUUCAUGGGCCUGUCUGGCACAAUGUGAAUUGUUGGUUUGACCAGGGCCGUCUUACCCAUAGGUGGUGCGGGGCACCUGGAUGCCAGGCUCUCAGGGGCGCCAGGCCGAGAGUCCAGGGCUCGAGAGUUGAGUCUGGGGAAGAGCCCACCCAUUGGUCGGAGCGUUGCGUUGGGCUCUUCUGCUGUGGGCAGCUCUGUGCCGCGAGUUCGGGGGCGACCGACCAGCGAGACGCUGAGGCUCCUGGCCGGCUCCACCCUCCUGCACGCCUGGGACUGGGCAACCUGGGGGGGAGGCGCUGAGUGGAACUUUGCACCCCAGAGCCGCCUAUGCUUAAGACAGCCCUGGGUUUGACGGCAAUAUUGUCCCACAAUUAGGUCUGGAGGGCACUUUGCCUUGGCACGGCACGCUCUCCCGUUCUUCUGCGCAAGGACUGCAAUGCAGCUUGUACUUGGGAGUGCAGGCAUUGUUAGGAUAUAGUUCCGUUCCACCUUAAAAGGGUACAGGCAUGACUGUUGUGUGCCACAUGCCUGUUUACUUUCAGCACAGAUCUGCUGGGAACUACCGUUUGUAUAGAACUUUUGCUUUUUGCUGUUUUGCUGGAGACGAAGGGAAGCAGAUAUGUUUUUUCCUUUGUUCCUGCUGCUGAAUAAAAGCUGUAAAUAUGCUUACACAUUUCUCUGUCUGCCUCUUCUGCUGUGAGAAGAUUUACUCACUCUGCUGACAGAGCGUGCACGGGUCUCUAAACGUAUCUGAGGCUCGUGUCACUGAUUGAUGCUGUUCCAAGGGAGACCGGUGAUUGUCUGGCUGCCAGCCAGUGGCUGGAGCCAGCUGGGGGCCUGCCUGAUGCCCCCGUCUCCCCGGCAGUAUCCCAACAGGCAUUGCAUGUGAUGGGGCUCUGUGGGGCUCAAGGACUUCUGAUUCUUUUGCGGUGGUUCGCACACUGCAAGGGGUUGAACCGGAUGGUCUUUGGGGGUCCCUUCCAACUCUACGAUUCUGUGACUGGCCUCUUACGAGCCUCCUGCUCUUCUCCCCUUCACCUCUUUCAGAGGACCACUGAACUGGUACCGAAACAUGCAGGCGAACGUGCGCUGGGGAUCCUGUGCAAGGAGCUGGAAGGUAAGGGAUGGAGAAGAAGUGACUCCCUUGAUUUUCCCACCCUCUUGCCCUGGAACAAAGCUCCAAAAGGUCACCGUAAACCUCUAGCCGGCCAAAUGCAGUAGAUCUUCAUCAAAAGGUUUAUCUCCACAACAGAUUUUUCCAACCUGGCCCCCUUCAACAGCUUGAGGGCACCAGGUUGGCACAAGUCUUGAGCGAGCAAGUUGGCAUGGGCAGCCUUCCAUUCAGGAGAGGAAAACGCACAUGAAAAACAAGGAGGGAGUUGCUCUCCUAAGUCAUUUUCACAGCUAAAAUCUGUCUGUCUCUUAGAUUUCUUGGCCAAAAUCCCUUUUGUAUGUUUACUAUUUGAGGAUAAUACUUCAUGCAUCUGACAGAGCGGGCCGUUCCUGUCCACAAAACCUUAUUCCCCCCAAACAACCUAUUAGUCUUUUAAGGCACCAGGUAACAAACCCAGAAAGCACAACCACUACUCUGGAAUUUCCACCGUAUAACCCAAAAUAUUGGGGUGGGGAGAGACUGCAUCUCCCAAGGGAUUUGGCAGCUGCACACAAGCCAACUCUCCCCUGCCCAUUUCUGCAACACGUAAAAUCAUGCCUGGGUAAUCACAGCUGCAAACCGACCUCCUUUCCCUUUGCAUCUUUGAAUCUACAGAUCAGAGUUCCUGCUUUGAUGGUCACUGCUGGGGGGGACAUAGUCCUGCCCCCGAAAUUGAGCAAAGGCAUGGAAGAAUGGGUGAGUGACUAGGGCUGUCAACCUCUGCAACAGGUGGGUGAUGUUUGCCUGCAGAUGCACAGAAGCUGCAGGUUGCUGGAGCCGAACUGUCCUUCUCAAACAUCCUUUCUGUGUUGUGGCCUCCCGGGUUGGAUUGCUGUAGUGCUCUUUACGUGGGGCUGCCCACGAAAGACAAAAGUCAGCUGCCGAUGUUGUUCGAAACUGAGCUCAAAUGAAGUCAAAGGCAUUGCACUACACAAUACCCCUUCCUCUUGCCAUCUGUAACGGCUUCCAGUUCGUUUGGUCUUCUGUAGCCCUAAAAGAUCUCAACCAGGGUAUCUCAGCAGCACUCUGCUCCCAUAGGACUCCAUAGGCUCACUUCCAUGUCUGCCCGCUGAUAGAGGCAUGGGGGGGGGUGAGCCUUACACUUCUAUUGGAGGAACUGGCACUGUGUAGAGGUGCCCCAUAAUCCGCGUCCCCCAUUUGUAAGAAAUCAAUCUUUCAGUAUGGCGACUCCUGCACUUUGGAACUCCCUGCCGAUUGAUAGCAGGCCGUCACCUUCACUGUGCUCUUCAGCACCUGCUAAAAGCAUCAAAGAGAACAACAGAUACCAGACUUUUAGAAGACUUCUGAAGGCAGCCCUGUUUAGGGAAACUUUUAAUAUUUGAUGCAUUACUGUAUUUUAAUAUUUUGUUGGAAGCCGCCCAGAGUGGCUGGGGAAGCCCAGCCAGAUGGGCAGGGUAUAAAUAAAUUAUCAUUAUCAUUAUCAUUAUCAUUAUCAUCAUCAUCAUUAUUAUUAUUAUUAUUAUUAUUAUUUGUUCAGACAAGCAUGUCCGGAUGCUUAGAAAGUUGGUGUGAGUUUUAAUCUGUUUUCAGUCCGUUGUUAUUUUCGCUUUCUGAAAGUCCUAGAUUGUUGUUCAUUUCUCUUAGUGAUUAUUUUAUUCCUUUAUCUUUUCUCUCUUUUUUUGUAAACUGCUUUGAGGUUUUUGUUACAAUCGAGCGGUGUAUAAAUUUUAUGAAAUUACGAAAUAAGAAAGUAAGUUGCGGGGAGAGGUGCUAUUUGACUGGCAAGCAAGCGAUGAGGCAGCCUGGUAGGGCCUGUCACUGCCCCCUUUCAGGGCAGCUGCUCCAGAGUCAGAACCGUGGCCCUCCUCCCUCAUUUCAUCACCCUGCGCUGGCUUCCCUGGAGCCAUUUCCGUGUUCUUCCUCAGCUUCUUAACCAAGGAGCACUGCACUGCCCUCCCAGCUUCCAAUUCUCGCUGUCGACCCCUCUCCGCUCAUGAUCCCUCACCAUGGAGAAGCCAUCCAUGGUUUUAACCUUUAAAGCCCUAUACGGCCUAGGACCCUCGUACCUAUGGGACCGCCUCUCCUGGUAUGUCCCACGGAGGACCUUACGGUCUUCAAAUAAAAACAUCUUGGAGGUCCCGGGCCACAGGGAGGUUAGGCUGGCCUCAACCAGAGCCAGAGCCUUUUUGGCCGUGGCCCUGAUCUGGUGGAACACUCUGUCACCAGAGACUAGGGCCCUGUGGCACUUGACAUCUUUCCGCAGGGUCUGCAAGACAGAGCUGUUCCACCAGGCCUUUGGCCAAGGCACAGCCUGACCCCCUCCUUUGGUAAUCUUCACAGAACUCUAGCCCAAUGGUUGCCAUUAAUUUGAUUUUGAACUGAUUUUAAAAUGAAUUGAUUUUAGAAUGCUGUAUUAUUUUAUUGUUGUUAGCCGCUCUGAGUCCGGCUUCGGCUGGGAAGGGCGAAAUACAAAUAAAAUAUUAUUAUUACUAUUAUUAUUAUUAUUAUUAUCAUCAUCCUACGGCUGGCCUGGGUCGUAACCCGAGUCUUGUCUUUUCAGAUUCCACAUCUGAGCCGUGGGCACAUUGAAGAGUGCGGACACUUCACGCAGAUGGAGAGGUAAACAUGGAGCCCGCUUCCCCUCCUGCGGUUUCCAGCAACUGCCAUCCAGAAGCAUUUCUGCCUCACAACUAUGGAAGCGGAACGUAACCACUGUGUCUAGCAACCAUUGGUAGCCUGAAGUUGCCCAGUCCUCUUGUAAAGCCCUCCAAGGUGGUGGCCCUUGCUGCCGCCAUUUGAAGAAGGACUUCGUUUUCUCAGCCCCAAAUCUCCCAACAUUCAGCUUUGUUGGCUGCCCAGGAGUUCUGGCGUUAGGAGGGAGGGGAGAGAAUCUUCUCCUGUAUCCACUUUCGGUGGCGGAGUUACGGAUGUGCUGUGCCCUUUGGCUCCUUCCCAUCAGGGAGAAACCAAAAUUGACAGCUGCACGUCCCUAUUCUUCCCAUCACUUCCCAUCACCUUGCCAACAAAGGUCCCUAUAGUAAAAGCUAUGGUUUUCCCAGUAGUGAUGUAUGGAAGAGAGAGCUGGACCAUAAGGAAGGCUGAUCGCUGAAGAAUUGAUGCUUUUGAAUUCUGGUGCUGGAGGAGACUCAUGGACUGCAAGAAGAUCAAACCUAUCCAUUCUGAAGGAAAUCAGCCCUGAGUGCUCACUGGAAGGACAGAUCCUGAAGCUGAGGCUCCAAGACUUUGACCACCUCAUGAGAAGAGAAGACUGCCUGGAAAAGAGCCUGAUGUUGGGAAAGAUGAAGGGCACAAGGAGAAGGGGGCGACAGAGGACGAGAUGGUUGGACAGUGUUCUCGAAGCUACCAGCAUGAGUUUGACCAAACUGCGGGAGGCAGUGGAAGACAGGAGGGCCUGGCGUGCUCUGGCCCAGGGGGUCAAGAAGAGGCGGACACGACUAAACGACUAAACAACAAAAAUUCUUCCCAGUAGAGUGACGUGUGCCUGCAGACCUCUAGGCCACUGCAGUGAAGGUGCACUCUAAACCAAGCCCCCCACCAGCUCCCCUCACCAAAGUUUCCUUUGCACCAAGUUCUUCCAUGCCUCUGUGUGUGUAUAUGUGCAAGGAGGUGUUUUAUUUCUUCCAUGAGCACCCACCCCGCCUCACCCCCUUCCUGCCCCCAUUGUUCAUCCGCGACUCAUAAACCUCCAUCUCAUCCUAAUGUCGCAGCAGCUGUAAAAAAAUAACCCAACUAUCAACGCUCUCUAGAAGACCGUUAAAUGAGCCGCUGGGUGGAAUUGCCUUUCAGCAGAGACACCCCCCCACUGACGGGACAAUAAAUUCCGGCGUAGGAUGAAUAAAUCAGGGCGGAAAGCGGGGACAGCUCAGCUCUGAGUAAGGGUCAGAGUCGUCUUUCUUUCUUGCCCGCUCCCAACCCCCACAUCAAACUUUACAAGGAGGUAUAACAUCUUGCCAGUUUAAACGACAUGGUGGAAUAUUCUCCUGGAUUUAUGGGGCGGGAAUUAGAGUGAUGGGGGGUGAACACAGUUGUAAAGGGCACAUGGUAUCUAAUCUGCAGGUGGAUGCAUCACAUGGGCAGAAAGACUGCUGUGCAUGUGCAGAGGAGAGAGUAUUUCUUCAUGCAGCACACGGUUAAACUGUGGAACUCCCUGCCACAGGAAGCAACCUGUUGUUGUUUAGUCAUUGAGUCGUGUCCGACUCUUCAUGACCCCAUGGACCAGGCCCUCCUGUCUUCCCCUGCCUCCCGCAGUUUGGGCAAACUCAUGUUAGUAGCUUCAAGAACACUGUCCCACCAUCUCGUCCUCUGUCGUCCCCUUCUCCUUGUGCCCUCCAUAUUUCCCAGCAUCAGGGUCUUUUCCAGGGAGUCUUUUCUUCUCAUGAGGUGGCCAAAGGAUUGGAGCCUCAGCUUCAGGAUCUGUCCUUCCAGUGAGCACUCAGGGCUGAUUUCCUUCAGAAUGGAGAGGUUUGAUCUUCUUGCAGUCCAUGGGACUCUCAAGGGUCUCCUCCAGCACCAGAAUUCAAAAGCAUCCAUUCUUCAGCGAUCAGCCUUCUUUAUGGUCCAGCUCUCACUUCCAUACAUCACUGGGAAGCAACCUAGAUGGCUUUAAAAGAGGACUCUGCAAAGAGGAGGAGAGGGCUAUCAAUGGCUUCUCACUACAAUGGCUGCGCUCUUCCUCCACCAUUGGAGGCAGCGAUGCUUCUUAGUACCGGUUGCCGGAAACCGGAGAAGCAGAGACUGCUCUUGUGCUCAGAUCCUGCUUGCGAGUUUCCCAGGGGAGGCAUCUGGGUGACCACUGAGGAGGCUGGAUUAGGUGGAGCCCUCAGUUGCCCUUCUCUGCAUCCUCCUGUAUGCCAAGCCAGGAUGUGUGCCGGCAGUGUGUCAAUGCCCCUUGCUUGUCUGGGUUGAAGAUGGCAAAGUGCGUCUGUGUGUGUGUGUGUGUGUGUGUGUGUGUGUGUAGAGUCGUACCUUGGUUCUCAAACACCUUGUGACUCGGAACAUUUUGGCUCCCGAAUGCCGCAAACCCGGAAGUAAGUCUUCCAGUUUGUGAACUUUUUUCGGAAGCUGAACGGACUUACGGAACAGAUUCCUUUCGAGAACCAGGGUACGACUGUAUAAACCUCUGGAAUGUACCCUGCUGUUCAAAUAUAUGAAUCGCAUCCAUUGCUCCUCUCACUUUGCCCCUGGCCACACGCACUACUGGCGAGUGACUCACAUAAGGGUUGCCCUUGAAGGCAGGCAGCCCUCCGUCGGAAAAGGUUUCCUGGUGUGAAGAGUUAUCCUUCCUGGCUAGUCUUAGCCAUUCCCUCAAUUGCCCAGAGCUGGAUUGUGGUGCAAGGCUUUUAUCCCUGCCUAAUGCCUAAGGGACGCGGGUGGCGCUGUGGGUUAAACCACAGAGCCUAGGACUUGCCGAUCAGAAGGUUGGCGGUUCGAAUCCCCGCAACAGGGUGAGCGCCUGUUGCUCGGUCCCUGCUCCUGCCAACCUAGCAGUUCGAAAGCACAAAGUGCAAGUAGAUAAAUAGGUACCGCUCUGGCGGGAAGCUAAGCGGCAUUUCCGUGCGCUGCUCUGGUUCGCCAGAAGCGGCUUAGUCAUGCUGGCCACCUGACCCGGAAGCUGUAUGCCGGCUCCCUCGGCCAAUAAAGCAAGAUGAGCGCCGCAACCCCAGAGUCUGUCCCUUUACCUUUACCUUUAAUGCCUUUCCCAGGUCACCAGUGCAGGACCUGGAGGGAUGCAAAGGGAUGAAGCCGCUCUUAAGAGUUGCAGGCUGGACGUUCAGAAAGGCUGGAGCCAUUUGCAGGCACCUGGUUAAAACAUUCCCCACAUAACUUCGAGUCUACCCACCAAGUACCUGCUGCCCCUGCCCCCUGAACCAAGGGCCCAGUAACUUACCUUAAGAUAGAGCAGGGGAAUAUACAGAGGCAGAGUCUCCAAGCCCCACAGGCUCAUCUGCGCCCCCAUCCCUGCUGGAGAAGGGACUCUGGCAGGAUCUGUGGCAGGAAACCGGAGAGGAUGCAGAAUGGGUCCCUUUUGCUCCUGUUGCACAGUGAGCUAAGCCAGUGACUUGGUGUGUCAUUCAGACUGGGACUCACAUUUAAGCUUCCACACCAACGGCGAGAUACAGCUCAUAAGGAGAGAGGCUUGUCAGGAGGUCCUACACACGAGUAGGAGUCUGGCAAAGACACAUGCCCGACUGGCAUGUUCUCCCCCUCCUGAUUGGUCGUUCGGGAGAUUAAAAAACGUUUUCCAGUCUGAACAUCACAGCCUCAAAGGCAUCGGCACACUUCAGGAUCGGCAGAGUAUAGGCAGUCAGCGUUCAGACUCAGUAGCGCAGCAUUUUCUCUAAACUAUGUUUAUUUACAUAUAUACACUUGGAGCAUCGUAACUCAGCUACUCCUCCUUCAGCAUCAGACAGCAAAGAGAAAGAACAAAGGACAAAAGUCCUACAUCACGGAAACACAGUAAUAUAAACACCCUGUCUCCGUCACUUCCCACAAUGUGGAAUGAAAACAUACACCGUCAUGUGAUAAAAACAAUCCCAUGACUGCAACACGGGAAAUGAAUCCUAACAAGGCUAACCAAUAAUUCUGCUUCCUAUGGCAUGGUAAACCACACGUUGACUUAGCUCUGUAAGGCACAAGGCUAAGGAAGGUGGUGGAGGAGCAAAGUAGCUCUGGGUCCUCUGCAGGGUAGGAUAGGAUAGAAUAUAGAAUAUAGAAUAUAGAAUAUAGAAAUUAGCAGGGGCAAUCUAGCUCAACCCCCUGCAAUACAAGAAUCACAGCAAAAGAAUCACUGACAGAUGGACAUCCAACUGCUCUGUAAAAACCUCCAGUUGAAGGAUUCCACCACCUUCCCAGGGAGUCCCUUUCACCGUCAAACAGCUCUUGCCACCAAAAAGUUCUUCCUAAGGUUUAGCAGGACUCUCCUUGUCACUUGAACCUGUUGGUUUGGGUCCUACCCUCCAGGUCAGGAGAAAGCGAGCUUGCUCCAUCUUCCAGUUGAGCAGGGACCGAGCAACAGGAGCUCACCCUGUCGCGGGGAUUCGAACCGCCGACCUUCUGAUCGGCAAGCCCUAGGCUCUGUGGUUUAACCCACAGUGCCACCUGCGCCCCUAGAAACUACCUUACACUGUGUUUAAAACCAAAAUCGCAUUUGAAUAGAAACUGUUUCUCAGGUGGAGUUUCUCAGGCGGCUAGUCCUAGUCUUCCGGGUCAUGUGGCCAGCAUGACUAAGCCACUUCUGGCGAACCAGAGCAGCGCAUGGAAACGCCGUUUACCUUCCCGCCAGAGCGGUACCUAUUUAUCUACUUGCACUUCAUGCUUUUGAACUGCUGGGUUGGCAGGGACCCCCUUCAGAUAUUUGAAGACGGUUCUCACAUCUCCUUUCUCCAUCUUCUCUUCUCCAUGUUUGUGCGAUCCCUGUAAAGCCACAGUUUACUGUGUCGUGCGAACCCGGCCGCUGUCACUGUGGUUUGCAAAAGGGCAGCUCUAGUUUGCUCAUGGCGAAAGUGAGAUGCGGUCCAGCUCUGUUUCAGCUCCUGUUCCCAGGGAACGCACCAGAACAGCUCCCUUCCACCUUGUGCAUUGUCUGCAUGUUCUUUCCCGGGUCACGCUCCACCACACAUGAAAAGGAACAUGGAAAAGCUGUGCCAUGUGAAAAAAAAAUGCAGAAUGUGGCUUGGCAGCAGUUUAGUUUCUGUGGGCACUGGGUUGAGGUCUUUGUUUUUCGUACCUGCCUUGCCAGUGACGUGUUUUCCUCUCAGGCCUGCGGCUUUGAACAAGAUCCUCAUCGAGUGGUUGCAGGGCGUUCACAAGGAUGUGCCACUGCAGUCGAUGGCCAAGCUCUAAGCAGGACCCGGGCAGCAAACCUGGCUCAAGCGCUGGCGGUUGGCUUUGGGAAGAAGCCAUUGCGGAUGUGCUCUGAACGGUUGUGGGUGCUUUCGGAAACAAAAUGGAUUUUCACGUUGGUGGUGUGGAAAAAAAAUGUGUUACAGUGGUACCUUGGUUUUCGAACGUCUCCAUUGCCAAACGUUUCGGUUUUCAAAUGCCAUAAAUCCAGAAGUAAAUGCUUUGGUUUUCAAACACUUUUCGGAAGUCAAACAUGCCACCUGGCUUCCAUAUUGAGUUUUCUGCAUUGAGCUUUCUGUUCUUAGGCUUCCGUAUUGAGAUUUCAGUUUUCAAACAUUUCGGAACUCAAACGGUCUUCUGGAAGGGAUUACGUUCGAAAACCGAGGUACCGCUGUAUAAUGUAAUCCGUUCUUAACAACAGAAAAUGGACCAACAAUCAUGUUUUAAUAGCACAAAGCCCAAAACACCAGAAAUAGCCCCUUCCCCACAAGUUCUCAGCUCAUAUUGAUUCUGCUGAAAGUUCGUAAGUGAGAGAAUAAUUAUAUUUUUAAGAAAACUGUCCAAGAUAAUUCACCUGGCUUAAGAGUUUCGGGUCCAACACACCAUGGUUUAUUGGACUGAGAAUAAGCACUUCCUCCUCCUCCUCCUCCUCCUUGAAUCAAAGAAUUGUAGAGCUGGAAGAGACCCAAAGAACCAUCUAGUCCAACCCAGUCACCUACCUGAAGAGGAGGCCUGCUAGUUUGUUGGAGUACAGUUUCCCAAGGACAUGCAAGUCAGGAGCUUAUGGUUCUUAAGCAUGUCCUACAAAAAGGGGGGGAGGGGGCAAACCACAAUCAAACCAUGGCUUGCAAUCUGGGUCAGUCGGCAGCACUUAAACCACUGUUUACAGGUUCCAGCAUCAGAGGGAAACCGGCUUAACAAACCCAAGAUGGUGAUUGUUGUAGUGCAACAACAUUUGCAAGGCCACAGGUUCUCCACCCCUCCUGUAAGAUUUUGAAGAUUUGGUUGCAAUUGUGUAAGCCAAUAAUAAUAAUAAUAAUAAUAAUAAUAAUAAUAAUAAUUUAUUUGUACCCCACCCAUCUGGCUGUGUUUCCCCAGCCACUCUGGGCGGCUUCCACAAAGGCCAAAAAUACACUAAUAUGUCGUACAUUAAAAACUUCCCUGAAACCCCCAGAGCCAGAGAAUCUGUUCACGAAGAUUUCCACCAAGUGAGGGUGAGGUUUCUGUGCCCCACAUCUGUGCCCCUUGGCCUUAACUAGGAAAAUCAGGACAAAUCGUGGAGACUAGGGGAGAGUAUUAUGCAAAUUCUGUGCUCAGAAGUUGGCGUCAGGAUUCUAACACAGAGCUGUGCCUAACCGGAGGUCCCAGGAACUGAGGCUUGGGCCUUCCAUGUUCCAUGAAAAACAUGUGCCUUACUGCUGAACAAAAAACCCAGCCCUGCCUUAUGCGUCUGCAGCUUCAGAGUGCCUUAGGAAUCUCUUUACUGGGAUAGUGAAUUAUUGGCUUACGUUGAUUAGAGGAAAGGUUUCCUCUCUGCUGCUUUUAUUGCUGCAACAAUUACUUGUAGAAAAUCAGUAACUGGAAUAAAGAAAGAAGUUUACAAA